CUCGCCUCGGGUGGAGGGAUUGCGAGGAGGGAAAGCAAAACUACACGGCCUCUAUUCUGUGUAGUUUUGUUUUUUUCGGGGGAUAUUUCGAGGCUCGACCGUUCUCAUCUUGGAUUUUUCUGGAAAAACCUUCCUGGAUAAGGAGACUGUUGCUCGUUGUUCUGCCGGGCUCUGUCCCAUCAUUUUAGGCACUCUUGUGAUACAAGGUGCCGACCAUCAUGUCAACUCAAGCGCCGACGUUCACGCAGCCGCUACAGAGCGUCGUGGCACUGGAGGGUAGUGCCGCCACGUUCGAGGCUCAAGUUAGUGGUUCUCCAGUUCCUGAGGUGAGCUGGUUCCGUGAUGGCCAGGUACUUUCUGCUGCCGCUCUGCCCGGCGUUCAGAUCUCGUUCAGCGAUGGCCGCGCUGUUCUGAGGAUUCCUGCUGUGACCGCCGCGCACAGCGGACGAUUUUCUGUCAGAGCCACCAACGGUGCUGGACAAGCCACAAGCACAGCCGAACUCUUAGUUACAGCGGAGACGGUGCCUCCGAGCUUCAUUCAGAGACUACAGAGCUCCACGGUGAGACAGGGCAGCCAGGUGAGGCUGGAUGUUCGAGUCACCGGGAUCCCUGCACCUGUGGUGAAAUUCUACAGAGAAGGGGCUGAGAUCCAGAGCUCCACCGACUUCAGAAUCAUCCAGGACGGAGACCUGCACAGCUUGCUGAUUGCUGAGGCCUUCCCAGAGGAUUCUGGGACGUAUUCAGUGACAGCCACCAACAGCAGCGGACGGGCCACCUCCACAGCCGAACUGCUGGUUCAGGGUGAAGAAGCCGUUCCAGCAAAGAAAACAAAGACCGUGAUUUCAACCGCCCAGAUUUCAGAGACCCGACAGACCAGAGUAGAAAAGAAGAUGGAGGCCAGUUUCCAGGCCUCCGCCAUGAUGGAGAUGCAGAUAGAGGGCGCAGAGCUGGCUCACAAGACUCCACCCAGAGUUCCUCCCAAACCCACAUCGAAGUCACCAACUCAGCUAUCACUGGUGGCCAAGGUGACCGGGGGACGGCAACAGUCACCGUCACCUGUCAGACAUGUGAAGGCACCCACACCCACGCCUGUCAGGUGGGUAGAGUCUGGGAGGGCUGUGUAACUCUCAGUCUCACCUAUCAGGGCAGUCCCGUCCCCUAUCACCGCACACAAGCAGGCCGCCGGUGACGUCCUCCCGCCCUGGAAGCAGGAAGACUACGUGGCCGAGGCCAGGACUGUCACUCAGUUGGUCCGAGAGCAACAGGUCACCAUGAUCAAACAGGCUGAGGGAGGGAAAAGAGCGGGGGCAGUGGCCACCGUGGUGGCUGCCGUCGACCUCGCUCGUGUCCGUCAGCCCGCGCUUGUCGAGGGGGAUCGAGCUGAAGAGGACGAGGCUGUAGAGGUGGACUUAAGGCAGCAGGCCGCCGCCGUGGCUGCUGAUCAAAACUAUCGAGCUGCUUUGACAUCAACAAGAGUGCAAAGUGGCCACAUGCUUUCUACUGCUCAGGAGUUUACACGUGAAGCAGCCGUGCUGCAGCCUCAGAUUCAGGGAGUGACAGAAAUCUCCUCCCGUGUGGACACUGGUCUCACCCCAUCUCCAGUUCCACAAUUCACAGUUUCUAAAGUGUCUGUCCCAAAACUCGAGUCUAGCAGUGAGGUUUCCAUCGCCGGCUCGGCCAUGGCCACUCUGCAGAAAGAGUUAUCCUCGUCUUCUGCCACUGUUCGAAAGAUCAUCAAGCCUGUCAAGUCUCCCAGUCCAUCUCGCAGAGUAGCAGAGACCAGAGAGAUGCUGGAGACCGUCCCACCACCAUUCAAACACUUCACUGACAAAUAUCAGAGUCGUUCUGGCUCUGAGUUACAGACCGGGGUGGUGUACUCAGGCAGAAUGGAGAGAAUGUAUGAGGACUGGGGAGCCCAGGUGGUGGAGGCAGCUGCGGUGCCUUCUGCCGGUGGUGCUGUGGUCCCUCCCACGCUGAUUUCUGGAUUGAAGAACACAAAUGUGAUCGAGGGCGAGUCUGUGACCCUGGAGUGCCAGAUCAGCGGUCAGCCCACCCCCAUCAUUAUGUGGUUCAGAGAGGACUACAAGAUUGAGAGCUCCAUUGAUUUCCAGAUCACCUACGAGAAUGGAUUCGCCAGACUGGUGAUCCGUGAGGCAUUCGCUGAAGACAGCGGCCGCUUCACCUGCACUGCUACCAAUGAGGCGGGAACUGUCAGCACGUCCUGUUACCUGCUUGUCCAGGUGUCUGAAGACAUCGAGAGCAGAGAGGAGAUUGCUGUUGUUACAGAACACGUUGAAACUGCUCAAUUAAGAGAAACCAGAGAGGAGACCCAGGUGAGCGUGGUGGAGUCAGAGACUGCUGCUGCUGCUCCCUUCUUUAUCAAGAAACCAACCAUCCAGAAGCUAGUGGAGGGUGGAAGUGUUGUGUUUGAAUGUCAGAUUGGGGGAAGCCCCAAACCACACAUCAUCUGGAAGAAGAGUGGUGUUCCACUCACUACCGGAUACAGAUACAAAGUUGCCUACAAGAAGGAGACUGGAGAGUGCCGUUUAGAGAUCUCCAUGACCUUUGCUGAUGACGCUGGAGAAUAUGCCGUGUUUGCCAAGAAUCAGCUCGGAGAAGUCUCUGCCUCCGCCAGUCUGCUUGACGAAGAGGAAUAUGAAGCCUACAUGAAGAAACAGGAAGCAAUGUUUAAGACUGAAGUGACAUCCAUUGUGCAAGAGCCCAAGGUGGGAGAUAUUCCCCCUGUCACUGUCACAACAAUGGAGAAGAUAACCAUUAUCUCUGGACAGGACCCACUGACAGACUCUGACAUCAUAUCAUAUCUGCAGGAAUUCCAUCUGUCUGUCAUCGAGCAGAGGAUCAUCCAGGAGAUUGAGUUAAUUAUUAUGAAAAUCAGCUACAGAGAGAUUGUGACAGAGGAUGGAGAGUUGAUGGUGACUGCCACUGAGACUGAGGCAGUACAGCCAGCCUUUGACACUCCAGUGAAAAGUUACAGGAUCAUGGAGGGGAUGAGCGUUACUUUCCACUGCAAGAUGUCUGGAAUGCCGCUCCCCAAGAUUGCAUGGUUCAAAGAUGGCCAGCGUAUUAGGGCUGGAGACCAUUACCAAAUAGAGGUUCUUCAGGAUGGACGGGCCAGCCUUCGCCUGCCUGUAGUGACACCAGAAGAUGAAGGCGUGUACACCGCGUUUGCCACCAACAUGAAGGGUAAUGCUGUCAGUUCUGGGAAGCUCUAUGUGGAGCCAUGUGAAACAGUAACACCUCAGCAAUUCACACCACAGCCAGCAGUGCAGAGGAUCAGGUCCACAUCUCCUCGCUCUCUGAGCCGCUCACCUGGACGCUCUCCCAGUCGUUCACCUGGACGUUCUCCUGCUCGCCGGCUAGAUGAGACUGAUGAGGCUCAGCUCGAAAGACUCUACAAGCCUGUUUUUGUCAUGAAGCCUUCAUCAUAUAAAUGUUCUGAGGGACAAACUGCCAGAUUUGACCUGAAGGUUGUGGGCAGACCAAUGCCUGAGACGUACUGGUUCCAUAAUGGACAACAGAUAGUUAGUGACCACACCCACAAGAUCGUGGUGAAAGAGGAUGGCACUCAGUCCCUGAUCAUUGUCCCAGCUUUGCCACAAGACUCCGGGGAGUGGACUGUGGUGGCUCAGAACAGAGCUGGACGGACAUCCAUCUCCGUCACUCUCGCUGUUGAUGCCAAGGAAACCCUGGUGCGUCCACAGUUCACUGAGAAACUGAGGAACAUCAGUGUGAAGCAGGGCACUUUGGUUGAAUUGGCCGUCAAAGCCAUUGGAAACCCACUGCCUGAUAUUGUCUGGCUGAAAAACAGCGACAUCAUCACCCCACACAAGCACCCAAGCAUCAAGAUUGAAGGAACUAGAGGAGAGGCUAAAUUCCAGAUCCCAUCAGCAGCUGGCUCAGACAGUGCCUGGUACACUGCUACAGCCAUCAAUAAGGCUGGCAGAGAUACUACUCGCUGCAGAGUCAAUGUUGAGGUGGAAUAUGCUGAGCCUGAACCAGAGAGGAAACUCAUCAUUCCUAAAGGAACAUACAAAGCCAAAGAGAUCGCUCCUCCAGAGGUGGAGCCGCUUCAUCUGCGAUAUGGUCAAGAGCAGUGGGAGGAAGGCGACCUUUAUGACAAAGAGAAGCAGCAAAAACCACAGUUCAAAAAGAAGCUGACAUCUGUCCGCAUGAAGCGCUUCGGUCCAGCUCAUUUUGAGUGCAGACUGACUCCUAUCGGUGACCCCACAAUGGUGGUGGAGUGGCUGCAUGACGGCAAACCUCUGGCUGCUGCUAACAGAUUGCGCAUGGUGAAUGAAUUUGGUUACUGCAGCCUAGACUAUGAAGCCGCUUAUGCUAGAGACAGCGGCGUCAUUACCUGCAGAGCGACCAACAAGUACGGAGUUGACCAAACCUCAGCCACCCUGAUUGUCAAGGAUGAGAAGGGCCUUGUUGAGGAAACACAACUUCCUGAAGGAAGGAAAGGUGCCCACCGGAUCGAUGAGAUAGAGCGUUUGGCUCAUGAAGGUGGACCUUAUGGAGUCACUGCUGAAGAAGAAACAGAGAAGAUGAAGCCUGAGAUUGUCCUUCUUCCAGAACCAAUCAGAGUUUUAGAGGGUGAAACGGCUCGAUUCCGCUGCAGAGUGACUGGAUAUCCAGCACCAAAAGUUAACUGGUACCUCAAUGGACAACUUAUCCGCAAAAGCAAGAGAUACAGACUUCGCUAUGAUGGCAUUUACUACUUGGAGAUAACGGACAUCAAAUCAUAUGAUUCGGGGGAGGUCAAAGUCGUAGCAGAUAACAAUCUGGGCUCCGUUGAGCACAUUGUAAAACUGGAGAUUCAGCAGAAGGAGGACUUCAGAACUCAUCUACGCCGCGCCCCUGAGGCUAAGCCAGCUGAGGCUGCACCUGAACCUGGAAAAGUACCAUUUGAGGUAGUUAAAGCUGAAAAGCCGACAGAGGACACUCAGCUGAAAGAGGUUGUUAAACUCAAGAAGGCCCAGAGAAUUGUCCAUGAGAAAGCCAGUGAGGAGUCAGAGGAGCUGAGGAGUAAGUUCAAGCGCAGGACAGAGGAAGGCUAUUACGAGUCCAUUACCGCAGUGGAGCUCAAGUCUCGCAAGAGAGAUGACUCCUAUGAGGACCUGCUGAGGAAGACAAAGGAGGAACUGCUUCAUCGUGCCAAGGAGAAGGAGGAGGCUGAGAAGAAGAAGGAGGAAGAGCGUCGCCAAGUUACUGCCAAGCCUCUAAAACCAGAGAGGGUCAAGCUCUCACCCAGCAUGGAAGCACCAAAAAUCCUUGAGCGUAUUACCAGCCAGACAGUCGCACAGGGUGACGAAGUCAAGUUUAGAGUCAGAGUUGUCGGCAGACCAGAACCUGAGUGUCAGUGGUUCAAGAAUGGAGUUCAGCUGGAGAAGUCUGACCGUGUUUACUGGUACUGGCCUGAGGACCAUGUUUGUGAACUGGUGAUCAGGGAUGUCACAGCAGAGGAUUCUGCCAGUGUCAUGGUUAAAGCUUCCAAUACUGCUGGAGAGACUUCAAGCCACGCCUUCCUGUUGGUGCAAGCAAAACAAGUCAUUAACUUCACUCAGAAGUUGGAGGACGUCAGUGCCAAGGAGAAGGAUACCGUAGCUACCUUUGAGUGUGAAACCAACGAACCUUUUGUGAAGGUCAAAUGGCUGAAGAAUAAUGUGGAGAUCUUCUCUGGAGACAAAUACAGAAUGCACUCUGACAGAAAGGUUCACUUCCUGUCUGUGCUGAUGAUCGAAGUGAGAGAUGAUGCUGAAUAUACAUGCGUGGCUGUAGAUGAUGAUACUGUCAGGACAGCCGCCAAGCUUAAUGUUGAAGGAGCUCCUCUGGAGAUGUUAAAGCAGCUGGAGAGCACCGAGGUGCCUGAGACUUACUCCGGAGAGUUUGAAUGUAUUGUCUCUCGUGAAGAUGCCGAAGGCAGCUGGUACUUUGGAGAUAAUCUGCUGACUCCCGGCAGUAAAUACGUCAUCUCCUCCCGCCGUGGAAGACACACUCUCUCUGUGAAAGAUGUCAAGAAGGAAGACCAGGGAGAAUAUACCUUCAAAGUGGGCGAGUUUAAGACAAGUGCCUCUCUGAAGAUGAAAUUGCGUCCAGUGACCUUGAUGCAGCCUUUGUCUGACAUGACCAUCUGCGAGGGUGACAUCGCUCAGCUUGAGGUCAAGUUCUCCCAGGAGAAUGUUGAAGGAACCUGGAUGAAGAAGGGGCAGCCCAUCACAGCCUCCAGCCGUGUGCAUAUAGUUAUUGACAAACAAAUUCAUAAACUCCUUAUAGAAGAUACAACCAAGGACGACUUUGGAAUGUAUUCCUUCGAGGUUCCGGAUCAUGGGAUUUCAACCUCUGCAAAGCUGGUCAUUCAGACUAUUGGCAUCCUGAUCCCACUGAAGGACAGUCAUGCAAUUGAGGGCACAAAGGCCGUCCUAGAGGCAAAGAUCUCUGCUCAGGACAUCAGCUCAGUCAAAUGGUACCACAAUGACAACCUGCUGACAGCCAGUGAGCGAAUCCAGAUGGUGGCAAAGGGAGCCAAGCAGCGCCUGGUUUUCACCAGAACAUACGCCUCAGAUGAAGGACACUACAAACUGGUGGUUGGCCGAGCUGACACCAGCUGCAGAUUUACUGUUGAGCCUGUCCAGAUUGUGACACCAAUGAAAGACAAACAGUGCUCCGAGUCUGAAAAUGUCACCUUCGAGGUCGAGGUCUCUCACCCAGGCAUUGAUGCUUUCUGGACCUUUAAGAGGCAGCCGAUUAAAGCUGGUCCCCAGUACAAGAUGGAGUCCAAAGACAAGAGGCAUAGGCUCACAGUCAUGAAUGCAAUGAAGGAUGAAGAGGGCGAGUACAUGUUUGCUGCUGGUGAGAAGAUGUGCAGUGCUUCACUCACUGUAACAGGUGGUGCCAUUAAGAAGCCCCUACAUGAUUUGGUGGUAGCUGACUCCCAGACCGCUGUGCUGCAGUGUGAAGUUGCUAACCCAUCCGCAGAGGGCAAGUGGCUAAAAGACGGUCAGCCUGUUGACUUCAACGAGAACGUGCUGAGCGAGGUGGACGGCGCUGUCAGGCGCCUCGUUAUCAUCAUCACUAAGGCCACUGACAUUGGAGAGUACACUUACCAGGUCGCCACCUCCAAGACCUCAGCCAAUCUGAAAGUCGAGGCUGUCAAAGUCAAGAAGACCCUGAAGAACCUGAAUGUAGUCCAGACUCAAGAAGCCACGUUCAGCCUUGAACUGACCCAUGAGGAUGUAAGGGGAGCACAGUGGAUCAAGAAUGGCGUUGAGAUCCAGCCCAGUGAUAAAUAUGAAAUCAGUAUUGAAGGCACAAUUCACACAUUGAAGGUCAAGAACUGCAGCACACAGGAUGAGUCUGUUUACUCCUUCAAACUGGGAAAACUGUCUGCAAGUGCCAGACUCAAUGUGGAAACUAUUAAGAUCCUGAAGAAGCCAAAGGAUGUGACAGCACUGUCAGGAGCAACAAUUGUAUUUGAAGUUGGCAUCUCAGAGGAUGACAUCCCAGUGAAAUGGAUGUUCAAUGGCAAAGAGCUGGUGUCUGACGAGCGCUACAGCAUCGUCUCUGAGAAGAAGAACCACAAGUUGAUUGUCCACGAUGUGGACGACAGCGUGCAGGGCAACUACAUUGCUGUUGUAGGACACCUGCAGUGCAGCGCUCACCUCAUUGUUGAGUCACUACGUGUCACAAGGCCCAUGAAAAGCGUGGAGGUCGCAGAGACUCAGGUGGCCACAUUUGAAUGUGAAGUUUCUCACUUCAAUGUCCCGUCCACCUGGCUGAGGGAUGGUGUGGAGAUUGAGAUGAGUGAGAAGUUCAGGAUUGUGGUUCAAGGAAAACUCCACCAGCUGAAGAUCAUGAACACCAGCACUGAAGACUCUGCAGAAUACACCUUUGUCUGUGGGAACGACCGCGUCUCUGCAACGCUAACUGUUAACCCUAUUCUGAUCACGACGAUGCUUGAAGACCUGAACGCUCAGGAGAAGGACACGGUCACAUUUGAGGUGAAUGUGAACUACGAGGGAAUAACGUACAAGUGGCUGAAGAACGGCGUGGAGAUCCGCUCUACGGAUCGCUGCCAGGCUCGCUGCAAACAGCUCACUCACUCUCUGAGCAUCAGGAAUGUUCACUUUGGAGACAGUGCCGAGUACACCUUCAUGGCUGGCUCUGCAGUCACUUCAGCUAAACUUCACGUUGAGGCCCGUGUGGUUGAAUUCACCAAACACCUGCGGGACCUGAAGAUCACAGAGAAGAAGAGGGCAACAUUUGAAUGUGAAGUUUCUGAACCAAACAUCCAGGUGAUGUGGAUGAAAGAUGGUCAGGAGCUGGAGCUAUCUGACAGGUACAAAAUGACAUCGGACCAGUUUGUGCACCGUCUGGUUCUGCCCUCUGUGCGUCUGUCGGACGCCGGUGAAUACACCGCUGUGGCCGGUUCAAGCAUGUCCAAGGGCCACCUGGCAGUCGAGGGAAGAGAUGUCAGAAUCUCAGAGCCAGCCACCAGGGACAUCAUGGUUGUUGAGAAGCAGAGAGCCACUUUUGAAUUUGAGGUGAACGAGGAUGAUGUAGAAGGUCGCUGGCUGAGAAAUGGAGUGGAGCUCCAGUUCACUGUGGAGGAGAGGUUCAAUUAUGCCACCAUCAGGAAGCUCCACCGUCUCACCAUCUCUGAGACCUUCAGGAGCGAUGCUGGAGAGUACACCUUCUUAGCCGGCAAAAACAGGACCUCUGUGAACCUCCACGUCAGAUUGCCAGAGCCACCUCAGAUCGUCCGGGAGAUGCAGCCCCAGACCGCGAUCUCAGGCAGGUCAGUUCGCUUCUCAGCACAGGUGAGCGGCCUUCCUCAGCCUCAGGUGUUCUGGUACAAAGAUUCUGAGGUUCUGUCCACGAGCUACAAGUGCAAGUUCCUCCAUGAUGAAGAUGAGCAUACGCUGCUGCUGCUUGAAGUCUUCCCUGAAGAUGCAGGCAUCUAUAGCUGUGAGGCCAAAAACAACUAUGGAGAGGUGACGAGCUCUGCAUCUCUCACUGUGGAAGUUCCGGAGGUGGUUGAAGCCGUGGCUCAGGUUUCCCCUCCAGUCCUCAUCACUCCCACGAGGGACUUGCUGAUCUCAGAAGGACAUCCUGCCCAGUUCCAGUGCAGCAUCUCUGGGGAAGAUUUGCAGAUUUCUUGGUUCUACAAUGAUAGAGAGAUCAAACAGUCAGACAUCUUCAGGAUGUCUCAUUAUGAUGAUACCUGCCAGCUGGAGAUUUCCCGAGUUCUCCCCAGCCUUGAAGGAGAGUACUCGUGUGUUGCUACAAAUUCAGCAGGAAUGGUCACAUGUGCUGCCACUCUGAAUAUUGAUGGUGACCACUCCAUCAACUCAGAUUUUAUACUUUCAGCUCAGAGUGAGAGUUUCAGCUCUCUGUCAGUGGGACAAACAGCCCACAGUGUUGAGUUUACUGAGACGAUCACUGAGAGCUCCUCUGUGUCUUGGAGCACGAUUGAGAUAAGCUCGAUGGAGAGGAGCUCUGAGAGCAGCUUUGACUUCAAACUCUCAGCCAGCCCGAAGCUGCUGAUGGAAAUGAGCGAUGUCCGAGUGAAAAGUGGUGAAAUGGCCGAGUUCAGCUGCUCGUUCGACGGCCAGCCCUUCUCCGGGGUGGUAUGGGAACAUAACGGCGAGAGCCUGGUGGACACCGAGCGGGUGAGAAGCUCUCAGAGCGGUGGCUUUUUGUCCCUGGUCAUCCAGGCUGUCGGUGUGGCGGACCAGGGCAUGUACCGCUGCACCGCUACCAACGAACAUGGCCAGAACAGCUCCUCUGCUCAGCUCACUGUUGAAGCUAAAGAAGCAAAUCUCAAAGCAGAAACCCCCAUCCCUACCGAUUCUGUGCGCAAAGUGUCACAGGCACACAGGGGGACCCCUAGAGAUCCCUCUGACCAAGACAAGCAGGAGGUGGUGGAGAAGCCGGGACCAUCACCUCCAUCUUCCCAGAGACCUUACAACCUCAUCAGCCUGUUGUAUUUCCCUGACGUUGUGCCUAAUGAAUACCAAGGUCAUCGCCUUUCCAGCUGCCCCGACUUCCUGAUCAAACUCCCCCCUGAGCUGCUGAUCAGAAACAAAGGCAGUGGCUCCCUGAAUUGCGUUGUGAAGGGGCUUCCCACUGCGUUUGUCAUUUGGCUUUACAACCAGCUGAAUGCUGAGGAAUCUGUGUGUUACUCUGUGAAAAAUGAAGACCCCUCGAGCUGUAUAAAUGUUAACAAUGUGGGACCUGGAAAAGGGGGCUCUUACGUUUGCAAAAAUAUCAGCUCAGCCGGGGAUGCUGAGCGCAGCACAGUGACGAAAGUAACUACAGAGGAGAAGGAACCUGUGAUUCAGGUCCAGGAGGAAAUAAAAGUCUUCUCUAGCUCAGCCGUCAAAGUGGAAGAGGAAACCCAGGAGUCAUACUUCACUGGCAUAAAGUUAGCAGACAAAACCAAAACACUUGAACUCAAACCAGAGUCUAAACGCUUCUCCAGCACUCUGGAAAAGAAAAAGGAAAAACCAGUUUUCCUCAGUGAACUUUCUCCAGCAGCUGUGACUGUCGGAGAAACGGCUACGUUUACCGUCAGAGUGUCCGGCUUCCCUAAGCCCACCGUUCAGUGGUUUCACAACGGGCACACUAUAACCAGUUCAUCUGUGUAUACAUUUAUUCACGAACACGAUGAGUAUAGCUUGCUGAUCAACACAGUUCACAGGGAAUGUGAAGGAGAGUACUCCUGCACGGUCAGCAACAGAUUUGGCCAGUCCACCUGCACUUCUUACCUGCACGUUCAGGUGAAGGAGCCAGAAAAGGAGGAAAGAGCCGAUGAGAGAACAUUUGCAGUGACUGGUAAGCCCCCAGAAUUCACUAAAACUAUAGAAUCUCUUCAGCUGCAGGAGGGGACUCAGGGUUUCUUCAGGUACACUGUGACUGGAGAUCCUCUCCCUGAGGUCCAGUGGCUUAAAGGCACUUCCCACAUCCAGCCUAGUGGGUUCUGUAUCAUUGUGAACAACCCGGAUGGAUCCGGUUUUAUUAACAUUAAGAGUGUCAAAUGGGAGCACAGCGGCAUUUACACCUGUAAGGCCUCAAACCAGUACGGGGAAGCCUCUUGUACUGCAGAGCUGCUAGUGUUCAGGGAGAAAGCUCAGGAAGAGGACACGUUAGUACAGAAAACGAAAGGUUUGAAGAUAUCGAUGGCAGAACAAACCACAGAACUGAGAUUACACCAGGAAAGAUCCCGGUCUGAACACAUGAUCUAUACCAUUAGUACUAAAGACCGACAGAUUAUUCCCAGUGAAGAGGUGGAAACACUCAGAGAGCUCAGUGUCUCUUCUGCCACCCUUCAUCGUGAGCAGCUUACCCACCAGGCAGUGGUGCUCCAGUCCCAUGAAAUAGAGGAGAGGGUUUCAUUAGCCCCCAGCCAUCCACCUCAGGUCUCAGCUGUCCCUAUUAAACAGCAUCACGUGGCCGCUUUCUUAUCCUCAGUCCAGGAGAGACAAAAGAUCACAGAGCAGCACUCUGAACGGAUUCUCAGCCCUGAGGUAGUUGAGCUGGAGUCAGCCAAAGAGCAACCGCCCAAGCUCGUGUCAGCUACGUCUGAGGAGGUCCUUCCCCUCAGCACAGUGAGAGCUGAGGCACUGAUAGAUCAGAAUCCAGAACACGUAAAGACCUCCAGCGAGCCGAGGCAACUUGUUAGUAGUCACCAGGUCGAGCUUGCUGUACCUAUCGCUGAUGAAAUCUCAGAAAACAUUCACAGACAAGAGGAGGAGAGGAGUUUCAGAGUCACAGAGGGGGUAAAGAUUUUAUACUCUGCUCAGUAUGCAGGACAGCUUCAACUUACAGAAGGACACACUGAGCAUCUUCCAGCUUUAAAUGCAGACAUUAAAGGUUCAGCUGACAAAGAGCAACCUAAACCAGUGGUAGCACCAGUGAGUGAAACCAGAGUGGCUUUAUCCAAAGAGCAAAAGCUUGAAAUACAAAGACCAGAGCAGGAGAGCAUUACCCCAUGCAAAGACAUGGUUUAUAAUUCAGCCGUAAAUACCGAAGAGAAAUAUGAGCUCUGUGCUGAACAAACAGGACAAGUGCCACAUGGGGCAUUUUCUGUAAGUGUGCAGCCACAGCAGGAGGGAGAACAGCUUCUGAAUCUGCAGGUUAUCAGUGAUCAGGAUGUUUUACUGUGUGAGGGAAGGUUGAGCAGCGAAAAACCUCCAACAGAACAGGCAGAAGCAAGGACGAGUCCGACUUUGCUGCAUUCACUGACUCAAGAAGAACAGAGGACUGUAGUUUGUGAGGCAGCUUCAGAAUUCGAAACAAAGAUGAACGCCACCUCUGUCCAGCCAAAGCAAGAGUUGGUGCAACCAAAACGCCUUCAGUCGGUCCAUUCUCUAACAGUUUUACCAAAAGAAGGCAUACUCGCUGUCACCAAACCUGACCAGCAGGUGGCAGCACAGAAACUGGAAAAGGCUAGAUGGCAUGCAGCUACCUCCGAAGAGAGAAUGGAGGUCACUGCGGAUUACCACAAAGAUCUUGACAUGUCUGUGAUUAGCACUCGACCACAGCCUCGUACUGAGUCCAGGCCUCUAAGCAGCCUUGCUGUGUCCUCCCAGCCCUUGCAACUCCCAAAAGAGACUCCUUUUGUUACGAGCGUCACGCAACAGCGAGCAUUAGUCCAGAAAGAGGAUUACUGGAAUAUCAUGCAGUCUUUGAUCAUCACAAACAAUCAAACUCUGGAAGAAGGUCACAUUACUAACUUUGAAACUGAUGAAAAAUUUAUGCCUGAGAUUAAAAUCGAGGCCAAGAUACCAAAAAAGCCAGUUUUCAUAGAAGAAAAGGCAAUGGCCACCGAAAGCUGCACUAUCUUAGAGGCGGCUGAGGAGGACUUUGCAGUCCAGAUCCAGGAAGGUCAGUCAGUCCGACAGUCAGUGUUUCUAGAAGAAAAACAAGUCAUUGUAGGAGAGCGGUCGAGCGAGAUACAUAAAUUCGAGGGCUCCGCAGUCAGUGUUAAGACACAGCCUAAAGGGUUUCUUUUUGUCCCAGAGGCUCAGGAUGUGCUGACUCUACCUAAGGAACUGAGUUUCGUCAUUUAUGCCCCAAAACCAUCCAGUUUGAAUGUACGACAUCAGCUCAGAGAUGCUCUUCACUCAGCUGUGGCCAUUGAUCCACCAGUUUUACUGGCUGAUGUUGUUGGAAGACUAGAGGCAGCGGAGGUCCAUGAGGUCAAGGUUCAGAGAGAGCCCAGGCAGGCUGCAUGUACCUAUCUUAUCACAUCUCCAGGCUCCCCCCUAGAGAUCACGCUGACUUUUGAAGGUGAUUACCCUCAGACAGCUGACCUUAGGCAUGAACUCCAGGUAGCUUUGCAUGCUAUGGUUUCCCAAGAACAGCCAAGUCUUACAUCAGAGCAGCCGGGCACCACGCAGAUUGAUAAGCCUCAAAGAGUGCAGGUCAGCUCAGUGUCCUCCAAGGAGGUGUUGUCUUCUGUGGUGGACUCUGUGGUGGUGGCAGAGAGCGCAGGCAGUUUACUUCCUGCUGUAUCUCAGUCUGCAGCCCUGAUGACAGAAGCCAGGGCUUCCUUUCAAAGUGCGACACUUCAGGGCCAAACUGAGGUCCACGAGUCCAAGAACAGAAGGACGGUUAGAUCAGAGAAGGACGUCACAGUAUGCCAGGCUGAACAGCAUGUGGACAUUUUUGUCCACAGAGAAACCAGAGAGGAAUAUCUUUCAGAGGCAAUCAUGAUCAGUGAGUCCUCGGACAGCAUCACUGAUUAUCCCGUCAUCGUAGAUGUUCUUGAGGAUGUCUGUGCUGAGGAAAAUGGCAAGGCUGUAUUUACUGCCACUGUUAAAUACGUCACCAAAGUUAGCUGGUUUUUCAAUGGGAAGCUGGUGAAAUCUGGCAAUGAGUUCAAGUGUUUUAAAGACCGUGACACAUACACACUAGUUAUUGACAAAGUUGUCAGAGAACGCCAUCAAGGAGAGUAUGUCUGUGAGGCUGAGAAUGAAGUCGGCAAGACUACGACAUCUUCGAGGCUGACUGUGGUCCCACGAGUGAAGCCUGUGUUCAGGCACAAAAUUGUCCCAGUGGAGAUGAACAUUGGCAGCUCUGCCAAGUUUGAAUGUGAAACUGAGGACGCUCCAAACGUGAGCUUCAAGUGGUUCAAAGAUGGACACCCCAUCAAAGAGGGUGAAAAGUACAGGAUUAUUAGUCGCUUCAGCUCUUCCUCCCUUGAGCUUCUGAGGACAACCAAGGAUGACAGUGGUGAAUACACGUGCAAGGCGUCCAAUCAGCACGGCAGUGAUGAAUGCUCCGCCUCCCUCAGUGUCACAGAACAAUUUCCUCCUGUCUUUAUAAGUAAGCCUGACGCUCAGACUGUGUAUGUUGGAAAGAGGGCUGUAAUACAGUGUGUAAUAGCAGGAACUGCUCCUCUGAAUGUUGUCUGGCUCAAAGACAACCAGGCCUUACCCAAAGUGCCCGCACACUACCGGAGCUCUUGUGAAAAGAAUAAGCACACUCUUGAGAUAACCGGUGUUAAGGCAGCUGACAGCGGGCUUUAUGUGUGCAAGGUAUCUAAUAAUGUUGGGACAGCUGAGUGCCACACAGAGCUGUGUGUUAUCGAUAAACCCAACUUUGUAAGGCCCCUGGGUUCAGUCGCCGCUGUGGUCGGAGCUCCUCUGCACCUUGAGUGUCAGGUGGAUGAGGACACUGGAGUAACUGUCACCUGGACCAGAGAUGGCAGAAAAGUCCACCAGUCUCCCGACUGUAAACUGUUGUUUGAGGAUAAGACAGUUACUCUUGAUAUUCUAAAGACCACACUGAAAGAUUGUGGAAACUAUGUGUGUACAGUGGCAAACGAAGCCGGCAGUGCAUCUUGCUCCACCACGGUGAAGGUACAAGAGCCACCGGUCUUUGUAAAGCGGCUGGAAGCCACAACGAUUUGGAAGCAGGGCAGCACCGCUCGGCUGCAGUGCACCGUCAAAGGAUCUCCCGAACUCCACACUACCUGGUUCUUGAAUAACAGUGAGCUGUCCACUAGUGGCAGACAUGCUGUUGGUCUGAAGGACGGUGUCGCCACUCUCGAGAUACACAAUGUCAUGUUGACUGACAGUGGAAACUAUACCUGUGAGGUUCUCAAUGAGUGCGGGUGUGAAAGCUGCAGCAUUAAAGUAACAGUGAAAGAACCUCCGUCGUUCAGAAAGGAGUUACUGUCCACUGAGGCAGUCAGAGGAUCGGUAGCUGUACUGGAGUGUGAGAUUGCAGGCUCUGCACCGCUUGAAGUGUCUUGGAAAAAGAAUAAGAAACGCCUGUCCUCAGAUAAGAAGUACAGAAUAGUGUCACAGGGAUCACUGGCCUCUCUGGAGAUCCAGUCCUUUGAGAGCGCUGAUACUGGUGAAUACGAAUGUGUUGUAUCCAAUGAGGUUGGGUCAGUAACCUCAAAGUCAGUGCUUAAACAAAAAGAGCCACCUGUGUUCUCAAAGAGGAUUGAGAGCGCUACAGCAGUUUUGGGAAAUACAGUGAAAUUACAGGGAACCCUGAAAGGUUCGGCUCCCAUCACCAUUAAAUGGAUGAAAGACUCUGAGCUCCUCAGAGAUGAUGAUCCCAAUAUCAAAAUGUCCUUUGUGAACAACAUCACUAGUAUUUCAUUCUCAUCUGUUGAGCUAAAUCAUGGUGGAAAGUAUACCUGUCUUGCUGAAAAUGAGGCAGGACAGCAAAGAUGUGAAGCUAUCUUAACUAUUCAAGAACCUGCUCGGAUUUUAGAGAAAGCAGCCUCCAUUAGCGUGACUGCAGGCGACUCUGCCACGCUGGAGUGCACCGUUUCUGGAAGCCCUGAACUCAAAGUGAAAUGGUUCAAAGAUGGCAAGGAGAUGAUCAGUGGUCGUAAAUAUAAAAUAGCAGUGAAGGAGAACACUGCCAUUUUAAAGAUUCUCACAGCAGAUAAAGGUGACACUUCAGAGUACAAGAUGGAAGUGUCCAAUAAAGUUGGAAAAGAGGAGUGCACGUGCUCGGUUACGGUUAUAGAUCGUGCAGUUCCCCCAUCCUUCACCAAAACUCUAAAGAAAGUGAAUGGGAGCAUUGGCAGUAAUAUCACAUUGGAUUGCAGGCUUGCUGGAUCUCAGCCGAUGGCUGUGUCUUGGUACAAAGACAAUAAAGAAAUCCACAGCGAUGCAAAAUAUAAGCUUGAUUUCAGUGAGAGUACAGCCUCUGUGACAAUAACUGGCCUGGAUCAAAGCGAUGGUGGAGUUUAUACAUGCAAAGCUUCUAAUGAUGCUGGAGAAAAAGAAACCAGUGGUACUCUUUCCAUCAAAGAACCCCCAGCCUUUACCUCGAAACCUGAAUCUCUUGAUGCAUCCCCGGGAUCAAAUGUUGUCUUAAGAUCUGACUUUACGGGAUCUGCUCCACUUAUCGUUAAAUGGUUCAGAGAGGAGAAAGAGAUUUUCACUGGGGGAAAGUAUUUCAUAAAGAAAGACUCCUCUUCCAGCUCCCUGGAACUUCAUUCUGUGAAACCCAGUGACUCUGCCAAAUAUACAUGCCAAGUAUCCAACGACGCUGGGAAGGUUGACUGUACUGCAGCGCUCUUCAUAAAAGAAGCCCCAACAUUUAUGAUGAAGCUUGAACCUUCAAAGCUGCUGAAAACAGGACAACCUCUGAAGUUGUCCUGCAAAGUGCAGGGCACUCCUGUUAUUACUGUUACAUGGUUUAAAAAUGGCUCAGAAAUGGUUUCAGACCACAGACACAACAUGUCCUUCGAUGGCUCGUUAGCCACUCUGGAGGUUGAGAGCUGCUCUAUAGAGGAUAGUGCAGAUUACGUCUGUGUGGCAUCCAGCGAGGCCGGCAGAGAGCAGUGCAGCAGCUCAGUAACAGUGAAAGAGCCUCCAUUGUUUGUGAGGCCUUUUGAAUCCGCUGAGCUUGUUACGGAGUCUGAGAUUAUCUUGGAAGCAAUCGUUUCAGGUUCCCCUCCAUUUGAAAUAAGCUGCUUCCUCAACGAUAAGCUGAUCAGAAAUGACAAAAGACAUAAAAUCAGUGUGGAAAAUGAUACAAUCACUCUUCAGAUCUCACACUGUGAGACCGGAGAUGAAGGAACAUACAAGUGCACUGUUUCAAACGAUGUUGGGGAGACAUCUUGCUCUUGCCAGAUUGCUCUAAAAGAACCACCAUCAUUUGUUCAAAGACUAAAGGAUAUGUCCUGUAUUGUGGGCUCUGAAAUCUCUAUGAAGUGUAUGUUGUCUGGGUCACUUCCCAUGACUUUGUCCUGGAUCAAGGAUGAUCGUGAACUUACGGAAGACGAGCAUUUUAAGAUGUCCUAUGAAACCAAAAGUGCCAUGUUGAAUUUGAAAAAUGCUCAGUUGUCACAUGGCGGGAAAUAUGUCUGUCAGGUGCAGAAUAAAGUCGGGACUCAGAGAUGUGCCGCAGUGCUCAUAGUGACAGAGCCAGCAAGUAUUUCAGAGCACCCAAAGUCCAUCAGUGUAACCCAUGGCGACCCAGUCAGAUUUGAAUGCAGGUUUUCAGGCACUAAACCGCUGAAGGUCAGAUGGCUUAAGGCGGGAAAGGAGCUGACGUCAGGACAGAGAUACAGAAUACAGAGCACAGACACGAGCUCUGUGCUCAAGAUUAUAAAAACAGAGAAGAGCGAUAGCGGCGACUACACUUUCGAAGUUUCAAAUGUUGCUGGGCACAGUUCGUGUGACGCAUCAGUUACAGUCUUAGAACCACCACGCAUUCUUGAAAAACCGGACUCCAAGAAUGUUUUGCCUGGAUCAAAGGUUAGGUUUACUCUUCGUGUCUCUGGCACACCUCCACUCGCCAUCAAAUGGUUUAAAAACAAAAAAGAAAUCCUUCCGAGUGCUGAGUGCUCUGUAAUCAAAGACAACACCUCGAGCUCCCUAGAGCUUUUCUUUGCCAAAGCCUCUGACUCUGGAGAAUAUGUCUGCGAAAUUCAGAAUGCUGUGGGCUCCACUUCAUGCAGGGCAACACUCUUUGUAAAAGAGCCCCCGUUUUUCACUGAAAAACCUGAAGCGGUGUCAUUAGUGAGUGUCGGAGGCAGGAAGGUGUUUGAGUGUAAGGUUGCUGGUACCCCAGAGAUCUCCAUGAAAUGGUUCAAAGAUGGAGUUCAGAUUCACCAAAGCCUCAAAUACAAGAUAUCAUUUUUUACCUCUGUUGCCAUUUUAGAGGUUUGUGUAGUUAGUCAACAAGACAGUGGGAAAUACUUCUGUGAGGCCUCCAACGAAGCAGGCAGAGAGAGUUGCAUUUUUGAGCUUGUAGUGAAAGAGCCUCCGUCAUUUGUUGAAGAGCUAUCAUCUCUGGAAGUCGUUAAAGGUUCCACAGCAGCGUUUGCUAGCAAAGUUGCAGGAAGUGCUCCAUUCAGUGUCACGUGGUCUAAAGAUAAAAAGCCAGUUUUAUCCAGCCAAAAGUACAUUAUUGUUGAUGGUGAAAAUGUGGGCUUAAAAAUCCAGGACUGUGACGUGGAUGAUGUGGGCACCUACCAAUGUGUGGUAGCCAAUGAGGUUGGGAGUUGCUCUGGUUCGGUGGUGUUGUCUCUUAAAGUCCCUCCAAUGUUUAUUAAGAAGAUAAAGAAUGUCUCCACUGUUGUGGGAGAUGCUGCAGUGUUUUGUUGCUCUGUGGAAGGGUCCCUGCCACUCUCUGUGCUAUGGAAAAAAGAUGAAAACUGGAUCCAAGAUGAUCUGAAGAUCAAGCAAAUUUUCCAGAACAAAGAGGCCACUCUCAGGAUUCUUGCUUGUGAGGCUAUUCACAGAGGGAAAUAUACCUGCCAUGUUGUAAAUGAGGCUGGGCAAGAUGUGUGUUCAGCAACAUUGACUGUGCAAGAACCACCAACGAUUCAAGAGAAACCGGAGGUUGUUAAAGUGACUUGUGGAGAUCCAGUUAGCUUUGAAUGCAGGGUAGCUGGAACUCCUCAUAUAAGUGUAAAAUGGAUCAAAGAUGGCAAAGAGCUCCAGUCGAGCAGAAAGCAUAAUCUCUGCUAUGGGGGCAACCUCAGUACACUUAACAUAAUGUCCUCUCAGUUGGAAGAUGGUGGAGAGUACAUGUUUGAAGCCCAAAAUGCAGUUGGGACUUGCAGAUGUAAAGUGAAGCUGGUUGUUUUGGAAGAGUUGAUUCUUCCCACAUUCAUUAAGAAAUUAACAAACAUUCAAGGAAUUAUGGGUUCAGUGGUGACCAUGGAGUGCAGAGUAGCCGGUUCGCUUCCUCUGUCAGUUGAAUGGAGCAAAGGGAAACAAAAGAUUACAGAGAGCUCCAAGUACAAACUUGUACACAUUGAAAAUAGAGUCUUGCUGGAGUUAAAACUUACUGGGAGUGUUGACACAGGAGAGUACUCCUGCAAAGUUACCAACAAAGCAGGCAGCUGUGUGUGCAGUGGAGUCCUCACAGCUAAAGUGCCGCCAAGAUUCAUAGAUGAGCUUGAGUCUCAGGCUGUUAUUCCCAAGUCUGACGUAUUCUUCAAAAGUGUCUUUGAAGGGACUUCUCCGUUUAUGGUGAAAUGGUUCAAGGAUGACACCGAACUCAUCACUGGGCCAUCGUGCAGAGUUAGUCUGGAGAAAUAUUCCUCCUCUGUAGAGCUCUGCUCAGUGGGUACUCUGCAGUCUGGGAUUUAUUCUUGCCAAGUUAGCAAUGAAGCAGGCACGGCGAAAAGUGCAGCACAGUUACUGGUGAAAGAACCACCUCAGUUUGUCCUGAAACUGCCUCCCACUACAUUUGUGAAACAGUACGAGGGACACUGCUUUGAAUGCAAGGUCACCAGUGUACAGUCCCUGAGAAUAUGUUGGUACAAAAAUGACCAACAGAUAACUGAUGGAGGGAACUAUAACACAGUGUGUGUUGACUCAAAUGCAUACCUCCAGAUCUCCAAUGCAACGUUUGACGAUAACGGAGUUUACACUUGUGAGGCUCAUAAUGAUGCUGGCAGUGCAAGCUGCAGCAGCGUUCUCACAGUUCAAGAGUCCCCAUCCUUUGUUAAAACUCCAAGCCCUGUGGAGGGCAUAAAAGGCAAAGAUGCUAGUCUGCAUUGUGAGAUGUCUGGCACCCCACCUUUCCAGGUUAACUGGUACAAAGACAACAGGCCACUAAAGGAGGAUAGAAAAUGUAAGAUGGUCAAUGUGGGCAGCUUUGCUACACUUCAUAUUAUGAAGCUGGAGCAAGAUGACGCCGGGCUUUAUGAGUGCAGGGUGUCAAACAAUGUAGGAAGUAAAUCGUGCCAAACUACCAUUACUCUGAAAGAACCACCAGUGUUUGUGGAGAAACUGGUCGAUCAGUCAGUGAGACUCGGUCAGCAGCUGACGCUGACAGCUACAGUGAACGGCUCAGAGCCACUGACUGUGUCUUGGGUUCAGGACAAAGAACAUAUUCUCAGAGAGGAUGACAACAGGAGGAUCACCUUUGAAAACAAUGUGGUUGGUCUUGUAGUGCCCAAGGCUGACUCAACCACAGCUGGUAAAUACACCUGCCAGCUAAGGAACGACUGUGGAGCGGUAGAGUCGGUCUCCCAAGUGACGGUUCUAGAACCUGCUGCUAUUGUGGAAAGCCCCGAGCUGCUGAAUGUGAAGUCAGGAGAAACUGUAUCUCUUGAUGUAACAGUAUCUGGCUCACCAGAACUGAAAACUACAUGGUUCAAGGACAACAAAGAACUCUCUGCUAAUGCAAAGUAUCAUCUGAGCUUCAAAAAGCAGCUUGCCACCCUGAAGAUUUUGUCUGCUGACAGAGCAGAUGGCGGAGAAUACAAACUACAGGUUACAAACCACGUUGGAACAUCCUCUUGCAAGAUUAAGCUCACAGUCUCAGAUAAGUUGAUUCCACCGAGUGUCAUAAAGAAGCUGAGAGAUACCCACCUUGUUGUGGGUAAGCCUGGUGAGAUAGAGUGUAAGAUUACCGGUUCUGCUCCUUUAACAACUUCCUGGUUCCAUAAUGGCCAAGAGAUAAACAGUGGGCCAAACUAUGACAUUAGCAGUGUGGAUAAUGUGUGCACACUGAGAAUUCCAAUGAUUAAGACAUCAGAUUCUGGCAAAUACACAUGUAAAGCUGUGAACGCUGCAGGAGCCAGUGAGACAAGUGCUUCAAUGAAUGUGACAGAACCUCCAUCUUUUUCUGAAACGCCGGAGGCUCUAGAAACGUUGCCUGGCCAAAGUGUGUCUUUCUUGGCUAAAGUGAAAGGCAGCAUUCCCAUAAAGGUCAAAUGGUUCAGGGGAGCCAAGGAAAUGCAGCACGGGAGAGGCUGCGAGAUCUCUCUGAAGGAUGACGUCGCCACACUGGUGCUUCAUAAAGUUGAAAAGUCUCAUGCAGGAGAGUACACCUGCCAGAUCACUAAUGAUGCAGGAAAGGACAGCUGCUCAGUUUUUCUGUUUGUGAAAGAGCCAGUCCACUUUGUGAAGAGGCUGAGGGACAUUUCCAUUGAAAAGAGCAAGCCUCUGAGGCUCGAGGUCACAUAUGCUGGAACCCCAACUGUAAAUGUAACCUGGAAAAAGGAUGGUAAACUCAUCCAAGCCUCUUAUCUGUACAAUGUGAUCACCACUGACACCUCUUGCAUCCUGGAGGUUCUUAACUCUGAAAGGAUGGAGGCAGCUGGUAGAUACUAUUGUGAAGUAGACAAUGGAGCCGGAAGUGACAAAUGUGAAGCGCAAGUUACAAUCCUAGAACCACCAUACUUUGUUGACAAGCUGGAACCACUGGAGGUAACUAUGGGUGAUGCGGUGACCUUAGAGUGCAGGAUUGCAGGAACUCCUGUGAUCUCUGUAGCCUGGUUUAAAGAUGAUGGAAAGCUGCGCAAGUCCAACAGUUGCUCAGUGGACUUUGCAGAUGGCGUUGCCACUUUGAAACUGUUCAAAUCUACCAAGUCUGAUCGCGGUGAAUAUAUCUGCAAGGCCGAGAACCGGGUUGGUUCAGCCUCCACCAGCUGUAGCGUGACUGUGAAAGAGCGCAAAGUUCCUCCAAACUUCACCAAGAAGCCUUCUGAGUCCAUGGUGGAUUCAGUGGGUAAGACUGUAAAGAUCGAGGGCCGAGUGUCCGGCUCUCAACCUCUGACCAUCUCCUGGUACAAGGACGACAGUGAGAUCCACGCCUCGGACAAAUAUGAUAUCAGCUUCAAAAACAACAUGGCCGUGCUGUGUGUCAGAGACUCCACGGGCUCUGACGGUGGUGUUUACACCUGUGAGGCCUCCAAUGAAGCUGGCAAAGCUUCUUGUAAGGUUUCUCUCACAGUAACAGAAACUGGCCAGGCUCCCAAAUUUGAUGUUCCUCUGGAGCCAGUGACUGUGGGUGAAGGGGAGAAGCUGAGCCUCCAAUGCCGUGUCACCGGCUCUACUCCAAUAACCAUCCAGUGGAUGAAGGACAGGAGGGAGCUUGUGUCCAGCGGAAACACCAAAAUCACAUUUGUUAGUGGAACGGCCAAUCUGGAGAUCAGCCAGGUGUCAAAGACGGAUGCUGGAGAUUAUCUGUGCAAGGCCAGCAAUGCAAAUGGCACUGACUUCUGCAAGUCUAAAGUCACUGUAAAAGAUAAAGGUGCUAAGGCCGCACCCGCUGAGGCUGCUGCCCCGGCUGCAGCCGCCCCGGUCAAAAGGCUCGACAAUCUGUUCUUCAUCGAGGAACCCCAAAAUGUUUCUGUCACAGAGAAGGGUACUGCAACCUUUAUUGCCAAGAUUGGAGGUGACCCAAUCCCCAGUGUGAAGUGGAUGAAGGGCAAAUGGAGACAGAUCACCCCCGGUGGUCGAAUCUCCAUUGAGCACAAGGGCCAGGACGCCAAACUGCAGAUCAGAGAAGUGACCAAGUCUGAUUCUGGUCAUUACAGAUGUGUUGCCACCAACAAACAUGGAGAAAUUGAGAGUGGCGCUGAUAUGGAGGUGACCAAAAAGGAGGAAGUGGGAGAAGUGGGAGACUUAAGAACGAGGCUCAAGAAGACUCCUUCCAAGCAGAAGAGUCCCAAGAAGGACGAAGAGGUCAACAUUGUAGAGUUGCUUAGAGGUCACGACCCCAAAGACUAUGAGAGGAUCCUGCGGGAACAUGGAAUCCAUGACUACCGUGCCAUCCUGCAGGCCGUGGAGUUCCUGAAGAAGGAGAAGGAGAUGGAGACUGGAAGAGCGGAGGUCGAGCGUGGGGCUCGAGUUGAAGAAGAGGACAUGGCCCGACUCAUCGAGCAGCUAGAGGGACGCGUCAGCAUGGAGCCUGUCUCUGUGAUGGAGGACAUCACUGACCAAACCAUCACGGAGAACCAGAGCGCCACUUUUGAGUGCCAGAUUAAGAUCAACUACCCAGAGAUCACGCUCACCUGGUACAAAGGCACCCAGAAACUGGACAACAGCGAAAAGUACAACAUCAGCAGUGUGGGGGACCGCCAUUAUCUGAAAAUCAAGAAUUGCCAGGUCAAAGAUCAGGGCAACUACCGCGUGGUGUGCGGUCCUCACAUCUCCAACGCCAAACUGACGGUCACAGUCGAUCAAAUUCAGUUCACUAAAAGCAUCCGAAGCAUCGAGGUCAACGAACGCCACUCUGCCACCUUCGAGUGCGAGUUGUCCUUCGACAACGCUACCGUCACGUGGUACAAAGACUCGUGGGAACUUAAAGAAAGCCCAAAAUAUAACUUCAGGAAUGAAGGCCGACGGCACUUUAUGACAAUCCACAACGUAACUGCAGAGGACGAAGGCGUGUACUCGGUGAUUGCUCGCCUGGAGCCACUGGGAGAAGCUCGAAGCACAGCCGAGCUUUACCUGUCAGGCAAAGUGUUUGUGGCUUUAGAUGUCCCCGACACAGCCGUUCAUGUGUCAGAGGCAGCGUCUAUGCUCGUGUGCAGAGAAGAGAAAAAACCUGUUGAAGAAACUGUUGAGUGGACUGAGGUCGAGGGCAGAGGAGAAAUCCCUGAAGUUCCUGAGAUUUACAGGAUGCCAGAGGAGAAACCCUCUGAGCCAGAAGCUCCGCCUCCACCUCCGGUCAAAGAACCAGUACUCUUCAGCCAACCUGAACCUUACCGACCCAAACCAGCAACACCAAAACUGGUUCAUUCAGAACCUAAAGUGGAACCCGUGAAACCAGUGGUACCUAAGCCUGAAGUGGAACCCGUGAAACCAGUGGUAUCUAAGCCUGAAGUGGAACCCGUGAAACCAGUGGUACCUAAGCCUGAAGUGGAACCCGUGAAACCAGUGGUACCUAAGCCUGAAGUGGCUCAAAUUAAGCCUGAGCUCCAAGAACCAAAAGCUGUCCCCACUAAGAAAACACCAGAGGCCCCAAAACCAAUAGAACCAAGGAUACACGAACCUCCAAGAAAACCAUAUCUGCUGGCUGAUAAACCUCAGCAGGAAGUAACUGAACCAAGGGACCUGGAAGCUCCAGAAAAAAUCAAGGCUCCUGAGGAACCAAAGAAGGUUCCUGAAGCACCAAAGGUUCCUGAAGCAGCAAAGAAGGCUACCGAGGAACCAAAGAAGCUUCCUGAAGAUCCAAAGAAGCUUCCUGAAGAACCAAAGAAGCUUCCUGAAGAACCAAAGAAGCUUCCUGAGGAACCAAAGAAGCUUCCUGAAGAACCAAAGAAGGCUCCUGAAGCAGCAAAGGAGGCUACCGAGGAACCAAAGAAGCUUCCUGAAGAACCAAAGAAGGCUCCUGAAGCAGCAAAGAAGGCUACCGAGGAACCAAAGAAGGCUCCUGAAGCAGCAAAGGAGGCUACCGAGGAACCAAAGAAGCUUCCUGAGGAACCAAAGAAGCUUCCUGAAGAACCAAAGAAGCUUCCUGAAGCACCAAAGAAGGUUCCUGAAGCACCUAAAAAGCCUCCCAAGGAACCAAAGAAGCUUCCUGAAGAACCAGUUCCAGAAACACUCAAGAAAGUUCCAGAAGUAGCAAAAACGGCUGUGGUAGAACCACAGAAAGUUCCAACAGCACAGGUUAUAGAACGAUCAGCAGAGCCAGUGAAAGAUCUAGAAGUGUCAGCAGAACCACAACAUUUGGAAACACCAAAACAACAACUGCAGGCCAAAAAGUCUGAAGAUGAGAUCGUUGCUUCUGGAAAAGUAGAAGACAAGCCAAAGGCCAUAGAAAUCCCUCAGCAGAGAGUUCCUCUGAAGACUCAGCUGAAGCCAACAGCUGAGGUUGAAGGCAGAAAGGCGUGUCCUGCAGAAAACGGUCUUGAAGAAAGGGUUUCCCUUACAGAAGCUGGCUACAGGAAACAGGAAGCCGACACAUAUGAAGAAGGAGUCAACAAGUCAACUGCAAGAGAAGAAACCGUUUUGAAAACUGAGAUAAUGGAACAAAUUGAAAAGACAAAGAAGGUGGUUUCUAUAUCAUACAGAGAAGAUCAUCAGAAAAAGGUUUCUUCUCCUGAUGUUGAUGUUACAUCAGAAAAAGAGGCUUACAAGAAGAAAGAGCAGCCCAAAGAGGCUGACCUUCCUACUGCCUAUUUACAGACAAGAGUUACUGAAUCAUUACAUCAUGAAGAAAUUCAGGAAGACUCUGCAAUGGAGGAACUUAAGUCUAAAAAGGUCACCACAUCAAAGAAGCCCAGAGCUCUUACAGAAGUAAUUUGUCUGAAGCAAGAUGGGUCUGUUGAAGUGCCUCCUCCUGAGGAGAAGAAACCAUCUCUACCAGUACCAAAGCCUUCACCUACUCCUCCUCCUGAGAAGGUGGCUCCCCCUGCUCCUGAACAGAAAGUAGCUCCCCCUGCAGUAUCUCCCCCAGAGGAGAAGAAACCAUCUGCACCAGCACCAAAGCCUUCACCUCCUGCUCCCCCUGCUCCUGAGCAGAAGGUGGCUCCCCCUGCAGUAUCUUCCCCAGAGGAGAAGAAACCAUCUGCACCAGCACCAAAGCCUUCACCUGCUCCCCCUGCUCCUGAACAGAAAGUUGCUCCUCCUGCAGCUGAAGUUGCAUCGUUGGAGAAGGAAGCUCCUGCACCAGCCGUAAAGGCUGAACCAGCUCCUGUAUCAAAGGAAAUCUCGCCGCCUGAAGACAAGGAACCAGUGUCAGCACCUGGACCAACAAAAGAUGGAAAACCAACAGAAGAGCCAGCGAAAGGCCGAGGUCGAGGAUUUGGGGCGAGACAAACUCCAUCUCCUGGUGAUGGAGGCAGGGGCCGGGGUCUAAAGCCAGGUGGAAAAGGCCCAUCACCUCCAGAGGAACCAUUUGGAGGAUUCAAGCUCAAACCUGUCCAACUGAAGUUCAUUAAGAAGCUUAAGGACAUUGUGCUGCAGGAAGCUGAGUCCAUCGGCUCCUCUGCGGUGUUUGAGUGCGAGGUCUCGCCUUCCACGGCCAUCACUUCGUGGAUGAAAGAUGACAGCAACUUGCGUGAGAGCCCCAAGCACAAGUUUACAUCUGAUGGCAAAGAUCGCAAGUUGCACAUUAUUGAUGUGCAGCUAUCUGACACUGGAGAAUACACGUGUGUGGCUAAGAAUGCGGGCAAGGAAAUAACAUGCACAGCCAAGUUAAUUGUUGAAGAGCUGCCUGUGAAAUGGGUGAAAGAACUGGAACCAGAGACAACAUGCAUUAAGGGUCAGCCAAUGUACCUCACCUGUGAGCUGAACAAAGAACGGGACGUCAUUUGGAAACGUAAUGGUCAGGUUCUGAAAACAAAGGCCGGAAAAGUGGCCGUUAAUGUAAUUGGCAUGCAGCAUGCUGUGACCAUCCAGAACUCCACCGAUGAAGAUGGCGGCGCCUACACCUGUGAGGUAGAUGGACAGGAGGACGUCAAGACUACAACUAACGUCAAAGUUAUUGAAACCAUCAAAGACUGGCUGGUGAAGCCUCUGAGAGACCAGCAUGUGAAACCAAAGGCAAAGGCCACAUUCAAGUGUGAGCUUUUCAAGGACACGCCCAACUGGAAGUGGUUCAAAGGAGAAAACGAGCUUACUCCCUCUGACAAGGUCGAGAUCACUAAAGAUGGAAAGGACAUGACGCUCAGCAUAAAUAACUGCCAGCCUGAUGAUGUAGCAGACUACACCAUCCAGGUGGAGGAUCGCAGAUAUACAGCCAAACUGACACUUGGAGAGCGUGAGGCUGAGAUCCUGAAGCCACUCUCCAGUGUGGAGGUGAUUGAGAAAGAAGAGGCCAACUUUGACACUGAAAUAUCAGAGGACGAUGUGGCUGGUGAAUGGAAGCUGAAAGGCCAGGUGUUGACUAGAUCUCCGACUUGUGACAUUAAAGCUGAAGGCAAAAAACGUUUCCUCACACUGAAAAACGUGCAGCUGGAUCAGGCUGGUGAAGUGACAUACCAGGCUCUGAACGCCGUCACCAGCGCUAUGCUCACCGUCAAAGAAAUCGAAAUGGGUUUUGUUGACCCGCUCAAGGACCUUUCUGUGCCUGAAAAGAAGCAGGCUAAGUUUGAGUGCACCAUCACUAAGGACGUGUCAAAGGUCAUAUGGUUCAGGGGGACAGAGAUUGUCACCCCAAGCCCUAAAUAUGAAAUAAUUGAUGACGGAAAGAAGCACAUGCUGAUCAUAAACAACUGUGAGUUUGAUGAUGAGGCUCAGUACACGAUCGAAGCGUUGGGUCAGAAAUCAACGGCCCAGCUGAUGGUGGAGGGCAUGAGGCUGAGUUUUGUCCAGCCGCUUCAGGACCAAACGGUCAAAGAAGGUAACUCGGCACGCUUUGAUCUCGAGCUGUCUCAUGAAAACGUGCCAGUGGUCUGGUACCGAAACGAAGUCAAACUCCAUGUGAGCCGAACGGUGCUCAUACAUGUGGAAGGAAAGAGACACACUCUAGAAAUGAGGACACUGAGUCUAGAUGAUACCUGCCAAAUUAAGGCAGAGGCUAAAGGCAUUUACUCCAUGGCCAAACUGACGGUCGUAGAGGGCGACCCCAUCUUUGUGGUGAAGCUACAGGAUUACUCAGCCACCGAGAAAGAAGAGGUGACCCUGGACUGUGAACUGAGCAAAGACGUUCCGGUGCUGUGGUACCACGAAGAGAAGGAAAUCAUCGCCUCCAAGAUGGUCAUCAUGAGGUCAGAGGGCACGCGCAGGUCUCUGGUCCUGAAGAAAGUGGAACUGAGCGACAAAGGCAAAUAUGCAUGUGACUGUGGAACAGACAAGACGUCAGCCAACAUCAAUAUUGAAGCACGCGACAUCAAAGUUGUUCGGCCGAUUUAUGGCGUGGAGUUGUUUGAUGGAGAAACGGCUCGUUUUGAAGUGGAGAUCUCUGAGGACGACGUCCACGGACAGUGGAAGCUGAAUGGAGCAGUGCUCAGUCCGUCCUCUGAUGUGGACAUCAUCGAGGAAGGAGGCAAGCACACGCUGAUCCUCUACAACUGCAAAGUGUCCAUGACCGGUGAGGUGGCGUACUCUGCUGCUAACGCCAAGUGCUCCGCUAACCUCAAGGUCAAAGAACUCCCGCUGAACUUCCUCACACCCAUGACUGAUGUUCAGGUCUAUGAGAAGGACGAUGCGAGGUUUGAGGUCGAGGUGUCAAGAACUGCAAAGACUUUCCGUUGGCUCAAAGGCUCACAGGAGCUGCAGAGCGAUGAAAAGUACGAGGUGAUUCAGGAGGGAAAUUUGUACGUUCUGGUGAUCCGAUCGGCCGCCUACGAUGACGAGGCAAAGUACAUGUUUGAGGCUGAGGACAAGAGGACGACGGGCAAACUGGUUAUACAAGGUAUUCGCCUAGAGUUUGUCAAAACAAUCAAGGAUGUGACAGUAAAGGAGCGUGAAACAGCUGAAUUCAGCGUGGAGCUGUCACAUGACAAGAUCCCAGUGGUCUGGUACAAGAACGACGCCCGACUUCAUCCCAGCAAAGUUGUUCACAUGUCGGCACAGGCGAAGGUUCACACCCUGGCCUUCAAGGAAGUCACCAUCGACGACACGUCCAUGAUCAAAGUAGAGGCCAUGGACAAGAGCAUGACCGCCAUGCUCACUGUCAUCGAGGGUGACGCCUACUUCACCACCAAGCUGCACAACUAUACGGCAGUGGAGAAGGACGAGGUGAAGCUGGUCUGCGAGCUGAGCAAGGCUGUAGCUGAUGUGAAAUGGUUUAAGGAUGGAAAGGAGAUCACCCCCUCCAAGAACAUCGCCAUUAUCACCGAUGGCAAGAAGCGCAUCCUGAUGGUGAGGAAGGCGGAGAAGGCCAACAUUGGAGAGUACACCUGCGACUGCGGCUCAGACAAAACCACAGCCAAGCUCAACAUUGAAGAGCGGGAUAUCAAAGUUGUCCGUCCGCUGUACAGUGUGGAGGUCACGGAGACAGAAACAGCCAAGUUUGAGACGGAGAUUUCUGAGGAAGAUGUCCAUGGAAACUGGAAGCUGAAAGGAGAAGCUCUUCAUCAGUCAGCUGAUGUUGAGAUUAAGGAGGAAGGAACCAGACACUUGCUGAUCCUCUACAACGUCUGCAUGGACAUGGCAGGACCCGUUGACUUCUCUGCAGCCAACGCCAGAUCCAGCGCCCAGCUCAGAGUCAAAGCUCGGUCCAUCACGCUGAUCCAUCCUCUGAAGGACGUGACGGUGACAGCUGGAGAGACGGCCAUCUUUGAGUGCGAGCUGUCGUACGAGGGCAUCGCGGUGGAGUGGUUCCUGGGAGGGCAGAGGAUGGAGGCCAGUGACCGGGUGAAGACUCGGGUGGCGGGCCGAGUUCACACUUUGACUGUCCGUGAUGUGAACCUGUCGGAGGCCGGCGAGGUCAAACUAACCGCCAAGGACUUCCAGACUCAGGCUCAGCUUAUCGUCAGAGAGCCACCAGUUGAGUUCACAAAGCCUCUGGAGGAUCAGACGGUGGAGGAGGAAGCCACAGCUACUCUGGAGUGUGAGGUUUCCCGUGAGAAUGCUGAGGUACGAUGGUUCAGGGAGGGACAGGAGCUCAGAAAGACCAAGAAGUACGACACCAUCGUGGACGGACGCAAGAGAGCUCUGAUCAUUCACGACUGCUCUCCUGAAGAUGCCAAGUUGUACACGUGUGAUGCCAAAGACUUCAAGACUUCUUGUUUCCUGGAAGUUACACCUCCGUAUGUUGAGUUUACAAAGCCUCUGCAGGAUGUUGAGGUCAGAGAGAAGGAGUCUGCCAAGUUUGAAUGUGAAGUUUCUCGAGAGUCUGCCAAGGUUCGCUGGUUCAAGGACGGUGGUGAGAUCAGGAAAGGAAAGAAGUACGAGAUCAUCGCCAAGGGAGUCCAGAGAAUCCUUAUCAUUCACAAGUCUGUGUUUGAUGACGAGGCCGAGUACGAAUGUGAUGCGAGAACCUCCAAGACCUCUGGCAUGCUCACCGUCAUCGAGGAGGCAGCCAGGUUUACAAAGAACCUGUCCAACGUGGAGGGAACAGAGACGAACACUGUGAAGAUGAUCUGCGAAGUGUCGAAGGCUGGCGCUGAGGUUACCUGGUAUCGUGGGGACGAGGAGCUCCCGGAGGGAGGUCGCUAUGAACAACAGACUGACGGACGCAAGAGGAUCCUGAUCAUCCGGGACCUGAGGAUGGAGGACGCUGGCGAUUACAACUGUAGGCUGAGUCCCACUGUCAGGACAUCUGCCACACUCAAACUCAACGAACUGGCAGCUGAGUUCAUCGCCCGGCCUCAGAACCAGGAAGUGGUGGAGGGCGAGAAGGCAGAGUUCUCCUGCUCUGUCUCCAAAGACACCUACGAAGUAAAAUGGUUCAGAGGAGACAAAGAGAUAGAAGCUGGAGACAAGUACAGCAUCAUCAGUGAAGGAAAACGAAGAGCUCUUAUUGUGAAAAGCUGUGAGCUGAAGGACGAGGGAGGCUACACUGCACACAUUGGCACUGUUAAAGCCGUGGCAGAUCUGCUAGUGAUCGAAAAACUGAGGAUCAUAACUCCGAUCAAAGACACAGAGGUGAAGGAGGCAGGCGAGAUCGUGUUUAACUGCGAGGCAAACACGGAAGGAGCGAAGGCCAAGUGGCUGAAGAAUGAAGAGACCAUUUUUGAGAGCAGCAAGUACAUGAUGGCUCAAAGGGACAACGUCUUCUCUCUGAGGAUCAGAGACGCCCAGAAGGCUGACGAGGCCGUCUAUACCGUUAGCCUGACCAAUCACAGAGGAGAGCACGCCAAGUGCACUGCCAGCGCUAAAGUGGCAGAGGAGAAACUGAGGUUCUUGGAGCCCAUCGAGGACAAUGAGACUCAGGAGAAGAAGACCAUCAGCUUCGUCUGUAAGGUGAACAGGCCCGGGGCGACGGUGAGGUGGCUGAAGGCUGGUCAGGAGGUGACGCUCAGCAAACGCAUCGUCUACAGAGCCGAUGGCCUGAAGCACAGCCUGACCAUUAAGGACUGCAUCAUGGAAGACGAGGGCGAGUACACGGCCGUGGUCGGAGAUGACAAAUGUGCAGCUGAGCUGAUCAUUAGCGAGGCACCCACAGACUUCACGGCACAGCUCAAAGACCAGACCAUUACAGAGUUCGAGGAUGCAGAGUUCACUUGCAAGCUGAGCAAGGAGAAGGCUGCCGUCAAGUGGUACAGGGAAGGACGCGAGAUUCGAGCGGGCCCCAGAUAUCAAAUGGAAAAAGAAGGAAAGACGUGCAGACUGAUCAUCAAGGUGUGCAGGCCUGAUGAUGAGUGUGAAUACGCCUGUGGUAUGGAUGAGAGGAGGACGAGAGCGAGGCUCUUUGUUGAAGAGACCCCGGUGGAAAUCAUCAGACCACCUCGGGACGUGUUCGAACCUCCAGGUUCAGACAUCGUGUUUGAGGUGGAGCUCAACAAAGACAGGGUGGAGGUGAAGUGGAUGAGGAACAACAUGAUCAUCGUCCAGGGAGACAAAUACCAGAUGAUCAGCGAGGGUAAAGUCCACAGACUGCAGGUCUGUGAAAUUAGACCCAGGGAUCAGGGAGAGUACAGGAUCGUGGCCAAAGACAAGGAUGCCCGAGCCAAGCUGGAGCUGGCAGCUGUUCCAAAGAUUAAAACCACCGACCAGAACCUGGUGACAGAUGCCGGUAAACCCUUUGUCAUGACUGUGCCUUACGACGCGUACCCUCGUGCUGAUGCCGAGUGGUUUUUUGAGGGCACCAGUCUUCCUGUCCAGAAUAUUGACACCUCUUUGGACAAGACCGAGUACCGCCUGAAGAGCCCUGCCAAGGAGGACCAGGGCCGGUACAAGGUGGUAAUUAAGAACAAGCAUGGUGAGGGUGAAGCCUUUAUCAACCUGGACGUGAUUGAUGUACCGGGACCCAUCAAGAACCUGAGAGUGGUUGACACUGUUGAUGGCGAGGUGAGUUUGGCCUGGGAGGAACCUGAGAAUGACGGUGGCAGCAAGAUUAUCGCCUAUGUUGUAGAAAGACGGGAUGUGAAGCGCAAGACCUGGACUGUGGCUACAGAUCGUGCUGACACUCCAGAGUACUGCGUCAGUGGCCUGCAGAAGGAAUCCUUUUACCUCUUCAGAGUCUGUGCUCGAAACAGAGUUGGCAGCGGACCCACUGUUGCAACCGAAGAUGCCGUUCAGGCCAAAAACAAGUUUGAUGUUCCAGAUGCUCCUGAAAAUGUUGCAGUAGAGUCAGUGAACAAGUUUGGUGCCACCAUCACUUGGGAGCCCCCCAAGUUUGACGGUGGCUCUGAGAUCACUGCUUAUGUGAUUGAGCUCCGUGACAGAACAUCUGUUAAGUGGGAGGCAGCCUUAGUCUGUGCUGCCGAUGACCGCUUGGCUAUGCUGAACGACGUGGUGGAGAACAAGGAGUACAUCUUUAGAGUCCGAGCAGAGAACAAGGCUGGCAUCGGCAGGCCCAGUGCUGCCACCAACCCCGUCAAGAUCAUGGAUCCCAUCGAGAGGCCGAGCCCACCUCUGAACCUGAACUUUAGUGACCAAAUCAAGACGGCAGUCACGUUGACCUGGGAAACGCCCGUAAACAAUGGUGGCAGCAUGAUUACAGGAUACAUCAUUGAGAAAUGUGAGGACGGCUCUGACAAGUGGCUCCGCUGCAACGCCAGACUGUGUCCUGACCUCUCCUACCGGGUGUCUGGACUAAAACCUGGUCAGAAGUACCUCUACAGAGUUUGCGCUGAGAAUGCCGCUGGUGUCUCCGAUCCAGCCGAGCAGCUGGGACCACUGCUUGCCGAUGAUCCUCAUGUUGGUCCAACCUUUGACCUGAGUGGCUUCAGGAAAGGCCUGGAGGUGAUUGUUCCUCAGCCUCUAACAGUUAGAGUUCCCAUUACUGGAUACCCGACCCCUGUGGCCAAGUGGACCUUUGGCGAGAAGGAGCUGACCCCAGCAGAUGAGCGUGUCUCCAUGGUGACGAAGCCUACGUACACGGAGCUGACGAUAUCUCCUAGUGUUCGUCCAGACAAAGGCAUCUACACCCUGCAGCUGGAGAACGACGUAUCCUCUGUCUCUGGAGAUAUUGAUGUCAACGUCAUCGCAUGCCCCAGUGCUCCGAAGGACUUCAAAGUGGCUGAAGUGACCCGUCACCAUGUCCACCUGAUGUGGGAGGCACCUGAACACGAUGGAGGAAGUCCAGUGACACACUAUCAGAUUGAGAAGAGAGAAGUUUCUCGCAAGACAUGGGCCAAGGUGGCUGCUGGCAUCCUUGACCUGGAGCACACGGUAACAGACGUGAUUGAAGGAAAGGAGUAUCUGUUCAGCGUCUCUGCAUGCAACAAGUGUGGACCUGGAGAGCCAGCCUACAUUGAUGAGCCCAUCAAUGUCUCUUCUCCUGCAACUGUACCUGAUCCACCUGAGAACCUUAAGUGGCGCGAUAAGAGUGCCAAGACCAUUUUCCUGUCCUGGGAGCCUCCAAAAUAUGAUGGUGGUGCCCAUAUUAAAGGCUAUGUGGUGGACAAGUGCCAGCGUGGUACUGACAAGUGGGAACCCUGCGGUGAUCCCAUCCCUGAACUCAAGUUCCAGGUUACCGGCCUGGUCGAGGGCCAGUGGUACGCCUACAGAGUCAGAGCUUUUAACAAGCUGGGAGCCAGCCGACCUUGCAGGGCUACCGAUGAGAUCCAAGCUGUGGACGCUAAGGAACCUCCUGAGAUCCAGCUCGAUGUGAAGUUGCUGGCUGGUUUAACCACCAGAGCUGGCACCAAAAUUGAGCUUCCUGCAGAUGUGAAAGGGAAGCCCGAUCCCCGGGUGAAGUGGACCAAAGCAGACGUGGUCCUGCGGGCUGAUAACCGCAUUACCAUCGACACCCAGCCAGGACACUCAAAGGUUUCCAUUGACAACACCACCAGAGGAGACACCGCCACGUACAUUAUUGAGGCAGUCAAUGCCUGUGGACGUGCCACUGCCACUAUUGAUGUCAACAUCCUGGAUAAACCGGGCCCUCCAGCUGCUUUAGAUAUCUCUGAAAUCACCAACGAAUCCUGCGUCCUGGCCUGGAACCCACCCAGAGAUGAUGGCGGGUCUCCCAUCACCAACUACAUUGUGGAAAGUCGUCAGACUGAUAAGGAGGAGUGGGUCAAGCUGUCAGCCACGGUGAAGCACACCACCUUCAAGGCCACCAAGCUCACAGCAUUGAAAGAGUACAUUUUCAGGGUCAGUGCUGAGAACCAGUAUGGUAUUGGUGAACCUGCAGAGCAUGUGCCAAUCACUGCCAAGUAUUCCUUCGAUCCUCCGGGUCCUCCAACCAGAACCACUCCCUCUGACAUCGCCAAGGACGCUGUCACUCUGACCUGGUUAGAGCCUGACGAGGAUGGCGGUAGCCCCAUCACUGGAUACUGGAUUGAGAAGUUAGAUCCGGAGAGUGACAAGUGGAUCAGAUGUAACAAACUGCCCAUCACGGACACAACAUUCAGGGUAAAGGGUCUAACCGCCAAGAAGAAGUACCGCUUCCGUGUUCUGGCUGAAAAUCUAGCUGGACCUGGAAACCCAAGUGCAGAGACUGAUCCCAUCCUCAUCAAAGAUCCUAUUGAUCCUCCAUGGGCUCCUGGUAAACCUGUCAUCAGGGACAUUGCCAAGACCUCUGCCCUGUUAGGAUGGACUCGUCCAGAGCACGAUGGUGGGGCUAAGAUUGAAGGCUACAUCAUUGAGUUCCAGAAGGCUGGAAGCGAGGAAUGGAUCAAGAUUGCAGAGGAUGUUCCUCAGACUGAGCAUCAGCUGAAGGGCCUAAUAGAAAAGCAAGAAUACUCUUUCAGAGUCAGGGCCGUCAAUAAGGCUGGUGAGAGCGAACCAAGUGAGCCCAGCGACCCCGUGGUCUGCAAGGAGAGACUCUAUCCUCCAUCAGCCCCUCAGUGGCUGGAGGUGGCAAACAUCACCAAAAUUAACGCAGACCUAAAGUGGCAGCCUCCCAGCAGUGAUGGCGGCUCACCCAUCACCAACUACGUAGUUGAAAAGAGGGAUGUGAGGCGGAAGGCGUGGCAGACUGUCGACACCACCGUCAAGGAACAGAAGUAUACGGUUACCCCUCUCAACGAAGGAUCGCUGUAUGUGUUCCGGGUUGCUGCAGAGAAUGCCGUUGGGAUGGGUGAAUUUUGCGAGCUGGAGGAUGCCGUUCUUGCCAAGGACACUUUUACAACUCCUGGACCUCCUUAUGCACUGACGGUGGUGGAAGUCACCAAGAGACAUGUGGAGCUGAAGUGGGAACCUCCCAAUAGCGAUGGUGGAAGACCAAUAACAAAGUAUGUGAUUGAGAAGAAAGAAAAGGUGGGAACUCGCUGGCUGAAGUGCUGCAAAACUCCAGACAGAAAGACUCAGUUCAAGGUAACGGAUGUUGAUGAAGGUUCAGAAGUGCAGUUCCAGGUCAGAGCUGAGAACGAGGCUGGAGUUGGAGAUCCAAGUGAACCCACCGUGAUUCUCACCAUUGAAGAUCCAACCAGUGCACCAUCACCUCCACUUGAAGUGGUCAUCCCUGAUGCCAGCAGGGAGCACAUCAAUGUCACCUGGAAGCCUCCAGUCAAGGACGGGGGUUGUCCAGUCACUGGGUACCAUGUGGAGGUGGCAGAAGCCCGUCCAGAACUAAAGUGGCUCAGGGUCAACAGCAGACCCAUCAAGGAGCUAAAGUUCAGGAUAGAUGAUGGAAUCAAACCUGAGAAAAAGUAUGUCAUUAGGGUUCGGGCCAUCAACUCUGUUGGAGUCAGUGAUCCCUCUGAUGUAUCUGAUAAGGUCGCCACCAAAGAUCCUGACUGUGCUCCAACCAUGGAUUUGGAAGCAAAGGACGUGAUAGUGGUUGAAGGUGAGAAGCUGCACCUCAAUGUUCCCUACAGGGCAAUCCCGACACCCAAGAUGGUUUGGCAGAAGGACACUGUGGAGUGUAAGGCCGGUGACCGGCUCUCCUUGACAGUGGAGAUGAACAGCGCCCACCUGGAGCUGCUCAAGUGCACCCGUGAUGAUGCUGGCGCCUAUGCCAUCACUCUGGAAAACAGUCUGGGAACUGCCACUGGAACCGUCAAUGUCAAAGUCAUCGGACUCCCUGGUCAGUGUAAAACUAUCACCUCCAGUGACGUCACCAAGAACAGCUGCAAGGUCAGCUGGGAAGCUCCAGAGGAUGAUGGCGGCACCCCCAUUGUCAGCUAUACCCUGGAGCGCCGUGAAGCAUCCAAAAAGACUUACAUGCCCGUUAUGUCGGGAGAAAAUGUCCUAACAAGUACUGUCAAAGAUCUCUUUGUCAACUGUGAGUACUACUUCAGGGUGAAAGCUGUCAACAAGGUUGGAGCGGGAGAAUAUCUGGAGUUACAAAACCCGGUCAUUAUAGAGGAAAUAAAACAAAAACCAGACCCACCCAUCCAAGUGGAGGCUCAUGACCCAACGUCCAAGUCCAUCACAGUCACCUGGAAGGCUCCAGACUACGAUGGCGGCUGUCCCAUCCAGGGCUACAUCAUAGAGAAGAUCGAGAAGGACGGCGACCGCUACGAGAGGGUCACACCAAGCCUGGUUCCUGGUUUCUCCUACGUGGUGAUGGGCCUAAAGGAGGACAUGGAGUACCAGUUCAGGGUCAGAGCUGAGAAUGCUGCUGGAGUCAGCGAACCGUCACGCAGCUCACAGCCCAUCAAGGCUGCAGAUCCUGUUGAAAAACCCAAGGUCACCCUGCAUGCCCGUGUUCAAUCUGGGCUCUGCAUCAAGAAAGGUGAGGAAAUCUGCAUUGAUGCCUACAUCUCUGGCUCCCCAUAUCCCAAAGUCACCUGGCUGAGAAAUGAUGAGGAUGUCACCAAAGAGCCCACCAAGAAGUUCAUUCCUGUUAUCAAGAAGAAGAAGACCAAAGUUCCAGAACCAGAGGAGGAGUUUGUGACUCCCCUGCGUGAGCGUCUGGGUAUAGACCAGACCAAGAAGGGACAAUCUGCACUGAUGAUCCGUGAUGCCGUCAGAUCCGAUCACGGCAGCUUCACUAUCAAGGUGGAAAACACACAUGGUGUUGCCACCGCUUCCUGCGUCGUCAACGUCCUAGACAAACCUGGUGCUCCGAUUAACUUCACCUUUGAUGAGAUCAGGAACACGUCGGUCAUCUGUAACUGGGAGCCUCCUGAGGAUGAUGGUGGCAGCGAGAUCCUGAACUACAUUCUGGAGAAGAAAGACAACAAGAAGGACGAGAUCGGCUGGAUCACCGUCACUUCUACCCUGAAGGGCACCAGCUGCCCCGUCACCAAGCUCAUCGAAGGGAAGGAGUACAUCUUCAGAGUCACUGCUGAAAACAAGUAUGGCUGUGGUCCACCGUGCAUCUCCGAACCACUCGUUGCCAAGAACCAGUUCAGUCCUCCUGAUGCUCCCAACACUCCCAGAGUCCAUGAGGUGACGGCAAGUACCGCGCACAUCUCCUGGCAUGAGCCAAAGGACAAUGGAAGCCCGAUCCUGGGUUACUGGAUCGAGAGGAAAGAGGUGAACAGCAAACACUGGACCAGAGUCAACCGAGCCCUCCUCAACUCUCUCGAGGUGAAGGUGACUGGCCUGAUGGAGGGCUUAACCUACAUCUUCAGGGUCUGUGCUGAGAAUCUGGCUGGCCCUGGGCCCUUCAGUGAUCCAACCGAUCGCAUUGUCGCGAUGGAUGAAAUCCUGCCUCCUGGUCCACCGAUUCCAUGGAUCGUGGACACCGGAAAGGACUCUGUUGUUGUGGCGUGGAAGCCCCCGCUGUACAAUGGUGGUGGAGACAUCCUGGGAUACCACGUUGAGAAGGUUCUGGCCGGAGAGAAAGACUGGAGCCGCAGCACCGAGUUCAGGUGUAAAGAGCUGACGUACACUGUGACCGGCCUCACUGAGGGAGCAGAUUAUUAUAUCCGGGUUCUUGCAGUCAAUGACGCAGGCCCAGGAGCUCCUGGUGUUACUGAACCCGUUACUGUCAAAGAGCCCCAAGAAUCUCCUGUUGUGGAUUUCGAUGACUCUGUGAAGAACGGCGUCAUGAUUAAGGCUGGCGAGUCUCUGAGGCUUCCUGCUGUGGUCCGUGGUCGACCCCAGCCGGAGGUAAAAUGGGCCAAAGAUGAGGCUGAAAUCGACAAAGAGAGGAUGAUUGUGGAGACCGUGGGGAAGAACAGUACAUUGUUCAUCAAGAAGGCUGUGAGGGCAGAUCACGGAAAGUACCAGAUCACCGGCACCAACAGCAGCGGGAGCAAGACCGCCGAGACAAGAGUGGAUGUUAUGGAUGUUCCUGGGCCGGUGGUUGACUUGAAGGCUGUUACAGUUACCAAGAAGAACAUCGUCCUCACCUGGUCUGACCCCGUGGAUAAUGGUGGCAGCGAUAUCAUUGGUUAUGAGGUGCUGAGGAAGGAUGCCAAUAUGAAGCUUUUCCGCCAGCCCAUUGAGACUGCAUCCUGCAAGUGUGAUGUCCAAGGCCUGCUGGCUGGCGAGGAGUAUGAUUUCAGAGUCAUUGCCAGGAACAAGUAUGGUGAUGGACUUCCAGCAGACCUGGGUCCCAUCUUAGCUGAGGAUCCAAAAGGUACACCAUCUGCCCCAGAGAAACUGCACUACACCAACAGAAGCAAGAACACCAUCACUCUGGCCUGGCAGCCUCCUCGCACUGAUGGUGGCAGCCCCAUCAGAGGAUACUAUGUGGAGAAGAUGAGGUCUGACAGCACCGAGUUUGAAGUGGCCAACCGCAAGAUCUUCACUGAGUGCUGUGGAACCAUUGAGAACCUGUCGGAGAACCAGGAGUAUGACUUCCGUGUCAAAGCCGUGAACGAGGUUGGAGAAGGAGAUCCAUCCAAAAGAAUCACCGUCAAGAUCCAGGAUGAUGAGAUUGCUCCCAGCAUUACAAUCUUGAAAUUCAUCAAGAGCAACGCCAUCAAUGUGAGGAAAGGCGCCGCCAUCGACAUCCCAGCAGAAGUGAGGGGACUUCCUCUGCCGACACUGCAGUGGAUGAAGGAUGACGUCGUGAUUGAGAAGACUGAUGAGGAGAAGAUGACGAUGGAGACUGAGGAGGUGGACCGGACAACCUUAAGGACGAAGAUUGCCAUCCCAGUAACCAUAAGGCAGGACAAAGGCAGCUACAAGCUGGUUGCUGAAAACUGCCACGGGAAAGCUCAGCAGAUCAUCAAAGUCGAGAUCCUCGACCGUCCUCUUCCUCCGCGGAACAUCGUGGUCUCGGACAUCAAAGCAGACUCGUGCUACCUGACCUGGGACGCUCCAGAAGACAAUGGAGGAAGUGAAAUUACCAACUACAUUGUUGAGCGCAGAGAUGCAAGCAAGAAAAAGUCUGACUUUGAUGUUCUGACCAUCAACCUCAUUGACAGGAGAUAUGGGGUGUACAAACUGGACUUGAAUGGUACCUACCAGUUCAGGAUCAAAGCUGAAAACAAAUAUGGCGUCAGUGAUGGCUGCGACUCAGAGAAAGUCCAGCUGCGGGAUCCAUUUGGUCUUCCUGGACCUCCACGUAAUCCAAAAAUUAUCGCUGCUACAGCGACCACAAUGACCGUGACUUGGGAUCCCCCUCUGGACAACGGUGGUUCCACCAUCCAGGGAUAUUGGCUGGAGAAGAGGGAACGUGGUGCUGUGUACUGGGGUCGUGUCAACCGAGCUCCAGUCACCAAACCGGCAGUGAAAGGCCUGCAGUACACCGUGCUGAAGCUCAUAGAAGGAACAGAGUACCAAUUCAGGAUUUCAGCCUGCAAUGCUGCUGGUGUUGGACCGCCCAGCGAGGCCACAGAGUGCCGCUUUGCUGUGGAUCCAUGCAACCCCCCAAGCAUACCUGGAAAUCCUGAAAUUAAAGACAAGACCAAGAACAGCGUCACUCUAACCUGGACCCCACCGGACAAAGAUGGCGGUAGCCCAAUCAAGGGUUACAUUAUUGAGGUUCAUGAGGAGGGCUCUCCUGAUUGGAGGAGAGUGAAUCCUGCUGAUAAGCUCCACCCCUCCACUGAAAUCACUGUACCUGACCUGAAGGAAGGCAAGAAGUGCAAGUUCAAGAUUUACGCGGUGAACUCUGCUGGAAACUCAGAGCCUGCUAGGACUGGUGACAUCCUGGUUCAGGACAUCCUGAUUGAGCCAACGGUGACUCUCGAUGUGACUGCUCACGACCUGCUGAACUGUAGAGCAGGAACGACCAUCAAGAUUCCUGCCACCAUCACCGGCCGACCUGUCCCCAAAGUCACCUGGACUUUCGAUGGAACGGCUGAGACUGAGAAAAAGAACGAUCUACACACUCUGCCAAUUGACUCAGAGAUACAUUCCACCGACACAACCUCAGUGAUUGAGAUCCCAGCCUGCAAACUAAACCACAGUGGCAGAUACAUCAUCAAUGCAGAGAGCCCUGCUGGACACAAAGUGGUCAAAGUCAGAGUCAGCGUCCUCGACCUGCCCGGACCUCCCAGAGACCUGAAGAUUAGCGACGUGACCAGGGGAACAUGCAGACUCACCUGGAAACCCCCAGAGUGUGAUGGAGGAGAGAGGGUUAAGAGCUACUUUAUUGAAAAGAAAACAGCAGAGGGAAAAGCAUGGACCAAGGUAAACCCGGCCUGCGCUGCUCAGUCUCUGGUGGUUCCAGAUCUGAAUGAAGGCCAGGAGUACUUUUUCCGUGUACGUGCUGAGAACCGCUUUGGGUUUGGCCCCUACAUCGCAACCAUUCAAAGGACCAAGGCCAGAGAUCCAAUCCAUCCUCCCGAUCCUCCAACAAGGUUGAAGAUCCAGAGCGUCAGGAAGGGCACAGUAACUCUGACCUGGAAGGCUCCAAAGAACGAUGGUGGUUCACCUGUAACCCACUACAGCGUUGAUCUCCUCUGCUGGGACAGCAGUGGCACCCAGAAGGAGUCCUGGAGGAGGUGCAACAGGAGAGACGUGGACACCACCAGCUUUAAAGUGGAGGACCUUACAGAGGGAGAUGAGUAUGAGUUCAGGGUGAUGGCUUACAAUGAAGUCGGACCCAGCCGACCUUCAUCUACUGCUGGACCAAUCACCAUCCAGGACCAGAGCUGUGCUCCAUCCAUCGAGCUGAAUGAGUUCAUGGAGGUGGAGCAGGGCUCCGACAUUAGCAUUGUGGCCCAAAUUCGUGGCUGUCCAUUCCCUACACUCACCUGGUACAAGGCUCCGCCCCACAAGUCCGACGCCAAGGUGGAGGUUCAGUACGACGAGCAUAUAAAUAAGAUUGUUUCGGACGACAGCUGCACACUGCUCAUCCAGCAGGGCAAACGUCCCGACACAGGCCUGUACACGCUGGUGGCUUCCAACAGCCUCGGCAAGGCCUCCAAGGAGAUGAGGCUCAACGUGCUUGGCCGUCCCGGUCCUCCCUCUGCUCCCAUUAAGUUUGAGGAGAUUGGAGCUGAGAAGAUCACGCUUUCUUGGCUGCCGCCGAAGGACGACGGUGGCUCCAAAGUCACAAACUACGUCAUCUGGAGGCGGGUGGCCAACAGAAAGACUUGGGUGCCUGUCACCAGUGAGCCGAAAGAGCGGAUCUGGACAGUGGAGAACUUGAUGACGGGACAUGAGUACGUGUUCCGCAUUAUGGCACAGAACAAGUAUGGAGUCGGAGAGCCACUGGACAGUGAGCCCGAGGUGGCCCGAGAUCUCUACACUGUACCUGGUCAGGUUGAAAAGCCGACAGUUACCAGCGUAACCAUGGACUCCAUGACCGUUAACUGGGAAGAACCUGAGGACGAUGGGGGGUCCCCGAUCACUGGCUACUGGCUGGAGCGCAAGGAGACAACUGGCAAACGCUGGACCCGUGUCACCCGCGACCCGAUCCGUCCCAUGGGCCUGGGCGAGUCGUUUGUGGUGAGCGGACUCAUUGAGGGAUCCCAGUAUCUAUUCAGAGUCUCUGCCAUCAACGCCGCAGGGCCCGGACUUGCCAGCCCUCCCACUGACCCCAUCUUUGCCAGAGACCCUAUCAUCCCGCCAUCUCCUCCAACCCCAAAGGUUUCUGACUGGACAAAGUCUACAGUGGACCUGGAGUGGAUUCCUCCUCUGAAGGAUGGAGGCUCCAAGAUCAUUGGUUAUUGGGUGGAGCACAAAGAGGAGGGCACUGAAGCCUGGGUCAAGGCCAAGGACACGGAAAUCCGUGGCACCCGAUUUGUGAUCACUGGUCUGAAGACUGGUGGUAAAUACAGGUUCAGAGUGAUUGCCUUCAAUGCUGCCGGCAAUGGUGAGCCAGGAGAAGUCCCAGAGGUUCUCGAGGUGAAUGACAGAAUUGUUGCGCCUGAGGUCGACUUGGAUGCCUCGGUGAAGGAAAGAAUAGUGGUCCAUGCUGGCGGCGUGAUCCGCAUCAUUGCCUACGUGUCAGGCCAGCCAUCCCCUGAUGUCACCUGGAGUAGAGAUGGAGCUGCACUGCCUCCUGAGGCUAAAGUGGAGACGACAGCCAUCAGCUCAUCUCUUGUCAUCAAACCUUGCACUAGGAAACACCUUGGUGUGUACAUACUGACCGCCAAAAAUGCUGGAGGAGAGAAGACAAAGAAGAUCACAGUGGAAGUUCUGGAUGUUCCCGGGCCAGUAGGCAUCCCCUUAGUUGCAGAGAACCUGAGCAGUGACUCCUGCAAAAUCAACUGGUUCUUCCCUGAGAAUGAUGGCGGCUCACCUAUAAGCAACUUCGUUAUUGAGAAACGUGAGGCUGAGCGCAAAGCCUGGACGUCGCUGUCCUACACCGCCAGCAGACAGAACGCUGUGGCUCAUGACCUCACACCUGGAAAGGCCUACUUCUUCAGAGUAGCUGCAGAGAAUGCCAUCGGUAUUGGACCCUUUGUGGAGACUGCAGCUGAGAUUGUCAUCAAGGAACCCAUCAGUGUUCCAGACCGUCCAGAGGAGGUAGAAGUCACCAAGGUCACCAAAGAUUUGAUCAGCAUCGCUUGGAAGGCGCCCAAGUAUGACGGUGGCUCAGAGAUCACUAUGUAUAUCCUGGAAGCACGCAUGAUUGGUAAAGACAAAUUCACUAGACUGACAAAGGAGAACCUGAUGGACAGGAAAUACACCUACGAUGGCCUCAGGGAGGGUGACACCUAUGAGUUUAGGGUCAUUGCUGUCAAUGAGGUUGGCCCCAGCAAACCAUCUUUCUGCACCAAACCAGUCACCUGCAAGGACGAGCUAGAGCCGCCAACCAUUGAGCUGGAUUUCCGCGAUAAGAUCAUCAUCCGUGUGGGGGAGAGCUGCCUGCUGCAGGGCCGCUAUACUGGUAAACCACCUCCAUCCAUCACGUGGUAUCGUGAUGACAAGGAGCUGAAAGCUGACAAACACAUCAUGUUCAAGAACACGCUAACCACCAUGUCGCUGGGCCUGAUGAAGGCAGAGCGUGAACACAGCGGCAGAUACGUGGUCGUUGUAGAGAACAGUACCGGAUCCAGGAAGGGAGUCUGCAACAUCACGGUUGUUGACCGUCCGACUCCUCCUGUUGGCCCAGUGGUGUUUGAGGAGGUUCACAGGGAAUACAUGGUGAUCUCCUGGAAGCCUCCUCUGGACAGUGGUGGUGUUGAUGUCUCUAAUUACAUAAUUGAGAAAAGAGACAUCAACAGAGAAACCUGGACCACAGUAACAUCUGCCACCACCAAGACCACAUGCAAAAUCCCCAAGCUGACAGAGGGCAGGGAGUAUAUAAUGAGAAUCUGUGCUGAGAACAUGUACGGUAUCAGCGACCCUCUGGAAUCUGAGGAGAUGAAAGCCAAAGAUCUCUUCAGAGUCCCCGAAGCCCCUGAAAUGCCAACAGUCAGGGAGGUGUAUGGCACCAAUGCUCUAGUGCUGUGGAACCGACCUCGUGAUGGUGGAAAGCCCAUCACCAACUACAUCCUGGAGAAAAAAGAGACCACAGCCAAGAGGUGGUCCAGGGUCACCAGAGACCCACUGUACCCAGCCACUCAGUAUCGAGUCCAGGAUCUAGUGGAGGGCUGCGAGUAUGAAUUCAGGGUGAUGGCUGAGAAUGAGCUCGGACCUGGAGAUCCCAGUGUCCCCUCCAAGCCCAUACUUGCCAAAGACCCUAUUGUGCGCCCCAGUCCUCCUGUGACCCCCGAGGCCUAUGAUAAGACCAAGGACUCUGUCAGCCUGAAGUGGAAGAUGCCACGCCAUGACGGGAGGGGACGAAUCUUUGGAUACCUUGUGGAGUACCAGAAGCCUGGUGCCGUAGAGUGGAUGCAAGCCAACGAAACCCCAGAGCAGUGCCCUGACCUGCACUAUGUGGUGACAGGGCUGGCUGAAGGACACGAGUACAAAUUCAGGAUCUUCACUGUCAAUGCUGCUGGCAAAUCAGAUCCUGCUUAUGUCAAGGAUACCAUUAAAGUCCAUGACAGGCUUGAGGAACCAGAGUUGCUGCUGGAUGCCAACAUGGCACGUGACCACCUGGCCAUGCUGGGCACUGACAUCACCCUGAGUGCCACCAUCAAAGGUGUGCCGACGCCCACAGUCAGCUGGAAGAAAAAUGAUGCAGACGUUCCUGCUCACAUCACCGUUGCUGUUACUGCCACUGGCAGCAAAGUCUUCAUCCCGAAGUGCGUCCGUGCAGACUCUGGCAACUACACCAUCACUGUUGAGAAUGCUGCUGGGAAGAAGACAGCAACCGUUGCUGUGCUUGUGCUGAACAAGCCUUCUCCUCCCAGGGACUUGGUAAUCUCUGAUGUAACCAGUGAGUCCGCCUACCUCACAUGGAAGGCACCAGAGGACAAUGGUGGUGCCGUCAUCUCUCAUUACAUCGUGCAGAAGAAGGACGUGGCUGCUGAGCAGUGGGUACCUGUUGCUGCAGCCAAUAAGAAACUGAGUCUGAUGGCCAUGUACCUGAUGGAAGGAAUCCAGUACUUGUUCAGGGUAGCUGCAGAGAACCAGUUUGGCAGGAGUGAUUAUGUAGUGACCAAAACACCCAUCAAGGCUGUCGAUCCUCUCUAUCCUCCUGGCCCGCCCAAGAACCUGCACCACACUGAUGCAGAUAAGACAGAGGUUUGGUUGGCAUGGGAGUGGCCUGACCGCACCGGUGGAAGUGAAAUUACUGGCUUCAUUGUGGAGCACCAAGAAGAGGGUCAGACUGACUGGGUCACCUUCAAGACCGUAAGCAACAAUCACACCCAUGUCACAGGUCUGGAGGAGGGCAAGACUUACCGCUUCAGGGUCAAAGCUCAGAACGCCAUUGGCGUGAGCCGUCCCGACACCAGUGUCCCUGUCACAUGUCAGGAGAAAACAUUGCCACCUACUAUUGAAGUUGAUGUAAAGCUUAUUGAGGGUCUGAUUGUCAAAGCUGGCACCACUAUUGCUCUUCCAGCCAAGAUGGUGGGCAUCCCUCUUCCCACUGCCAAAUGGAUGACUGAUGGCAAAGAGAUCACAUCUGAGGGCCGCUAUCACAUUCAGUCAGCUGACUCCACAACCACCCUAAGUAUCCCUGAGUGCCAGAGAGCAGACACUGGAGAGUAUAUGCUCACUGUGUCAAAUCCUGCAGGCAGCAAAACUGUUGCCCUUCAUGUGACCGUCCUGGAUCUUCCAGGUCCACCCAUUGGACCCAUUAAUAUUAUGGAAGUCACCCCUGAUUACAUGAUGAUCCAAUGGAGAGCCCCAAAGGAUGAUGGUGGAACACCUAUCACCAACUAUGUGGUGGAAAAGAAGGAUGUGAAAAAACCAUGGGAGCCUUGGUCUGUGGUUAGCUCCAGUGGCACAGUGACCAGAGCCAAGGUGUCCAGACUAGAGAAAGGCCGUGAGUACAUUGUCCGUGUGCGUGCGGAGAACAAGAUUGGUAUUGGUGCUCCACUUGAGAGUCCUCCAACUAUUGCCAAACACAUGUUUAACCCUCCCGGCCCACCAGGCCUACCAGAAUGUUCUGAUAUAACAGAGAAUGCUGUAACAGUGUCAUGGAGCCUGCCUGACUAUGAUGGAGGAAGUCCUAUCAGUGGUUAUGUGGUUGAACGCAGAGAAAUGACAGGAAAGUGGAUCCGUGUCAAUAAAACACCUGUUCUCGACCUCAGAUAUAGAGUCUCUGGCUUAUUUGAAGGGAACACUUAUGAGUUCAGAGUAUUUGCAGAAAACAUUGCUGGUAUCAGUGAGCCCUCGCUUACCUCUGAUCCCAUCAAGGCCACCCGAGCCAUCACCAAACCUGGCCCCCCUGGUAAUCUUAAACUGAAAGACUGGAGUAAGUCCCAUGCUGACAUCUGUUGGACCAAGCCUACAAGAGAUGGAGGUAGUCCCAUUCUGGGGUAUGUAAUUGAGGCUCAGAAGUCAGGAACUGCCCAGUGGGACAGAAUCAACAAAGACCUUGUCAAGAUGUGUGCCUACAGAGUUCCAGGCCUCAUCGAAGGACUAGAGUACAGAAUCCGCAUCAGAGCCACCAAUAAGGUUGGAGACAGUGAACCCAGGGAGCUACCUCAGACUAUCUUGGCAAAGGACAUCCUGGUACCACCUGAAGUUGUUGUUGAUGUGUCAUGCCGUGACUCUGUGACAGUCAGAGCAGGUCAGAUUAUCAGUUUGAUCACUAGAGUCAAAGGCAGACCAGAUCCAGAAAUCACUUGGACCAAGGAUGCCAGAGCUUUGGCCAGGGAUAAGCGCACACAGAUGAACAACAACUACCCAUUGUGUGAACUCAUCAUAAACGAUGCAGUCAGAUCAGACUAUGGUAAAUAUGCUGUUGUGGCUAAGAACAGCAGCGGGCAGGCACAGGCUACCAUUCUUGUCAAUGUCCUAGACACACCGGGAGCUUGCCAGAAUAUAAAAGUGGCUUAUGUGACCAAGAAAUCCUGCAUGGUUUCCUGGGAGAACCCUGAAGAUAAUGGAGGAACUGAGAUCACUCAGUACAUUAUUGAAUGUCGUCAGCCCAGCCAGCGAGGAUGGACAGUGGUUUCCAAUGACUGCACUAAGCGUCUGAUAAAGGCUCCUCUUACAGAGAGUUGUGAAUAUUUCUUCCGGGUCAGCGCAGAGAACAAGAUUGGCACUGGUCCACCUACUGAGACCAAGACACCUGUAUUGGCAGUUGAUCCCAUUGAGAAACCUGGUGAACCCAUUGACUUCCAUAUAUCUGAGAUAGGCAAGACCUUCUGCUUCCUCAAGUGGAAGAAGCCAGAUUAUGAUGGUGGUAGCCGUAAUCUGGGUUAUCAUAUUGAAAAGAAACCAAAGGAGGCUGAUGAGUGGGAGAGGCUUCACAAGGGUGCCAUCAAGGAGACUUACUUCAUGGCCGACAGAUGUAUCGAAAACCAGAUCUACCAGUUCAGAGUUCAGACUAAGAAUGAGGGCGGUGAAAGCAACUGGGUUACCACAGCUGAAGUCAUGGUUAAGGAACAGUUAGUGAUGCCUGAGAUCAAGAUUAAAUUGGAUGGGACCCUUACAGUAAAAGCAGGAGACUCCAUUCCUAUAGAGGCAACAGUGACGGGCAAACCCCAGCCUGAUAUCAAAUGGACCAGGGAUGAAAGCACAGAGGAGAUUAAGAAGGGCCCCAGGCUUCAAAUCGAAAGUGGUGCAGACUUCUCUAAACUUCUGAUUACUGGAGCAAGGCGCACUGACAGUGGCAAAUAUGCUGUUACUGCCUCCAACAAUGCAGGAACAUGCUCUGCUCAUGCCAAGGUCAUUGUACUGGAUAGACCCGGCCCCAUCAGGGAUCUCAAGAUAUCCGGUAUCACUAAUGACAGGUGUCAUCUGGCCUGGGAAAUCCCAGAGGAUGAUGGUGGCUGUGAUAUCUACAACUACAUAAUUGAGAAAUGUGAGACCAAGAGGGAAGUCUGGUCUGUUCACUCCAAUGCCGUCAUCACCAACAAAGCAAAGGUAACUCGUCUUAUUGAGGGUAAUGAGUAUAUGUUCAGAGUUAGAGCCGAGAAUAAGAUGGGCUCUGGACCAGCAGUACAGAGUGAAGCCAUUGUUGCUGGAACGCAGUUCAGUGUACCUGGUGCUCCAGAAGCACCAGAGGUCACCAAGAUUGCCAAGGAGGAGAUGGCUGUUCAGUGGUCAGAGCCAGAGAAAGAUGGUGGAAAGCCAAUCACAGGAUAUCUGUUGGAGAAGAAAGAGGAACAUGCUGUUAAGUGGUCUCCUGUCAACAAGGAUCCAAUUCCUGGAACUCGUUUCACAGUUACUGGACUCCUUCCACUUCAUGAAUACCAAUACAGAGUGAAGGCGGUGAAUGAAAUUGGCAUCAGCAACCCAAGCAAGGCUUCACGUGCAAUCACUGCUAAGGAUGCAGUUGAGCCUCCUGCACCUCCUACUAACUUGAAGGUUUUGGACAGCACCAAAUCCACAGUCACCUUGGGAUGGACCAAGCCGGUGUCAGAUGGCGGAGCUCCAAUCAUUGGUUAUGUUGUGGAGAUGAGAGCAAAGGGAUCUGUUAAGAAAGGUGAAGAUGGCUGGAAGAGGUGCAACGUGGCAGCUCAGCUGAUCACAUGCGAGUUCACAGUCACAAGUCUGGAUGAGAACCUUGUGUAUGAAUUCAGAGUGUCAGCUCAGAACCAGGUGGGCAUGAGCGUCCCGUGCAAUCUGGAAGGUGCCGUGAUUCCCAGGGAGAUUCUAGAGACACCCGAGAUAGACUUGGAUGCCAACCUGAAACAGGGAUUAACCGUAAGAGCCGGUUGUCCCAUCAGAUUAUGUGCCACCAUCAGAGGCAGACCACCUCCAAAGGUGAUUUGGAGGAGGAUGGGUAUUGACAACGUGGUCAGGAAGGGUAAAGUUGACAUCAUUGACACCAUGACCUUCCUGGUCAUUCCCAACAGCACACGUGAUGAAUCUGGAAAAUACUGCCUGACUCUGCAGAAUCCUGCUGGAGAGAAAGCUGUGUUUGUCAAUGUGAAGGUUCUGGACACUCCUGGACCUGUGAUGAAUCUGGAAGCUACAGACAUCAAACAGACAUCAGCAAUGCUGUCUUGGAGCCCUCCAGAGAACAAUGGUGGCAGUGACGUCACACAUUAUAUCGUUGAGAAGCGUGAGAUUGACCGUAAAACAUGGGCGACUGUCAAGGCCGAAGUAGCACUCGAUAAGAUUCCAUUCAAAGUCAACAAUCUGAUCCCAGGAACAGAAUACUACUUCAGGGUCACAGCUGUCAAUGAGUAUGGUUCUGGGGUUCCCAAAGUGACACCCACUUCUUACCUGGCUUCUGAUCCUGUCAGCAAGCCAGAUCCUUGUCAGAAAAUUGAAGUCCUAGAAAUCACAAAGAACAGCGCUUUGGUCGGGUGGGUGAAGCCUGCAAGGGACGGUGGUGCCAAGAUUGAUGGUUAUGUAAUUGAGUACAUUGAGGAAGAGAAGCCAGAGCCUGAAAAGGAAGUGUGGAACGCUUAUACUACAGUUAAAGGUUUGACAGUCAGCAUCAGUGGACUGAAGGAGGGCAAGAGGUACAAGUUCAGAGUGGCUGCCAAAAACACCAUGGGUCUCAGCUUGUUCACUGAAACCAGAGACCCUGUCGAGAUCAAGGAACAGAUGUUGGAACCAAAGAUUGUCAUGCCAGAGGCAGCAAGUGCUAGAGCUGGAGCCAAGCUUAGAGUGGAGGCAGUAGUUUCAGGAAAACCGACCCCAACCUGCAAGUGGCUGCGUGGCGAAAAAGCCGUGGUUCCAUCCAGCUGCCUGGCUGUGCAUCAGUCAGGCAACUUGUGUGUGUUGAUCAUCAAAAACGUAUCAAGGACUGACACUGGAGAGUAUAGCCUUGUGGCUGAGAACAGCACUGCAAAGGUGACCCAGACCAUGAAGAUUGUCAUCAGAGAUAUACCCGGGCCUCCUGAGGGCCCUGUAGAGAUCAGCGAUAUUGACUCUGAUGCUUGUUCCUUAUCCUGGAAUAAACCUCUGGAGGAUGGAGGGAGCAACAUCACUAACUACGUGGUGGAGAAAUGUGAUGUGAGUAGAGGCGACUGGGUGACUGCUGUCUCUACAUGCCCAAAGACUAAUUGCCGGCUGGGAAAACUUAUCCCUGGGAAGGAGUAUGUGUUCCGCAUCCGUGCUGAGAACCGCUUUGGCGUGUCAGACCCUGUUCAGUCCGACAGGAUGGUCGCAAAGUUCCCCUUUGAUGUUCCAAGUGAACCCCUUAACUGCCGCAUCAACAAGACCAACAAAGACUGCAUGUUUGUGGCCUGGGAUAAGCCAGAGAGUGAUGGAGGCAGUCCCAUCACGGGUUACUACAUUGAGCGCAAAGAGAGGAACAGUCUGCUGUGGGUGAAGGCCAAUGACACUGUUGUUCGAAGCACUGAGUACCCAUGUGCUGGCCUCAUCGAGGGCCUGGAAUACACCUUCAGAGUAUCAGCUAUUAAUCGCGCUGGCCAGGGCAAACCAAGCAAGAAGACUGACUUUUUCACUGCAAGAACACCCGUUGACACUCCAGGUAAACCUGAAGUCCUGGAUGUAACCAAGAACUCAGUCACUCUGGUUUGGACCCGUCCUAAGAAUGAUGGAGGUAGCAAGAUCAUUGGUUACUAUGUUGAGGCCCUGCGGGUACCAGGAGACACUUGGAUACGCUGCAACACAAGUAGCCAGAAUGUGCCUAAGGAGGAGUACACAGUUACUGGCCUGGAGAGAGACUUGCAGUACCAGUUCAGAGUCAUUGCUAAAACUGCUGUCAACAUGAGCAGUCCCUCAGAACCCACAGACCCUGUCCUCGUGUGUGCUGAAAAUGUUCCUCCAAGGGUGGAGCUCAAUGCCAGGAUGCAGAAGGGUUUGAAGGUGAAGGCUGGAACUACAAUUCUCCUGGAGGCUGAUGUGUUCGGUAAGCCCAUGCCCAGAGUGACCUGGAAGAGAGGUGACGACAAUCUGAAGUCAGGUGAAGGCCAGGUUAUUACCCACCAAAGAAAUCACUUUCAGCUGGAAAUGACAGAUGUCACCAAGGAGCACACAGGAACAUACACCAUCUUGGCUGAGAAUGCCAGUGGCUCCAAGAGUGCUGAGAUCCAGGUCAUUGUGCUAGAUGUACCUGGUCCUCCUGCAAAUUACAAAUGUGUUGAGGUGUUUGCCACUAGCAUCAAGUUGUCUUGGGAACCUCCUCUUAAGGAUGGUGGUGCCCCAGUCACCAACUAUAUUGUGGACAAGCGUGAAACCAGUAGACCUGAAUGGGCUCAGGUUGCAGGUAAAAUCAAGGGUGACAUCCUUGAGUUCACUGUGGCAAAGUUAAUUGAAGGUCGUGAAUACCAGUUCAGAAUCCGCGCUGAGAACACGUGGGGAGUUGGAGACCCUCUUAUCACCGGCCCUGUCAUCGCCAAGAACCCAUUCACUGUCCCUGGCCCCUGUGAAGCCCCAGUGAUCACCAAUGUGACCAAGGACCGUAUGACCGUGAGCUGGAAGGAGCCUGCAGAUGAUGGAAAGUCCACUAUCCUGGGUUACAUGUUGGAAAAGAAAGAGACCAAGGAAAUGAAUUGGACCAAGUUAAAUAGGAAGCCACUGACAGAAAGAAGUCUGGAGGUUACAGGCCUCACAGAGGGAGUCGAGUAUGAGUUUAGAGUUAUUGCUGUCAACGUGGCUGGGCCCAGCAAACCCAGCGAGCCUUCUUCUGGCACUGUUGCACAGAAUCCUAUUACUCCUCCUGGACCUGUUGUGAAUCCAAGUGUGACUGACACCACCCACAGCACCAUCAGUCUUGCCUGGACUGCCCCCACCAACAAUGGUGGAAGCCCCAUUAUUGGAUACUUGGUGGAGUGCAAGAGGACAGACACCAAAGACUGGAUCCGCUGUAAUGUCCCAAGGAACCUGCAGGAGACCCACUACGUCAUUCAAAACCUCAUUCAUAAGUCAGAAUACCAGUGCCGCAUCACUGCUGUCAACAAGAUUGGCUUUAGUGAACCAGUUGAAGUCCCUGGGAAACAUGUCGCCAAGGACAUCGUUGUUGCUCCUGAGGCAGAACUGAGUGCAGAGCUGAAGGAUGGUCUGGAGCUACGUGCUGGUGCCACCAUGAGACUGCAUGCCACCAUCAAGGGUCGUCCCACUCCCAAGAUAACUUGGGCAAAGAUGAACACUAACAUUAAAGACCGUCAGGGCAUCAUCAUCAAAUCCACCCAUGUUGACACCAUGGUGAUAGUGGAGAAAGUGAACAGAUAUGAUGCUGGCAAAUACAUUCUGAGCUUGGACAGCUUAGCUGGCAUGAAGAUGUACACCAUCGUUGUCAAAGUUUUUGACACUCCUGGACCACCAGUUAAUCUAAUGGUGAAGGACACAUGUAAGGACAGUGCCUCCAUCUACUGGGAUGCUCCUCUGAUUGACGGUGGCUUUGAAAUUACCCACUACAUAGUACAGAAGCGUGACACUGAGAGGAAGGCUUGGUCUACCGUUUCCACCAACUGCAAUAAGACAUCAUUCAAGGUUCCAGACCUAGAUGCUGGGCGGUCCUACUGCUUCAGAGUGGCAGCAGUUAACCAGCUGGGUACUGGAGAGUUCUGUGAGACUGAUGAUUCAGUCAGAGCAACAGAGGAGCCUGGGCCUGUUAUGGACUUCAAGACCCUGCUGGUUACCAAGGAUUCUUGCACCUUAAGCUGGAAGAAACCCCUCACUGAUGGUGGUAGUCGCAUCAUCUGUUAUGUACUUGAGGUUCUCAAUGGUGAGGAUAAAUACAAGGAGCUAAUGAGGUCUAAGAAUAUGCAGUACAGUGCCAAGGACCUGGUGGAGGAUAGAGAGUAUACCUACAGAGUCAAAGCUGUGAAUGACACAGGAGAGAGUGCUCCCAAGGAGCUGAAAGUUGUUGCCAAGGACCAGAUCAUUCUUCCCAGUUGUGACUUGAGGGAGUUGCCCAACAUGUGCUACAUUGCCAAGGAAGGCAGUACCGUCCGCCUGAAGAUCCCAAUUAUUGGCAAGCCUACACCCAAGGUAACCUGGAAGAAGGGAGAUGAUGAAGACCUGACAGACACCGGCCGAGUGUGUGCCGAGUCUUCAGCAGUUAACACCACCCUCCUCAUCAGGGACUGCCAAAGGACUGAUGCUUCCAAAUACACCAUCACCCUGAGAAACAGUGCUGGAAGCAAAGAGUCCACCAUCUUUGUCAGGGUGGUGGGUAAACCUGGCAUUCCUGGAGGACCAGUAAAGUUCAAAGAUGUUGCUGCUGAUGGUGCCACACUAAAGUGGGGUCCUCCCAAGGAUGAUGGUGGCUCUGAAAUUACCAACUAUAUCCUGGAAAAGAGGGACUCCAUCACAAAUAUGUGGGUGACUGUGUCCUCUGUUGUGGAGACCAACACCAUGAGAGUAACUGGUCUUCAUGAGGGCACAGAAUACAUCUUCAGAGUAUGUGCCGAGAACAAGUAUGGGGUCGGCGAAGGACUCAAAUCUGAGCCCAUUGUAGCCAAACAUCCAUUCAAUGUUCCUGAUGCUCCUGCUCCUCCUCAGAUUAUGAGCAUGCGCCAUGAUUCAGCUUAUCUUGCCUGGACUGAUCCAAGGAAGACUGGAGGAUCUCCUAUUACAGGCUAUCAUGUUGAGUUCAAGGAGAGAAACAGUAUGUUGUGGAAGAGGGCAAGCCCAGCUGCCUUGAAGAUGAAAGAACAUAAAGUUACUAGGCUGACUGAAGGUCUGGAGUAUGAGUUCAGAGUGAUGGCAAUUAAUUUGGCUGGAAUUGGUAGACCAAGUGCCCCCACUGAUCCACAGGUGGCCCUGGACCCCAUUGAUGCACCUGGUAAACCAGAUGUAAUCAGCAUUACAAGGAGCACUGUGACCCUCCAGUGGACUGAACCUCAGUUUGAUGGUGGCCACCGACUGACGGGCUACAUUAUUGAGAAAAGAGACCUGCCUUCUAAAAUCUGGGUAAAGGCAAACAAUGUGAAUGUUGUGGAACCUGCAUUCACUGUCACCAAUUUGCAAGAGGGCUGCAAAUACGAGUUCAGAAUUCGGGCAAAGAAUGCUGCGGGCGCUCUCAGUCCACCCUCUGAGCAGACAGAUACCAUUAUCUGCAGAGAUGAAUAUGCUGCGCCAGCCAUUAUAAUUGAUGCUCAGGUGAUGGAAGGCUUGACUGUCCGAGCUGGCGAUACUAUCGUUAUCACUGCCACAAGCAUUUUAGGGAAACCUGCACCAACCUCCUGCUGGUCAAAGGGAGGAAAGUACUUUAAACCCUCAGAUCUUGUUCAAAUUGAGACCACUGCCACAUCCUCCACUUUGUCGGUCAAAUAUGCUAGCAGGAAGGACUCUGGAGACUACAUAAUCACUGCCAGCAAUCCCUUUGGUGUAAAGGAAGAAACAGUGAAGGUCAAAGUUCUGGAUGUUCCUGGUGCUCCUGGACCCAUUGAAUGCAGUGGUGUAUCCUCAGAAAAAGUGACUCUUACAUGGACAGCUCCUACUGAAGACGGAGGCUCUCCUAUCAAGUAUUACACCCUGGAGAAGAGGGAGACCAGCCGUUUGCUCUGGACUAUCCUGGAAGAUAACAUUAUUGAUUGUCACUAUGUGGCCAACAAACUCAUCCAGGGCAAUGAAUACUUCUUCAGAGUCUCUGCUGUUAACCAGUAUGGUGCCAGUGAGCCAUCUCACUCUGAGGCAGUUAAAAUGGUAGAUAGAUUUGGUCCACCUGGUCCACCUUCCAAACCAGAGGUUGAAAAAGUUGAUGGACAUUCAGCCACUGUUACCUGGAGAAGACCAACUGAAGAUGGAGGAAGUGACAUCAUAGGUUAUUGUGUUGAAAAGAAAGAGAAAAAAGGCAUGAGAUGGGUCAGAGCAUCCAAGAAAUCCAUCACUGAACUCAGCUUUGAAGUCACAGGUCUCACUGAGGAUGUGGAGUAUGAGUUCCGUGUUCUUGCUGAGAACAGAGCUGGGUUUGGCGAGCCAAGUGAACCAUCUAUGGUUGUCAGGACAAUAGUUGUUGCCUAUCCACCUGGACCUCCAGUCAAUCCAAGAGUUACAGACACAACCAAAACCACUGCCACUCUGAACUGGGGAAAACCUCUUCAUAAUGGUGGACUGGAAGUUACUGGAUAUGUCAUUGAGCACAAAAAAGAAGGAACAGAAGAAUGGGUUAAGGAUACCCCAUCAUCUCUACUUAGGAUCACAGAAUUUGUUGUUCCUGAACUAGACACUGGUGCAAAAUACUGCUUCAGAAUUAGUGCUGUGAAUGCUAAAGGAGUGGGAGAACCUGCCGAAACUAAGGAAUUCACUGAGAUUGUGGAGCAUGCAGCUGAACCUGCAAUGGAGCUUGAUGUUGAGCUCAGAAGAACUCUUGUUGUUAGAGCUGGCUGCUCCAUUCGCCUUUUUGUGCCAAUCAAGGGACGUCCUACACCUACUGUCACCUGGACCAAGGAAGGCGGACCUGUUCCACGUGCAGUCAUUGACAGCACUGAAUCAUUUACGAUGCUGAUCAUUCCCGAGAGUUCAAGAAUUGAUGCAGGCAAAUAUGAGCUUACCCUCGAAAACUCAGCUGGAAAGAAGAGUGCUGACAUACACGUGAGAGUUCUGGAUUCACCUGGGCCUCCGCUUAACCUAAAACCAAUCAACAUUGACAAAGAAAGCAUUACGCUUCAGUGGGAAAUACCUCUCAUUGAUGGUGGUGCAAAGAUCACAAACUAUAUCAUUGAGAAAAGAGAAUCAACACGCAAGGCUUUUGCUACUGUUGUUACAAAGUGCCCAACUACUUCAGUCAGAAUUUGUGACCUGGGUGAAGGUUGUGAGUACUAUUUCAGAGUGUCUGCUGAGAAUGAGUAUGGUAUCGGUGAGGCGGUUGAAACUUCUGAUCCAAUUCGUGCAUCCCAGACACCAAGCUCUCCAGAGAGCAUUAUUCCUACUGAUAUCACCAAGAACUCUAUCAGUCUGGCUUGGACCAAACCUAAACAUGACGGUGGAAGCAGAAUUACAGGAUAUGUCCUGGAAGCCCAGAAGAAGGGAACUGAUCAGUGGGCUCAUAUUACAACGGUCAAGAACAUGGAUUUCACUGUGAAGAAUCUCAAUGAGAAUGAGGAGUACAUUUUCCGUGUAAUGGCUGUCAAUCACUCAGGUAGAAGUAUUCCAAAGGAGAGCAAACCCAUUGUUGUCAAGGAUUCUACUUCUUUGCCUGAGUUUGACCUACGUGGAGUUUGUCACAAGACUGUUAUUGCCAAGGCAGGAGAUGAUAUCAAGGUUGAAAUUCCAGUUAUGGGACGUCCUAGACCAACUGUCUCUUGGCAGAAGGAUGGCGCAGCCCUGAAACUCACACAGAGGACCAAUGUAGAAACUACUGCUGCUACGGUCAUUAUCAGCAUCAGUGAGUGCACCAGAGCUGACAGUGGUGUAUACACCAUGACAGGAAAGAACAUUGUUGGAUCUGUGACAGACAGCAUCACUCUGAAAGUUCAUGAUGUACCUGGUCCACCCAAAGGACCCGUUAAGAUUGUGGAAAUAUCUCGUACUUAUUGCAUCUUUUCAUGGGAAGCUCCUGAGAAUGAUGGAGGGGUUCCCAUCAACAACUAUGUCAUUGAAAUACGAGACACCACUUCUCAAACAUGGACUGAGUUGUCGUCUACUGUCAUUCGCACAAUGUUUAAAGCCAUCCGGUUAAAUACUGGAUCAGAGUAUCAGUUCAGAAUAAAGGCUAAGAACAGAUAUGGUGUUGGACCUCCUAUUACUUCAGAGACAGUGGUGGCUGCCUAUCCAUUCAAAGUCCCUGGUCCUCCAGGUACUCCUAACGUUGUUGCAUUUACCAAAAACUCAAUAACAAUUGGCUGGAAUGAGCCUGUGUCUGAUGGUGGAAAUGAAGUCAUUGGCUACCAUGUUGAGAGGAAAGAAAGAACCGGCAUAAUGUGGUAUAGGAUUAGCAAGGGUCUUGUGAAAGGAAAUAUCUUUAAAUCCUCUGGACUUGAAGAUGGAGUUGCUUAUGAGUUUCGUGUCAUGGCUGAAAACAUGGCUGGAAUUGGUAAACCCAGCAAGGCCUCAGAACCAAUAUUGGCCUUGGACCCUGUUGACCCACCAGGUCAGCCUGUGCCAAUAUCUGUCAACAAGAAUGCCAUUACUAUUCAGUGGACAAAGCCUGAGUAUGAUGGUGGGUUCAAAAUCACCGGCUACAUUGUGGAGAAGAGAGAACUGCCUGCUGGUCGCUGGAUGAGAGCCAACUUUACCAACAUAAUUGAAACAACGUUCACUGUUAGUGGACUGACUCAAGAUGCCUCAUAUGAGUUCCGUAUCAUAGCCAGAAACUCAGCAGGUGCAGUGAGCAUACCUUCUGAGCCUUCAGAUCCUAUUAACUGCAAAGAUGACAUUAUUGAACCACGCAUUAUGGUAGAUGCCAUCUUUAGGGAUGUUGUUCUACUAAAGGCAGGAGAGUCAUUCAAGCUUGAAGCUGAUAUUGCUGGUCAACCAACACCAUCUAUGGUUUGGACCAAGAAUGGAAAGGAGGUUGAGAAUACAAUGAAACUGGAAGUUAGGUUCACUGAACUGACAACUACUCUAACCAACAAGGACUCUAUAAGGCCAGAUGGAGGUGAAUUCAUUUUGACUGCCACUAAUGUUGGUGGAUUUGCAAAGCACAUUUUUAAUGUUAAAGUGCUUGACAGACCAGGACCACCAGUUGGACCUCUUAAGGUGACUGAUGUCACAGCUGAGAACUGUGCACUCUCCUGGGCUCCACCUGCAGAUGAUGGUGGUUCCAAGAUUGAAGGAUAUGUGAUUGAGAAGCGUGAAUCAAGCAGACUGGUUUGGACCAGUGUUGUUUCAGACCUCCAAGAUACGCAAUACAAGGUUACUAAGCUGCUCAAAGGAAACGAAUACAUUUUCAGAGUAAUGGCAGUGAACAAAUAUGGAAUUGGUGAGUCGCUUGAAUCACAACCCACUAUUGCAGACAACCCAUAUGUGAUUCCAGAUCCUCCUGAGAAUGCUGAGGUGACAGCUAUCACUAAAGAUUCAAUGGUUGUCAUGUGGCAAGCACCUAAGAGUGAUGGUGGAACUCCCAUCACCACCUACCAUAUUGAAAGAAAAGAUAGAAUGGGCCUCCGUUGGGUCAAAUGUAACAAGAGGAAAGUCAAAGAUCUGCAGUUCAAGGCAACAGGUCUUGUUGUUGGACAUGAAUAUGAAUUCAGAAUUAUUGCUGAGAAUGCUGCCGGAUUGAGUAUACCAAGUGUGUCUAGUCCAUUCUACAAGGCCACUGAUGGACUAUACAAGCCUGGAGCUCCAUGCAACCCCAGAAUCUUGGAUACAACCAAGUCUUCAAUUACUGUUGCUUGGAACAAACCUGCAUUUGAUGGUGGCUGUGAAAUUAUGGGCUACAUUGUAGAGACAUGCAUCCCAUCUGAAAAGAAGGAAGAAGAGGAAUGGACCAUUGUGACACCCAAGGAAGGUCUUCUUGCUACCUCAUUCACCAUUGUUAACCUGAAGGAGAAUCAAGAGUACAAGAUUCACAUCUCUGCUGUCAAUAGUGAAGGAAUUGGAGAGGCAGCAUCUGUACCUGGUAAUCCAAAGGCAGAGGACAGGCUUCUCCCUCCUGAGAUUGAUUUGGAUGCUGAACUUCGGUCAGUUGUCAGGCUUAGAGCUUGCUGUUCACUUAGACUGUUUGUGCCUAUCAGAGGCAGACCACCCCCUCAGGUAAAAUGGACCAAAGGAGAUGGGGAGCCAGUUGAGAGGGCAAUCAUUGACAGCACAACAUCAUACACAUCACUGAUCAUUGAAAAUGUCAACCGAUUUGACAGUGGAAAGUAUAAUCUUACUGUUGAGAACAGCUCUGGCUCCAAGACAGUUACAGUACAAGUCAGAGUGCUUGAUACACCAAGUGCCCCACAGAAUCUGAAGAUUACUGCUGUGACAAAGGAUGCUGUGACUCUGACUUGGGAUCCACCAGUGAAUGAUGGUGGAGUUAAGAUUAAGAAUUAUGUUGUUGAAAAACGCGAGUCUACAAGAAAAGCAUAUGCCACAGUCAAUGCUCUCUGCUAUCAAACCACCUUCACUGUUGACCAGCUCCUGGAAGGAUGCAACUAUUACUUUAGAGUUUUAGCGGAGAAUGAGUAUGGCAUCGGCUUGCCCAUUGAGACUGGUGAAUCAGUUAAGGUGUCAGAGAAACCACAGCCUCCUGGCAAAAUCACUCUUAAGGAUGUUACCAAAAACAGUGUCACUCUCUCCUGGGAGAAGCCAGAGCAUGAUGGUGGCAGUAGAGUGGGCUGUUAUGUUGUUGAGAUCCUGCCUAAGGGUGCUGACAAGUGGACCCAAGCACUGAUUGCAAAAGAAACAGAAGCUACUAUUAGUGGACUAAAUGCAGGUGAAGAAUAUAUGUUCCGUGUUGCUGCAAGAAAUGAAAAAGGAACAAGUGAUCCACGUCAGAUUGGAGUUCCUGUGAUUGUAAAAGACCUUGUUAUUGCACCUGCUGUCAAAAUGUUGUUCAACACAUUUACUGUGUUGGCAGGAGAAGACUUGACAGUGGAGGUUCCUUAUAUUGCACGCCCCAAAGCAACAGUUUCAUGGGUAAAGGAUGGUCUCCCUCUUAAGAGAACUAGCAGAGUAAACUUUGGUGCAACAGACACGAUGCUGAAUCUCACUAUAAAAGAAGCUACUAAAGAUGAUGUUGGACACUACAUUAUUACUCUUACCAACACAGCAGGAGAGACAAAAGCAAAUAUUGGCAUUGUUGUUCUUGACAAACCUGGCCAACCAGGUGGUCCAGUUAAGGUAGAGGAGGUCACUUCUGACAGUGUAACCAUUUCCUGGAAUCCACCAGAGUAUGAUGGUGGUUGCACCAUCAAAAACUAUAUUGUGGAAAAGAGAGACACAUCUACGACUACCUGGAUGGUUGUAUCUUCCAACCUAGCAAGGACCAAAAUUAAGGCAGGCAGGCUGAAAACAGGUUCUGAGUAUCAGUUUAGAAUUACUGCAGAAAACAGAUAUGGAAAAGGCCCAGCUCUUCUAUCAGCAUGCAUUUUGGCUCAAUACCCAUAUAAACUCCCAGGCCCUCCAGGUACACCAUCCAUUGCAGUCUGCACCAAAGAUAGCAUGGUGGUCACCUGGAAUGAACCUGUCAUCGAUGGUGGAAGUUCUAUCUUGGGCUACCACCUUGAACGUAAAGAGAGGAACAGCAUCCUUUGGGUCAAACUAAACAAAUCUCUUAUUACAGACCAAACCUUUAAGACCACUGGCCUAGAACCAGGAAUGGAGUAUGAAUACAGAGUGUAUGCUGAAAACAUAGUUGGAAUAGGCAAAGCAAGUAAAGUGUCGGAGGGCUAUAUUGCUAGAGAUCCUUGUGAUCCACCUGGCACCCCAGAGGCAAUAAAGAUUACUAAGGACUCAGUGACUAUUGUUUGGACCAAACCUGAGUAUGAUGGUGGUGCAAAGGUUACAGGCUACAUUGUGGAAAAGAAGGAGCUUCCAGAGGGUCGUUGGUUGAAGGCUAAUUUUACUAAUGUAAUUGAGACAGAAUAUUUAGCAAGUGGACUUGUGGAGGGCAAUCAAUAUGAGUUCCGUGUCGUUGCCAGAAAUGCUGCUGGUGUUUUCAGUAUUCCUUCUUACAGCACUGGUCCAAUUACUGCCAGAGAUGAGAUUGAGCCACCGCGCAUAAGCAUUGACCCAGAGUAUACACAGAAUAUUGUGGUCAGUGCUGGCGACAACUUCAAAAUUGAUGCAGAUGUUCAUGGAAAACCACUGCCCUCUAUCCACUGGAUGAAGGGAGAGCAGGAACUAGGCAACACAAUUCACAGGGAAAUCAAGAACACACCCACCAAAGCUUUUAUAUCUGUCAAAGAAGCUAAACUGUCUGAUGGAGGGCAAUACAUUUUGCUGCUGAAAAAUCCUGGAGGAGAAAAGACUGUACAGGUCAAUGUUGUUGUUCUAGAUAAACCUGGAGAACCACAAGGGCCUCUUGUUGUCACAGGAAUAACCAAAGACAGAUGCUGCCUUGCAUGGAAACCACCAUUGCAGGAUGGUGGCAGCAAGAUCUGUCACUACAUUGUGGAGAGAAGAGAGACAAGCAGACUAAUCUGGACUGUAGUUGAACAAAAAGUGGAGAACAUUUGUCUAAAAGUUACUAAGCUCCUGGAGGGAAAUGAGUACAUCUUCAGAGUCCGUGCUGUCAACCAAUUUGGAGUAGGCGCACCACUUGAAUCUCCUCCUGUCAUAAUCAAGGAUCCAUACAUGCUACCUGGAUCGCCCAAGAACUUAGAAGUUUCAAAUAUUAAAAAGGACUCAAUGGUGCUUACCUGGGAGGCUCCUUCCGAAGAUGGUGGCAGUCCUGUAACUGGAUACAUAAUUGAGAAGCAUGACAAAGAAGGCGUAAGAUGGACUAGGUGCAAUAGGCAAACAGUCACUGAUUUGAGUUUUAAAGUCAAAGGACUUUUGGAAAGCCACAAUUAUGAAUUCAGAGUUGCAGCUGAGAAUUCUGUUGGUGUUGGUGAGCCAAGCUCCCCAACUGUUUUCUACAAAGCUCUUGAUCCUAUCUUUAGGCCUGGCCCACCACAUAACCCAAGAGUUACAGACACUACAAGAACAUCAGUAUUCCUGUCAUGGGGAAAACCCAUUUCUGAUGGAGGCUGUGAGAUUCAGGGAUACAUUGUUGAGUGCUGCUCUACUACUGCUGAAGCACCUGCUGCUGAAGGAGCUGCCACAGACACAGUUGUUGAAGAAUGGAUAAUGUGCACACCGGCUACAGGUGUUAAGAAGACUAAGUUUGAAGUUGUAAAUCUGAAAGAAAACCAGGCAUACAAGUUUAGAGUAUGUGCAAUCAACAAAGUAGGAGUUGGUGAGCAUGCUGAUGUCGCUGGAAUUGUUGUUGCUAAGGACAGAGCAGAUGAGCCAGACCUUGACAUUGACCCAGAACUAAGAAAAAUUGUUACCAUUAAAGCUGGUGCGUCCCUAAGACUCUUCAUUCCUAUCAAAGGCAGGCCCACACCUACUAUAAAGUGGGACAAAGAUGACGCUUCCCUUAAAGAGACUGCUCAGGUUGAGAUAACCAGCAGUUAUACAUUGCUUGUGAUUGAUAAAAUGAGCAGAAAUGACAGUGGAAAAUACACAGUCUCUGCAGAGAAUUCCAGUGGAACCAAAUCUGCAUUUGUUGUUGUCCGUGUCCUUGACACACCUAGUGCUCCUGUUAAUCUUAAAGUGAAAGAAAUUACAAACCAGUCAGUAACAUUGGAAUGGGAACCACCUCUGUUGGAUGGCGGAUCCAAGAUCAAAAACUACAUUGUUGAAAAAAGAGAAAGCACACGCAAAACAUUUGCCGCUGUUGUCACAAAUUGUCAUGCUCUUUCAUGGCAGAUCGAACCACUCCAGGAGGGCUGCAGUUACUACUUCCGUGUACUUGCAGAGAAUGCUUAUGGUGUUGGUCUGCCUGCAGCAACUGUUGAUCCUCUUAAGGUCUCAGAAGUGCCCCAGGCUCCAAAGAGUUUAAUUGUUACAGAUCAGACAAAAACAAGCAUCUCUCUGGCCUGGGAGAGGCCAGAGUAUGAUGGUGGUAGCAGGGUCAUGCAGUACUUGCUUGAGGUGCAGCUGAAGGGUCAAGAGAAAUGGUCUGCUGUAAACACUUUUAAGACAAUGGAAGCAACAGUCUCCAAUUUGAACCCAGGAGAGGAGUAUCUUUUCAGAGUUACAGCUGUCAACGAUAAAGGGAAGAGUGACCCCAAAGUCCUUUCCGGGCCAGUGAUGACCAAAAACUUGGUCUUUGAGCCAGAUGUCCGUCCAGAAUUCAGCAGCUACAGUGUUCAUGUGGGCAAAGACAUUAACAUUGACAUUCCUAUCUUUGGACGUCCUAAACCUACCAUCACAUGGACUAAAGAUGGCGCCCCCUUGAAGUUUACUACAAGAGUCCAUAUUGUCAAUACACCAACACAUACAACACUAAGCAUAAAAGAGGCAGCAGGCGAUGAUGGUGGUAUGUACAGCAUAAAUGUUGCCAACUCAGCUGGAAAGAAGGACACAACAAUUGAAGUCAUUGUACUUGACAAACCUGGCCCUCCAUGUGGCCCUGUGAGAUUCGAUGAAAUCACAACACAGAGUGUCACUAUAUCAUGGGACCCACCAAAACACAAUGGUGGAUGCCAAAUUUCAAACUACAUUGUACAGAAAAGAGAUACGACUACUACAACAUGGGAGAAUGUUAGUAUCAACUGGGCCAGAACCACCAUAAAAGUAUCUAGACUAAAGACUGGAGCUGAGUACCAGUUCAGGAUCAUUGCCCAGAACCGUUAUGGUAAAAGCCAUGGUCUGGAUUCAUCUGCUGUAGUUGCUCAGUACCCAUACAGAGAGCCAGGCCCUCCAGGCACUCCUUUCAUCUCUUCUCUCUCUAGGGACCACCAAAUUGUUGAGUGGCAUGAACCUGUCACAGAUGGAGGCAGUCCUGUUCUUGGCUACCAUCUUGAAAGGAAAGAGAGGAAUAGUAUUCUCUGGGUCAAGAUCAACAAGACUCUCAUCCACGAGACAAGUUUCAAGAGUUACCCCUUGGAGGAGGGUGUUGAAUAUGAAUACAGGGUUUAUGCUGAAAAUAUUGUUGGAAUUGGAAGGAGCAGCAAAGUCUCAGAGGGAUGUGUUGCCCGUGAUCCAUGUGAUCCUCCUGGAAUACCAGAGGCCAUCCAUGUGACCAAAGACACCAUUGUCAUUCAGUGGACUAAACCAGAAUAUGAUGGUGGAAGCAAUAUCACUGGCUAUAUUGUGGAAAAGCGUGAUCUGCCCGAGGGCAGGUGGGUAAAGGCAAAUUUUACUAAUGUGAUUGAGACCCAGUUUACAGUGACUGGUCUGACUGAAAAUGCACAGUAUGACUUUAGAGUCAUUGCUAAAAAUGCUGUUGGCACUGUCAGCAAACCAUCAUAUAACAGUGGACCUAUAACUGCAAGUGAUGCUGUGGAGGCACCCAAAUUCUCCAUUGAUCCUGCAUUCACUAAGACCAUUAUUGUCAAUGCUGGAGAGACAUUCAAGCUAGAUGCUGAUGUACGUGGCAAGCCGCUGCCAACAAUCCAGUGGUUCAAAGAUGACAAACCAGUUGAAAACACACUUCGACUACAGAUCAGAAACACAGAAAACCAUGCAAUGAUUGUCAUUAAAGACUCCAUUAGAGUUGAUGGUGGAACUUAUACACUCCAGCUGACAAAUGAAGCCGGCAGUGAGACUGUUCCAUUUAAGGUUUUGGUACUGGAUAAACCUAGCCCGUGUGAAGGACCACUCCACGUCACUGGAGUCGCUGAAGAUAGAUGCACACUGGUAUGGCACCCCCCUCUACAUGAUGGAGGUAGUCCCAUUACACAUUACAUCAUUGAAAGAAGGGAGACAAGUCGUCUAGCUUGGACUGUUGUUUCUAGCAACUGUGGCACCACAUGCUACAAAGUUACCAAAUUAUUGGAAGGUGAUGAGUAUAUGUUCCGUGUAAUGGCAGUUAAUAGUCAUGGUGUAAGUGAGCCACUGGAGUCUGGUGCAGUAAUAAUGAAAACUCCAUUUGUUCUUCCUGGUCCACCUCACAUUGAGGAUGUAUCUAACAUUGCCCAUGAUGGUAUGACCAUCUCUUGGUCUGCCCCUGAGACUGAUGGUGGCAGUGAAAUUACAAAUUACAUAAUUGAGAAAAAGGAUAGAACCGGUAUCAAAUGGACCAGAUGCAACAGACAGAAGGUCACUGAUCUCUCAUUUAGAGUUACAGGCCUGACCACCGGCCAUGAGUAUGAAUUCAGAGUGGCUGCUGAGAACAUAGUUGGAGUGGGAGAGCCAAGCCUUGCAAGUUCAUACUACAAGGCCUGUGAUCCCAAGUACAAACCUGGAGCCCCAGGAUAUGUGCAUGUGAUUGACUCAACAAAGACUUCUAUUACUGUGUCAUGGGGUAAGCCUCUGUCUGAUGGUGGCAGUGUCAUUCAAGGAUAUAUUGUUGAAGUCUGCAAGGCUGAAGAGGAAGAAUGGAUCAUGGUCACUCCUCCAACUGGCCUGCGUGUCAACAAAUAUGAAAUUACAAAGCUUACUGAGGGUCAGGAGUAUAAGAUCCAAGUGUGUGCUCUGAACAAAUUGGGAGUUGGUGAGCCGGCAGUUCUCUCUGGAACAGCUAAGCCUGAAGAAAGGGUCGAACCACCUGAGAUCCACCUUGACUCUGAGCUGAGGAAGGGCAUUGUACUGAAAGCAGGCGGCUCUGUUAGAAUCAAUAUUCCAUUUAAGGGCAGACCAACACCUGAAAUAAAGUGGACUAAGGAUGACGGGAACCUGACUGAAAAACCAGUGGUCGAGAAAGCUCAUAAUUUCACACAGUUGUCUAUUGACUCAUGUGACAGAAGUGACUCAGGAAAAUACACCCUCACACUGACUAACAGCAGUGGCACCGUGUCUGAGUUUGUUUCAGUUAAAAUUCUGGAUGCCCCUGGGGCCCCACAGAACCUUGUUGUUAAAGAAAUCAGAAAGGACUCUAUCACUCUUGCUUGGGAUGCUCCAUUGAUUGAUGGAGGUGCCAAAAUCAAGAACUAUGUCAUUGACAAACGUGAAUCAACAAGAAAGGCAUAUGCAAAUGUGUCCACAAAAUGCACCAAAACAACAUUCAAAGUUGAGAACUUGAUUGAAGGUGCUAUGUACUACUUUAGAGUCAUGGCUGAGAAUGAAUAUGGAAUUGGGCCGGCUGUGGAAACAAAGACUGCCUCCAAGGCCUCUGAAGUACCACUGCCUGUUGGAAAGGUCUUCCUCACUGAUGUCACUAAGUCCAGUGUCUCACUGGCCUGGGAGAAACCUGAGCAGGAUGGAGGGAGCAGAAUUGCUGGCUAUCUAAUUGAGAUGCAACCUAAGGGUACAGAUAAGUGGGGAGUUGCAACAAAUACAAAAACAUGUGAAGGUACUGUCACAGGCCUUACAGCUGGAACAGAAUACCUAUUCCGCAUCAUUGCUUACAAUGAAAAGGGAAAGAGUGAGCCAAAAGCACUUGCUGCACCUGUGAUUGCCACUGACAUGACCAUGGAGCCCAGCAUCAAAAUUCCAUUCAACACUUACAGUGUAUUAGCUGGAAAGGAUCUAAAGUUAGAGUUUCCUGUUCUUGGCAAGCCAAAACCUAAAAUCACCUGGGCCAAGGAUGGUCAGCCUUUGAAGGUGACAUCAAGAAUGAAUAUAAUAUCCACUUCAGCAACAACAGGAAUAGAAAUUACUGAGGCAUGCAAGGAGGACUUUGGCAAAUACACAAUUACAGCAGCCAACACCACUGGAACAAUCGCAGAGGAUGUAUCUGUCAUUAUCCUCGACAAGCCUGGUCCACCAAAAGGGCCAGUCAAGAUUGUUGAAGUGAGCAACACCUUUGUCCAUCUCUCCUGGGACCCCCCAGAGUACACUGGUGGAUGCCAAGUAAAGAAUUAUAUAGUGGAAAAGAGAGACACAACCAGUACAACAUGGCAAACAGUCACCACUCAGCUAGCUAGAACAGCUUUUAAGGUCAGCAAGCUGAAGACAGGUUCAGAAUAUCAGUUCAGAAUCAUAGCUGAAAAUAGAUAUGGAAAGGGUGUGCCUCUGGAUUCCAAGGCCAUUGUGGUGCAAUAUCCAUUCAAACCACCGGGUCCUCCAGGAACACCACAUGUGAAAUCUGCAACUAAAGAAAUGAUGAUCAUUGAAUGGAAUGAGCCAGUCAAUGAUGGUGGAAGUGCAGUUAUUGGCUACCAUUUGGAAAGCAAGGAAAGAAGCAGCAUUCUAUGGAACAAACUGAACAAGACUCUCAUCACGGACACCCAAUUCAAGAUCAUUAACCUCGAGGAGGGUAUUGGAUAUGAAUUUAGAGUUUAUGCUGAAAAUAUUGUUGGCAUUGGCCGAUGCAGUAAAGUAUCCGAGUCCUUUGUUGCUCGUGACCCAUGUGAUCCUCCUGGUACCCCCGAAGCUGUAUCUAUUUCUAAGAACCAGAUCAGGAUUCAGUGGACUAAGCCUCAGUAUGAUGGUGGUAGCAAAGUGAAUGGAUAUAUUGUGGAAAGGAAAGACCUCGCCUCUCCUGAUGGACGCUGGGUAAGAGCUAACUUUACCAAUAUAGUUGAGACUGAAUACACUGUCACUGGUCUGACAGAAAAUGAGCAAUAUGAAUUUAGAGUUAUUGCAAGAAAUGCAGCUGGCAUCUUUAGCGAGCCAUCUGACAGCUCUGGACCUAUUACUGCUACUGAUGAAAUUGAACCACCAAGGGCCUCAAUGGAUCCUAAAUACAAAGAUGUUAUUGUUGUAAAUGCUGGAGAAAAUCUGCUUCUGGAUGCAGACAUCUAUGGAAAACCAAUUCCUGAGGUGCUCUGGCUAAAAGAGGGCAAGGAAAUGGACAAAGCCUUGCGCACUGAAGUGAAAACUACACAGAAACGUGCAGCAAUGACGAUUAAGGAUGUAACCAAGCUUGAUAGUGGCCACUAUGACCUCAUCCUCAAAAAUCUGGGUGGUACAAAAGUGUUCCCUAUCACAGUUAAAGUCCUUGAUAAACCAGGUCCACCCACUGGACCCAUGAAGGUUACUGGAGUCAUGGCCGACAGGUGCAUUCUUGCCUGGUCUGAGCCAGCUCUAGAUGGCGGAGCCAGUAUCACUCACUAUGUGCUGGAGAAGAGAGAGACUAGCAGGUUGUCCUGGACAGUGGCUGCAUCAGGCAUCAAGGGUCUGUACCAUAAAGUAACAAAUUUGCUUCCUGGAGAUGAAUACAUUUUCAGAGUCAGAGCAGUGAACAAAUAUGGCAUUGGUGACUAUCUGGAAAGUGAACCAAUCAUUGCACGCAAUCCUUACAAGCCUCCUAGUGCUCCUGGAUCUCCAGAAGCCAGUCUGAUCACAAAGGACUCUAUAGUUUUGUCAUGGACAGCUCCUGAACAGACUGGUGGAGCUGAAAUUGAAGGCUACCAUCUUGAAAAACGUGACAAAGACAGUGUACGGUGGACAAAAUGCAACAGACAAAAGCUUACAGACACUCACUUUAAAGUCACAGGUCUGAUCACAGAUCACUUCUAUGAGUUCCGUGUUGCUGCUGAGAAUGAGGUUGGAAUGGGAGAUUUCAGUGAGCUGUCCCUGUUCUACAGGGCAUGUGAUGCCAUAACACCACCUGGGCCUCCGCACCACCCUAAAGUAACAGACUACACAAAGUCCUCUGUCUCUCUGUCUUGGGGCAAACCUGACUUUGAUGGCGGUGCUUAUAUCAAGGGAUACAUUGUUGAAAUGAGGGAGUCAGUUGAAAAAGAAUGGACAAUGUUCACUCCACCCAGUGGCAUUCAAGCCACCAAAUUAACUAUAACAGACUUGAAGGAGGGUGGAGAGUACCAGUUCCGUGUCUAUGCAAUAAAUUCAGAAGGAGUGGGGGAGGCUGCUAAUGUCCAUGGCACAGUGGUUACUUCUGACAGGGCAGAAGCACCAGAGAUAGAACUUGAUGCUGAACUCAGAAAGGUUCUAUCUGUCCGUGCUGGUGGAACUCUACGCCUCUUUGUCACCAUCAGAGGAAGACCUGAGCCUGCUGUAAAAUGGGAGAAAGUUGAUGGUACCCUUACAGGGCGUGCUGUAAUUGAUACUACUAGCUCAUACACCAUGCUUGUCAUUGACAAUGUUAAUCGCUUUGACAGUGGCAAAUACUCACUAACACUAGAAAACAGUAGUGGCAAAAAAUCUGCAAUUGUUGCAGUGAGAAUUUUGGAUACACCGAGUGCACCACAAAACUUUACCGUGAAGGAGCUAAAGAAGGAUUCAGUGACUCUUGCCUGGGAUACUCCACUUACUGAUGGUGGCUCUAAAAUCACAAACUACAUCAUAGAGAAGAGAGAGUCUGUUAGGAAGGCCUAUACUGCUGUCACCAGCAACUGCACAGCAAACUCAUUUAAGGUAGAAGACCUGCCAGAAGGUGGAAUUUUCUACUUUAGAAUCUGUGCUGUUAAUGAAUAUGGCCAAGGCCAGAUGGUUGAAACCAAAGAAGUAAAGGUAGCUGAGGUACCUUUGCCACCAAGCAAGGUUACCCUUGUAGAUUUGACCAAGACCAGUGUGUCACUGGCUUGGGAGAAACCUGCUCAUGAUGGUGGAUGCAAAGUAAUGUGCUACAAUGUAGAAUUUAAGCCUAAGAGUGGGGAUAAAUGGGGCACAGCAUGUACAGUUAAGGUACUGGAAGCAACUAUUCCUAAUUUAACUCCAAAUGAAGCUUAUUUAUUCAGAGUUGUUGCAAUCAAUGAGAAGGGGAAGAGUGAGCCAAAGGAUCUUGGCUUACCUGUGGUUGCAAAGGAUGUUGCUAUUGAACCAUCUAUCAACUUGCUGUUUACCACAUACACUGUGAAGGCUGGAGAUGACCUCACUUUUGAGGUUCCAAUAAGAGGCAGACCAAAGCCCGCUGUGUCCUGGAAGAAGGAUGGCCUUCCUUUGAAGCAAACCACAUCAGUUUCUAUCUUAAACACUGCAGCCUCAUCCAAAAUCAUUAUCAAAGAGGCUAAGAAGGAACAUGUUGGGAAGUAUGAAAUUACUUUGGCAAACACAGCAGGAACUGUUACAGCAGAUAUUGGAGUCAUUGUCCUUGAUAAGCCAGGUCCACCUAAAGGAAUUAAGGUGGAUGCAGUGACUUCAGACAGCAUCUCCCUUUCCUGGUCCCCACCAGAAUAUGAUGGUGGCUGCUCCAUCAGCAACUACAUUGUGGAGAAGAGAGACACAAACACACAGGAAUGGCAGAUGAUAGCAAGUAAUGUUGCUAGAACAGCUUUCAAAGCUGGCCGCCUUACACAUGGAGCAGAGUAUCAGUUUCGUAUUUAUGCAGUUAACCGCUAUGGAAAGAGUAGCUAUCUGGAUUCACCUGGAAUCACUGCUCAGUACAAUUUUAAACAGCCCGGACCUCCUUCUACACCCAUAGUGAAACUGGCCACCAAGUCUUAUAUGCUGGUGACUUGGAAUGAGCCGGUUAGUGAUGGUGGUAGUCCUGUUCUGGGCUACCACCUGGAGAGGAAGGAGCGUUCUAGCAUUCUUUGGACAAAGAUGAACAGAGGAAUGAUCAAAGAUACAGAGUACAAAGUCACUGGAAUUGAAGAGGGCAUGAUGUAUGAAUACCGUGUAUAUGCUGAAAAUAUUGCUGGUAUUGGUAAAUGUAGCAAGGCUUGUGAAGCUGUAGCAGCAAGAGAUCCAUGUGACCCUCCAGGUACACCCAUUAUCAUUGCAAUCACCAGAACAUCAGUCUCCUUAUCUUGGGAAAAACCAGAAUAUGAUGGUGGAGCAAAGGUUUCUGGUUACACAAUUGAACGCAGAGACCUUCCAGAAGGACGAUGGACAAGGUGCAACUUCACUAAUGUACCUGAGACCCAUUAUGAUGUGACAGGCCUUACAGAGAACAGCCAGUAUGAUUUCCGUGUCAUUGCAAAGAAUGCAGCUGGACUGUUUAGUAUACCAUCAGACAAUACUGGCCCCAUCACUAUUAGAGAUGAUGUGGAGCCACCACGCAUCAUGAUUGAUGUGAAGUUCAGAGAGACAGUGUUUGUGAAAGCCGGAGAAACUCUAAAGAUUAAUGCGGAUCUUGCGGGACGUCCUGCUCCUGUCAUUUCAUGGACCAAGGAUGGCAAAGAAAUCGAGCUAAGAGCUAGAAUUCAAAUUGUUUCAACAGACACCAGCACAUGUCUCACUGUGAAGGAUUGUAUCAGAAGGGAUUCUGGACAGUAUGCCCUGACUUUACAAAAUAUUGGUGGAACAGUUACCAUGCCAAUAAACUGUGUGAUUCUAGAUAGGCCAGGACCCUCAGCAGGACCACUUCAGAUCACAGGUGUCACAGCAGCAGAGUGCACUCUGUCUUGGGGUCCACCUCAGGAAUCUGGUGGUGCAGACAUCACUCAAUAUGUUGUUGAAAAACGUGAGACCAGUCGGCUGUCAUGGACACUGGUGAAGGCAGAUGUCACAAAAACAUUCUUUAAAGUCACAGGCCUGCUCAAGGACAAUGACUAUAUCUUUAGGGUUCUUGCUGUUAACAGGCAUGGUGUUGGUGAAGCUCUGGAGAGUGAUGUUAUAAAGGUUACAGAUCCAUACACCUUUGCCACUGCUCCAGCUAGUGUUGAUGUCACUACUAUAACUGGAGACUCAAUGACCCUCACCUGGUGCAAGCCAGCCAAUGAUGGAGGCAGUCCCAUUACUGGAUAUGUGAUUGAGCGGCGUGAGAAAACAAGCAUGCGUUGGGUCCGUGUGAACAGAGAUCCAGUUCCUGAAUUUACCACAGUAGUAACCAAACUCCGCAAGGGUUGUGAAUAUGACUUCCGAGUUUAUGCUGAAAAUGCAGCUGGUUUGAGUCCACCGAGUGAACCAUCUGCAACAUUCAGAGCAGUAGAUCCUCUGGUUGUUCCUUCUCGACCAACCAAGCCAAAGAUUGAGAAUUCAACCAAAGACAGCGUGUCUAUUGUCUGGAAACCACCAACAGAUGAUGGUGGUGCUCAUAUCCUUGGAUACAGUGUAGAAUACAGAGACUACAUCCAGAAACCAGAGUCACCUGAAGAACUAGCAAGAUGGGUUGAGGCCAUCCCUCUUACAAAGAGCUUAGAAUUCACCAUCACUGGAUUGAAGACAGACGCAGAAUAUGAAUUCUGUGUUAAAGCAAUCAAUAAAGUUGGCAGCAGUAUGCGUAGUCCAUAUUCAAAUCCAUCUGCCGCAAAGGACAGAACUGCAGAACCAUCAUUUGAUGUUGACAUUGAGAUGCGUAAAGUGCUCUCUGUUAAGCAUGGUACAGCAUUUACUCUUAAUGUGCCAUUCAAGGGAAACCCUUUGCCAUCAGUGACAUGGGCUAAGGAGGGUGUUGAUCUGAAAGUCAGAGGAACCAUUGAAUCAACAGAAUCCAGCACUUCAUUGACUAUUGAGAAUUCAACUAGAAAUGACUCUGGAGAAUACACUGUCACAAUUGAAUCACCACUAGGAAAAGCAACAUUGCCUGUGGUUGUCAAAGUACUUGACUCUCCAGGACCCCCAGUGAAUGUUAAAGUAUCUUCAGUGACCAGGGAUUCUGCAACCCUCACUUGGGAUCCUCCAGAGAAUGAUGGUGGUGAUGCAGUAAAGGCCUACCAUGUUGAAAAACGUGAGGCCAGUAAGAAAGCCUGGGUGUCUGUGACUAGCAACUGCCACGCUCUGACUUACAAGGUGGAAGACCUACAGGAGGGAGCUAUCUAUUAUUUUAGAGUUAUUGGAGAAAAUGAGUAUGGAGUGGGUGUCCCUCAGGAUGCUAAGGCUGGGACAAAGAUCACAGAGGUACCAAGUCCACCUAUGAAACUUGGAGUUGCAAAUGUUACCAAGGACAGUGUUACUAUUGCCUGGACCAGACCAGAAUAUGAUGGCGGAAGCAGAGUCACUGGUUACCUUAUAGAUGCUGUGGAGAAAGGACAGACCAAAUGGGUGAAAUGUGCCACUGUGAGGACCAUGACUCACACAAUCAAGAGCCUUAGGGAAGGUGCUGAGUACUUUUUCAGAGUCCGUGCUGAGAACCAUGCUGGACUUAGUGAACCCAAGGAGAUGAUCGUUCCGGUUAUUGUCAAGGAAAUACACGAGGCUCCAGAGUUUGACCUAAAGAACUACCCCAAGAAUACAGUUUAUGUAAGAGCAGGAUCCAAUCUGACCUUUGAGAUUCCAUUAACUGGCAGGCCCAUGCCAAAGGUCACUGUUUCCAAGAACAAUGUUGUCAUUAAGGGAUCCAAGAGGCUGCUGACAGAAGUAACUCCAGAUAGUUUAAUCAUCACCCUAAACGAAAGUGUUUCAGUGGAUGCUGGCAAAUAUGAAAUCACAGCCUCAAAUGCAGGAGGUACUACCAAGAUUUUCAUUAUCUUCGUUGUGCUGGACAGACCUGGACCUCCUGUUGGUCCAGUUCAGAUUGGAGAAGUUGGAGAGACCACAGUGUGUCUGAAAUGGACUCCUCCAGAAUACGAUGGUGGCAGUCCUGUUACAAAUUAUGUUGUUCUUAAACGUGAAACCAGCACUCCUGCCUGGGUAGAGGUGUCGACUACCAUUGCCAGAAGUGAGAUCAAGGUGACUAAGCUGACUAAAGGAGAAGAGUACCAGUUCAGAAUUAAGGCUGAGAAUCGUUAUGGUAUCAGUGAUCAUAUUGACAGCAAGCCGGUCAUGAUAAAGCUUCCAUACACUGUACCUGGACCUCCAUCCACACCUUGGGUUAGCUAUGUAUCUAGAGAGAGUCUCACAGUCUGCUGGAAUGAGCCAGUCAAUGAUGGUGGAAACUCUGUGGUUGGAUACCAUCUCCAGAUGAAAGAGAGGACCAGCAUCCUUUGGCAGAAAAUCAAUAAGACCCCAAUCCCAGGAAACCAGUGGCGUGUCACAAACAUCUGCCCUGGUCUUAUCUAUGAAUUCAAGGUGGCAGCUGAAAAUUCUGCUGGUAUUGGAAAAAUGAGCAAAACCUCAGAAGAAGUGCUUGCUAUUGAUGCCUGUGAACCCCCAGCAAAUGUUCAUGUCACUGAAGUCACGAAGAACUCGGUCAGUCUGGCCUGGCAGAGGCCUCCAUAUGAUGGUGGCAGUAAGAUUACUGGUUACAGUGUAGAAAGGAGGGAGGCACCCAGUGGCAGAUGGGUGAAGGCCAACUUUACAAACAUCAUUGAGAUGGGUUUCACUGUAUCUGGACUGGCCCAGGAUGAGUCUUAUGAGUUCAGAGUGUAUGCUAAGAAUGCAGUUGGGUCUGUCAGCAAUCCAUCUCUCAUUGCUGGACCAGUGACUUGUGUUGAUGCAUGUGGUGCCCCAGCUAUAGACCUUCCUCCAGAGUAUCUGGAUGUAGUUCAGUACAAAGCUGGAGCUACAGUUAAGCUCAGGGUAGGAAUUAUUGCCAAGCCUCUACCAACAAUUGAGUGGCUCAAGAAUGGAAAGGAGCUAGUAACAACCUCCACCGUGUCUGUUGAAAGCACAACGGACUCUUCUGCUGUUCUGAUCAAGGAUGCAACUCGCAAUGACACAGGUUCAUAUGAGAUCAAGAUUAAGAAUGUUCUGGGGUCAGCAUCUGCAACCAUCAGAAUUGAAAUCCUAGACAAACCUGGACCCCCAGCUGGCAUUAUUAACUUCAACUCCAUCACAGCAGAAAGAAUUAUGUUCAGCUGGGAACCUGUCCCUGAGUGUGACCAGGGAGGCUCCAAAGUCACCCACUACAUUGUUGAAAGACGUGAAACCAGUAGAGUGGUGUGGUCAACAGUUUCUGAAAGGUGUGAACAGACAUACAUUGCCGUUGGCAAGCUGGUCCGUGGAAAUGAGUAUGUAUUCCGUGUAAUGGGUGUUAACAAGUAUGGAGUUGGAGAACCACUGGAGUCAGAGCCUGUCAUCGCUAAGAAUGCCUUUGUAACUCCUGGGCAGCCUCAUACCCCUGAGGUGACCACCAUUACAAAGUCCACUAUGGUGGUGGAAUGGGGCAAACCAGGUGUGGAUGGAGGCAGUGCUGUGACAGGCUACUACCUGGAGAGACGAGACAAGAAGAGCUUGCGCUGGAUCAGAGUUUAUAAAGAUCCUGUCACUGACACCAAACAGACAGUUUAUCACUUGACAGAAGGAAAUGAAUACCAGUAUCGUGUGUGUGCCAUUAACAAGGCCGGAGAGGGACCGUUUUCUGAUGCAUCAGACUAUUAUAAGGCUGCUGACCCAGUUGAUCCACCAGAUGAGCCUUGCAAGUUAAAGGUGGUGGACUCUACCAAGACUUCCAUCACUUUGGGCUGGUCCAAGCCAGAAUGGGAUGGAGGAAGUGAGGUCACAAGUUACAUGGUGGAAAAGCUUGUGGAGGGAGAAAAAGAAUGGGCUAUGAUUACCUCCAAAGGAGAGGUCAAAACAACAGAAUAUGUUGUCCACAAUUUAAAACCAAAUGUCAACUACUUCUUCAGAGUCUCUGCUGUCAAUUGUGCUGGUCGCGGAGAGCCUCUGGAGAUGACUGAACCAGUGCAGGCUAAGGACAUCCUGGAGGAGGCCCAGAUUGACUCUGAUGUUGCCAUGAGAACUCACUACAUUGUGAAGGCCGGCAAGGAUGUUGAGCUGUCUGUUCCAUUGAAGGGCAGACCUGCGCCCACUGCCUCUUGGAGCAAGGGAGAAGAAUGCAUUGACCACAAUCCCAAAUAUGAAUUCCACCAUUCAGACACAAGCACAGUCCUUGUUAUGCGUGAGGUGACCAGGCUUGAUACUGGAAAAUAUACAGUAAAGAUAGAGAAUGGUGUGGGUGAGCCCAAGACAGUGACUCUGUCUGUCAAAGUCCAAGACACCCCAGCUCAGUGCAGGAACCUGGUCCUGAAGGAGGUGACCCGUGGAAAGGUGACUCUCUGCUGGGAGGCCCCACUUCUUGAUGGCGGUGCAGAGAUUACUAACUAUGUUGUGGAGAAGAGAGACUCAUCCAAGAGAUCAUACUCUGCGGUGACAAACAAAUGCACAGACACAACAUACACCAUUGAAGAUCUUUCUGAAAAGACAUCCUUCUUCUUCCGUGUCUUAGCAGAGAAUGAGAAUGGUAUCGGUGAUCCAUGUGAAACACAUGAACCUGUUAAGGCUACAGAAACUCCAGGCCCAGUCAAGGAGGUUUCAAUGAAAGAUUCAUCAAAGACCUCCGUCACUCUCCAGUGGCUUAAGCCAGAUUACGAUGGUGGUAGUAUAAUCUCUGACUACAUUAUUGAGAAGAAGGUCGAGAAAGAAGAUUGGUCAUUAGGAGGAACAAGCAGACAGUGUGAGUUUGAGGUAAAGAAACUGAAGGAGCACUCGAACAUGUUCUUUAGAGUUGCUGCCAGGAAUGAGAAAGGACAUGGAGAUUUUGUUGAAAUUGGACCUAUCAAGGUCAUUGACUACAUUAUUACACCAGAGGCAGACCUUACAGAAUAUCCACAUGGUAGCGUCAGCAUUCGCCUGGGUCACAAUGUGCACAUUGAACUGCCAUACAAAGGCAAACCCAGACCUUCUGUUCUUUGGAUGAAGGACAACCUGCCGCUUAAAGAGAGUGAUCAAGUACGCUUCAAGACAACAGAAAACAAAGCCACCCUAAUGAUUAAGAAUGUGAAGAAGGAGAAUGAGGGCAAAUACACCUUAACCCUUGACAACAAAGUGAACAGGAAAUCCUUCCACAUCCAUGUCAUCACACUGGGACCACCAUCAAAGCCUGUUGGACCUAUCCGACUGGAUGAAGUGAGAGCAGAGAGCAUUAUGAUCUCAUGGGAUGAACCAAAUGACUAUGGUGGUGGAGACAUAACUUGCUACACCGUGGAGAAACGGGAUACCUCCCAAAAUGACUGGAAGAUGGCCUCCUCCAGUGUACAGGAUACUCAAUUCAAAGUCACCAACCUUAUCAAAGGUGUCCAAUACCAGUUCAGAGUGUGUGCUGAAAACAGGUACGGUGUCAGCGAGCCUCUGCUUUCGCAAAUGGUUAUUGCCAAGCACCAAUUCAGACCACCAGGCCCACCAGGCAAGCCGAUUGUAUACAAUGUUACCAACGAUGGUAUGACCAUUCAAUGGGAGAAACCUAUCUACGAUGGUGGCACCCCUAUUCAGGGCUAUCAUGUGGAGAAGAAGGAGAAGAAUAGCAUUAUGUGGCAAAAGGUGAACACUAUGUUGAUCAAAGAAACAGAUUACAGGAUUUUGGAGCUCAUUGAAGGCCUUGAAUACUCCUUUAGAGUCUAUGCACAGAAUGAUGCUGGGUUCAGCCGAAUGAGUGAUGAGAGCAAACCAAUCAUGGCCGUCAGUCCAGUUGAUCCUCCUGGCCAGCCUGAUUACACUGAUGUGACUAGUGACUCAGUGUCACUGAAAUGGGAUGCACCCAAACGUGAUGGCGGUAGCAAGAUUGUUGGAUACAAUAUCGAGAAACGCCAAGGACAUGGACGCUGGUUCAAGGCCAACUUGACUGAUGUGCACGACUGUCAGUAUACCGUCACUGGAUUGGCAACAAAUGAACGCUAUGAGUUUAGGGUCAUUGCCAGAAAUGCCAUGGGUGUUGUGAGUCCUCCAUCCAACUCUUCUGGCAUGAUUGCUGUCAGAAGUGAAAAUGCUUCUCCAAACAUUGAGUUUGGCCCAGAGUACUUUGAAGGUUUGACAGUCAAGGCAGGAGACAGCAUCAGGCUAAAGGUGACCAUCACUGGACGCCCAGUUCCCAAAGUUGUCUGGUUCCGAGAAGGUGUGGAGAUUACAAAAAAGAUGAUGGACAUUAUAACAGUUCCUGGAUCCAGCACCCUCUUUGUCAGGGAUGCUGAUCGUUCACACUGUGGGCUCUACACUGUGGAAGCUACCAAUGGGUCUGGAACCAAAAAGGAAAACAUCCUUGUUCAAGUCCAAGAUACACCUGGCGAGCCUGUUGGACCAAUCACUUUCAGUAACAUCUCAGAGGGCAAGUGCAGUCUGUCUUGGAACCCACCAGAGAAAGAUGGUUGUUCUGAGAUUUCACAUUACAUCAUUGAGAAGCGUGAGACAGCCAAGAUUUCGUGGGCAUUGGUGUCUGAUGAAUGUAAGGAGUGCACCUUCCACGCAACCAAGCUCAUUAAGACUAAUGAGUAUCAAUUCAGGGUCUCUGCUGUUAACAAGUUUGGAGUUGGCAGGCCUCUGGAAUCCAGUCCCAUCAUUGCACAGAUGCAAUAUACCACUCCUGAUGCUCCAGGCACUCCUGAUGCAACUGAAGUUACAGGAGAGAGCAUCACCUUGUCCUGGACUCCUCCAAAAUCUGAUGGAGGAAGCCCUAUUCAUUAUUACAUCCUGGAAAAACGAGAAAAGAAGACUGUCCGGUUCUACAAGGUGAUCACCAAGAAGCCUAUUACUGACUGUGCACAUAGGGUUAUCAACCUGACAGAGGAUAUGGAAUACGAGUUCCGUGUUAUGGCUGUAAAUGAUGCUGGUGUUGGAACUCCUAGCAACAUCUCUUUACCCAUCAAAGCUGCUGAGCCAAAAGAUAUUCCUUGCGCUCCAUCAGUGGUCUGUGUUUCGGAUUCCACCAGUACCUCCAUCAGUUUGGAAUGGACCAAGCCUGCUGAUGAUGGAGGCAUGGAGAUUCUUGGCUACAUAAUUGAAAUGGUGAAGGGAGAAGAGGUGGAAUGGAAGAGAGUAAAUGAGGAGCUUGUAACUGAAACAAAUUAUGUGGUGACAGGUCUGCAGACAGGGGCUGAGUACAAAUUCCGUGUUGCAGCUGUCAAUCAUGUGGGUAGAGGUGAACACAAGGAAAUUCCAGAGCCUGCUCAGACAGUAGAUAGGCUAACAGUGCCACAGGUAGAUAUUGAUGCUGCCUUUAAGCAGACACACAUUGUCAAAGCGGGAGGUUCAGUGUGCUUGGGCAUCCACUUCAGAGGAAAGCCAAUUCCUACUGCCACUUGGGUGAAGGAGGAAGGAGAGCUCAGUGUCAUGUCAGAGGUAACAACUACUGAUGGUUACAGUUCUCUGAGCAUUGAAAACUGCUCUAGAAAUGAUACUGGCAAAUAUACUGUAAACCUAGAAAAUUCCAGUGGCAGCAAGGCUACUACAUUUGUUGUAAAAGUCAUGGACACUCCUGGACCUCCAGAGGCUGUUGCCUUCAAGGAGGUGACCAGAGGCUCAGUCACACUUAUCUGGAUACCUCCUCUUAAUGAUGGUGGAGCCAGAAUCCAUCACUAUAUUGUUGAGAGGCGUGAGGCUAGCCGCCGCACUUGGCAGCAGUCUGGUAGCAAAUGCACACAGCACUACCUAAAGAUACAGGACCUGCUGGAAGGAGUGCCAUACUUCUUCAGAGUCUCAGCUGAGAACCAGCACGGUGUGGGUGAGGCAUUUGAGCUGACUGAGCCUGUCAUUGCCACUGCAGCACCAUCAGCUCCAAAGAGACUGGAUAUCCUCGACACCACAGAUAACUCUGUGUCACUAGGCUGGCUGAAACCAGAGCAUGAUGGCGGUAGUCGCAUUCAAUGUUACGUCAUUGAAGCUAGGCCAAAAGGUACAGACAAAUGGGUAGUUGUUGGCAACACCAAAAAUCUGACCUAUGUUGUUGAAAAGCUCAACAAGGGUGAUGAAUAUGACUUCUGUGUGAAGGCUAAGAAUGAAGCUGGUUAUAGCAAGCCCAAGGAAACUCUGGCUCCUGUGCUGGUCAAAGAGCCUCACAUUGAACCUGCUGCUGACCUCAGUGAAAUCACCAACCAGCUUAUCACAUGCAGGUCUGGAAGCACUUUCACCAUCGAUGUUCCAAUCAGUGGCAGACCUGCUCCUAAGGUCACCUGGAAGUUGGAGGAAAUGAGACUGAAAAACACAGACAGAGUCUCAAUCAAAGUUACUAAGGACAGAACCAGUAUCUCAGUUAAGGAGGCCAUGAGAGGAGAUGGUGGGAAAUACCAUCUGACUCUGGAGAAUGUGGCAGGAACCAGAACGUUUACUAUUGAAGUUAAUGUCACAGGCAGACCCAGUCCUCCAAGUGGACCAAUAGAAAUCUCAUCAAUUACUUCUGAGUCCUGUGUUGUUAACUGGCAUCCACCAGAAGAUGAUGGUGGCACUGACAUCACCAACUACAUCAUAGAGAAGCGUGAAUCUGGCUCAACAGCCUGGCAGCUCAUCAACUCCAGCGUGAAGCGCACCUCUCUCCACGUCAGUAACCUGACCAAAUACAUGCAGUACACAUUCAGGGUCUCUGCAGAAAACAGAUUUGGUGUCAGCAAGUCCACUGAGUCUGAGACUAUUGUCGCUGAGCAUCCUUACACACCUGCAGGUCCACCGACAAAGCCUAUAAUCUUUAAUGUCACUGCUAAUACAAUGACACUGCAAUGGGAGGAGCCCUACCAUGAUGGUGGAAGCAAGGUGACUGGUUACUGGAUUGAGAAGAAGGAAAGGAACAAUAUCCUGUGGGUGAGGGAGAACAAGAUCCCUUGCUUUGAGUGCUCUUACAAGGUGGAAGGUCUGGUGGAAGGCCUGGAAUAUCAGUUCAGGGUUUAUGCCAUGAACAGUGCUGGACUGAGCAAAGCUAGUGAGGCCUCAAAGGGAGCAGUUGCUCAAAACCCUGUCGAUCCACCGAGUAAGCCUGAAGUCACCAACGUAACAAGGACCACAGUAUCCCUGAAGUGGUCGUCUCCACUGUAUGACGGUGGCAGUCCAAUUGUGGGCUACAUCAUUGAACGCAAACCAUACACGUUGACGGGCGAGGGCCGCUGGCUGAAGUGUAACUACACCAACGUGACUGACAGCUUCUAUACUGUUACUGCGCUGGGAGAGGGAGAGCCCUAUGAGUUCAGGGUUAUUGCCAAGAAUGCCAACCAGGUCUUCAGCAGACCCUCUGAGUCCACCGGCUCUGUGCAGUGCAAAACUGACUUUGAGCCUCCAAAGGCCCAGCUUGACAGCAAGCUGCUCUCUGAAACUGUGAUGGUCCGGGCUGGUUCAGACCUGGUUCUGGAUGCUGCAGUGGGUGGAAGACCUGAUCCUAAGGCUUCUUGGUCCAAGGGAAACAGAGAGCUGGACUUGUGUGAAAAGUACCACUUGCAGUAUACCCCAACUAGAGCCAUGGCCAUCAUCAAAUUCUGUGACAGAGAUGACACUGGAAAAUACAUCCUCACAGUCAGGAACGUAAGUGGAACCAAGACUGCAGAGGUCAAUGUCAAAGUGCUUGACACACCUGGAGUUUGUGAGGGCAGCAUUGAGAUCAGUAAGAUAACGGAGGAAUCCUGCACUCUGAGCUGGAAGCCUCCUCUUGAAGAUGGUGGUGAUGACGUCUCUCACUACAUUGUGGAGAGGCGUGACACAAACAGACUUAACUGGGUAAUAAUGCAUGCCGAAUGCAAGGAACUGACCUGCAACAUCACCGGGUUGAUGAAAAACACAGAGUACCUGUUCAGGGUGCGGGGAGUCAACAAGUACGGGCCUGGAGUCUAUCUCCAGUCAGAGCCCAUGGUCGCCAGAAACACCUUUACUGUGCCAUCUCCUCCUGGUGCUCCAGAGAUCCUGGCAUCAGGAAAGGACUUUGCCACCAUUGAGUGGCUGAAACCAGAGAGCGAUGGAGGUAGCCCAUUAAUCCAUUACCUAGUUGAGAGACGUGAGAGAAAGAGUGCUCGCUGGGUGAAGGUGAACAGGGAUGGUGCUCACUUAGACACCACGCUGAAGGUGUCUGGUUUGACUGAAGGCAACAUCUACCAGUUCAGAGUGACGGCCAUCAACAAGGCUGGAGAAAGUGAGCCCAGUGAGGUUUCUCUAUAUGUUGUCUGCAGAGUGCCAACAUGUACCCCUGCUCCUCCUUCUAUUCCUCGUAUCACUGACACACACGCUGACAGCAUCAGCCUGGCCUGGUCCCGACCCGUAGAGGAUGGAGGAGCUGAUGUGAUUGGCUAUAUUCUAGAGAUGAAGGAAGUGGGAGCAGAAGAAUGGAAGAAGGCCCAUGAAAAGACCCUGCGUACCACAGAGUAUGUAGUAACUGGACUUUCGGCUGGCAAGAAGUACUGCUUCAGAGUGGCCGGCAUUAACAUUAAUGGUACAGGAGACUUCAGUGACCCAUGUGCUGAGACCGAGCCAGUGGAGAGAAUUGAAACUCCUGAUUUCGAGCUCCAUGACGACCUUAAGAAGACUAUCUGCUUGCGGGCCAGCGGCUCCCUUCGCUUAUUUGUUCGUGUCACUGGUCGUCCUGCUCCUACAAUAACGUGGAGCAAGCCUGGUGUUGACCUCCACAACAGAGGCUUCAUUGAGGUCACCAACACUUCCACCACUCUCAUUAUUGACAAAGUCAACCGCUACGAUGCUGGCAGGUACACUCUGGUGGCGGAGAACUCUGCCGGGAAACAGGAAGUCAGCAUUUUGGUCAAGGUUUAUGAUACUCCUGGACCAAUUGGGCCAAUCAAAAUGAAGGAACUGACCAAGGAGUCUGCAACCAUCUCUUGGGAUGCUCCAACUGUGGAUGGCGGUGCUCCUGUCAGCAACUACAUCAUUGAGAGGCGUGAAGCGUCCAUGAGAGCCUACAAGACAGUCACAGCCAAAUGCAGUAAAACAUCUUACAAGAUCGAUGGCCUGAUGGAGGGCAUGCUGUAUUAUUUCCGUGUUCUCCCUGAGAACAUCUAUGGUAUUGGAGAGCCCUGUGAGACACCAGAUGUCAUCCUGGUUUGCGAGGUGCCUCUGCCACCACAAAAAUUGGAAGUGAUCGAUGUCACCAAGAGCACUGUCACCCUGGGCUGGGAGAAACCAGAACAUGAUGGUGGCAGCAGACUGAUAGGCUAUGUUGUUGAAGCCUGCAAGUUCGGUACCGACAAAUGGAUGAAGGUGGCUACAUUGAAGCUCACUGACUUUGAGCACACCAUUGAGAAGCUGAAUGAGAAGGAGCAGUAUUUGUUCAGAAUCAGAGCCAUCAACAGCCGAGGAGCCAGUGAACCCAAAGAACUUGUUGCAGCUGUCACUGUACAGGAACAGAGAGUAAUGCCAGUAGUGGACUUCUCUGGUAUUCCUCAGAAGGUUGCCAAUGUGCUGGCUGGCAAGACCCUGGAUCUGGACCUGCCUGUCAUCGGCAGACCUCCUCCUGUUUGCUCCUGGUACUUUGGUGACAACAGGAUAAAAAUCACAGACCGUGUCAAGAUCAAGAGUACUGGCAAGUUCACCAAACUGACAAUGUCUGACACCACCAUCGAUGACACUGGUGACUACACCCUGGAGGUGAAGAAUGCUGUCGGUGUCAUCACUGAGGUCAUCAAAGUCGUCGUUCUCUCUAAACCUGAUGAGCCAAAGGGACCCAUCAGGUUUGAUGAGAUUGAUGCCACCACCGUCACUUGCAGUUGGGAUCCUCCAAUCAGAGAUGGUGGAGCUCCCAUCAGUGGCUAUGUGGUGGAGCAGCGUGACGCCCACAGACCUGGUUGGGUGCCUGUCUCUGACUCUGUCAGCCGACCAAUGUUUAAAUUUGAUAACCUGAUCGAGGGAGAUGAGUAUGUCUUCCGUGCAGCUGCUGUGAAUCGUUACGGCACUGGAGAAUUCCUGCAGUCUGAGAUUGUCACCUGCAGAAGCAUGAAGAAUGUUCCUGGACCACCUGGCCGUCCAGUUGUUUUCGAUGUUUCUCGUGAUGGUAUGACUGUGGCUUGGGAGACGCCAGAUGAGGAUGGUGGCCUUGAAGUUUCUGGUUACAUCAUUGAACGGAAAGAAGUCAGGGCUGAUAGAUGGGUGCGUGCCAACAAGAACCCUGUAACCAUGACUAGAUACCGGUCUACUGAGCUGAUCGAGGGUCUUGAGUACGAACACAGAAUCACUGCCAUCAAUACCAGAGGACUUAGCAAGCCAAGCCUGCCAUCUAAACCAGCAGUGGCAACAGAUCCCAUUGAUCCACCUGGCUGUCCUCAGAAUCCAAGGAUCACUGAUACCACAAAGUCCUCUGUGUCACUGGCUUGGAGUCCUCCUGAUGAUGAGGUAGACGCUAGGGUAGAUGGUUACCUGAUUGAGAUGCAGAAGGUGGGCACUGUGGCCUGGAUCAAAUGCAACACCACACCAUCUCUCAUUUGUGAGUACACACUGACCAACAUGCCACAAGAAGAGCAGUUCAAAUUCCGUGUGAUGGCCUGCAAUGCUGGUGGCUGUGGAGAGCCCGCUGAAGUGCCUGGAACAGUUACUGUGACUGAGAUGCUUGAAUCUCCUGAAUAUGACCUGGAGCUGAAAUACAAAGAUCUGUACGUGGUCCGCUAUGGAGGAGUGCUUAGAUUAUCUGUACCCGUUAAAGGUAAACCUCAGCCAACCUGCAAGUGGUCAAAGGAUGGCGGUUUAGUGUCUGCCAGGGCUAUGAUUGCCUCCACUGAAGAUGCCAGUGAGCUUGUAAUCAAGGGAGCUGAGAGGAGUGACUCUGGUGUCUAUGAUCUCCUGCUGGAGAAUAAGGUUGGCAAGAAGAAAGUCCAAAUCAAGGUGAAGGUCAUUGGCAGACCAAGUGCUCCAGAGGGACCAAUAGUCUUUGAGGAGAUUCAGGCCAACUCUGUCAGGCUGUCCUGGAAGGCACCUAUUGAUGACGGUGGCUCAGAAAUCCUUGGUUAUAUUGUGGAAAGACGUGAGGCAACCAGAAAUGCCUGGUAUACUGUAGACUGUAGAGUGACUGAAACUCAGCUGCUUGUUAAGGGCCUGAAGGAGGGAACAGAGUAUCACUUCAAGGUCACAGCUGAAAACUCUUUUGGUAUCAGUGCAUCCCUGAAGUCUGAACAGCCACUGGUACCCAAGACUCCUCUCUGUUCCCCUGAGCCUUCAACUACCCCGCCAGAGAUUAUGGAUGUCACCAAGAGCUCAGUGGCACUUGCAUGGUCCAGACCAAAGGAUGAUGGAGGAUCUGCUAUCACUGGUUACUUUGUUGAGUACAAGGUGGUGUCUGCUGAAACAUGGUCCCGUCAUGAGGCCAAGAUAACCUCCACUAUGUUUAGUCUACCUGGACUCACCCCAGAUACGGACUACCAGUUCCGCAUUGUUGCUGUCAAUGACAUAGGCGAGAGUGAGGCAGGUCCUGUGUCGGACCCAGUCACAUGCAAAGAUCCAUUCGACAAGCCCAGUCAACCAGGUGAAAUUGACACAGUGAACGUGAGUAACAACUUCAUCACAAUCCGCUGGCAAGCUCCAGAGUGUGAUGGUGGAAAGGAGGUGCUGGGCUAUUGGGUGGAAUACAGGAAGUCCACAGAGAGCACCUGGAAAAAGUGUAACAAGGAGAGACUUAAGGAAAAGGAGUUCACGACACCUGGACUAGCUGAGGCCACAGAAUAUGAAUUCAGGGUGUUUGCUGAGAAUGAGACGGGAAUGAGCAGGCCUCGUAGGACUGCCACAUGUAUCAAAACCAAACUGACUUCUGAAACUAAACCAAGCCUGAGAAAAGAAAUGGAUGAAGUAACUGCCAAACUUGGCCAGCCUGCAGUUAUGAAGUGCCAGAUUAUUGGAAGACCUGUUCCUGAAAUAAAGUGGUAUCAUGCAGGCAAGGAAAUUAUCGAGUCUCGCAAGUACGAGAUGAGCUCUGACGGCCGCAACCACUCCCUGUCAAUUAUGACUGACCAGCAGGAAGAUGAAGGCGAAUACACCUGCAAGGCCAUCAAUGACGCUGGAGAAGCAGAGACCACAGGCAUGUUGGUUUUGGAGGCGGCUCCAUCAUUCCAUCCUGACUACCCACUGAAGGAAAUCUAUUUUGCUGGCCUUGGAACUACUCUGCGUAUCCAUGCUGUUUACAUUGGCCGUCCUGAGCCAAAGAUCAUGUGGCUGCAUGGGGCAAAGACUCUGGAAAACACAGAGGACAUAAGCAUUGAGACCACUGAGCACUACACACAUCUGGUCAUCAAGAACGUGCAGCGCAGAGUCCAUGGAGGCAAAUACAGAAUAAGACUGCACAACCACUUUGGCCGAGCUGACACCGCAUUCAGUGUUGAAAUCUACGACAAACCUGAGAUACCUCAGGGUCCCAUUGUUCUGGAUGCCCUGCUGAAGAACUCAGUGAUCAUCAGCUGGAAGCCUCCCAAAGAUGACGGUGGCUGCAUGAUUACGAACUAUAUUGUGGAGAAGCGUGAGGACAGGGAGGACUCAGAGUGGGAACUGGUGUCGUCAUCCAUCAAUGGCACAUCCUGCCGUGUGCCCAACCUCAUCGAGAGUGCUGGAUACUUCUUCCGGGUCUAUGCCCAGAAUCGCUAUGGCAACAGCGAGCCACUGGAGCUAACUUCCCCGAUCCUCAUCAAGAGUCAGCUGGAGAGACCAUCGCCACCUCUAUCACCAGUUGUUUCUGGAAUUACUAAGGAUUCCUGCGUGGUUUCCUGGAAACCUCCUCUCAGUGAUGGUGGAUCCAAGAUCAAGAGCUACCACCUGGAGAAGAAGAACAAAAAGGACAAGCGGGAAUGGACUGAAUGGACUCCAGUGACCACAGAUGAAAUCAAGCAAACAGUCUUUUCUGUGAAGCGCCUGACAGAGGGUGUCGAGUACAUCUUCCGUGUCAAAUGUGAGAAUCUUGGAGGGCAAAGUGACUAUAGCGAGGAGACCACUCCCAUCAUUCCAGCCGCAGCUGUCGAGAUCCGUGCUCCUGCCUUCAAGGAGGAGCUGAGGAACAUGAGUGUCAAGUACAAGAGCAAUGCUACCCUUGUCUGUAAGAUUACAGGACAGCCCAAGCCUGUAAUUAAAUGGUUCAGACGAGGAAAAGAGGUCCAUUCUGAUGGAAAGAAGAUCAAGAUCCAGGAGUUUAAGGGAGGUUACCACCAGCUGGUCAUCACAGAGGCUGACGAGGAAGACUCCACUGUUUACCAGAUUAGGGCCACCAACCAGGGAGGCUCCAUCUGUGCCACUGUCUCUCUGGAUGUUGAAAUUCCUGCCAAGAUCAACCUGCCAAAGAACCUGAAGGACAAGGAAGCCAUCCCUGCCCUGCGUGGAGAGGUGGUUAAUAUCAAGAUUCCUUUCAGUGGAAAACCAGAUCCUGUCAUCACAUGGCAAAAAGGACAAGAUCUACUUGACAGCAAUGGACACUACCAGGUCAUUGUCACCAGAUCAUUCACUUCUUUGGUGUUUCCCAAUGGAGUAGAGAAGAAGGACGCUGGUUUUUACAUCGUCUGUGCCAAGAACAGAUUUGGCAUUGACCAGCAAACAGUUGAGCUGGAUGUAGCUGAUGUGCCUGAUCCUCCACGUGGUGUCAAAGCCAGUGAUGUCUCGAGAGACUCUGUGACACUGAACUGGGUGGCACCAGCAAAUGAUGGUGGCAGUAAGGUCAUCAGCUAUAUCAUUGAGAAGUGCCCCACCACAGCUGAGAGGUGGCAGCGUGUUGCCCAGUCCCGUGACACCCAUUACACAGUUACCAAUCUGUUUGGCGGAACGAGCUAUCAGUUCAGAAUUAUUGCUGAAAAUAAGUUUGGACAGAGCGCCCCAUCUGAGUCAAGCGGACCUGUCAUGACAAAAGAGGACAAAUCCCGAGUUCUGCUCUAUGACAGGGAGGUUGAUGAUACAGGAUAUGUGCCCAGGAGCAAGGCUCCACACUCUGAUGCCAAGAAUCUGCACAACAAAUUUGCCAUUGCAGAGGAAUUGGGCAGAGGGCAGUUCGGCAUUGUCCACCGCUGUGUUGAAAUUAGCUCUGAAAAGACUUACAUGGCUAAAUUUGUCAAAGUGAGAGGUGCUGAUCAGACAUUAGUAAAGAAAGAAAUUGCAACACUGAAUUUGGCCAGACAUGCCAAUUACCUUCUCCUCCACGAGUCCUUCGACAGCCCGGAGGAGCUGGUGAUGAUCUAUGAUUUCAUCUCAGGUGCUGACAUAUUUGAGCGCCUCAGUAUAGCAGAGUUUGAGCUUAAUGAGCGUGAAAUUGUUAACUACAUCAGGCAAGUCUGCUCAGCUCUUGAGUUCCUUCACGCUCAGAGUUAUGGACACUUUGACAUCAGACCUGAGAAUAUUAUAUACACUACUAGAACCAGCUCGAAUGUGAAGAUUAUUGAGCUGGGACAGUCCAGACACCUGACUCCUGGAGACCAAAUCAAGAUUCAAUAUACCACAGCAGAGUAUGCUGCCCCUGAGAUCCACCAGUGUGACAUGGUUAGCACAGUCACUGACAUGUGGUCGGUUGGUGUUCUCGCCUAUGUGCUUCUUAGUGGCCUUAAUCCAUUCACAGCUGAAACCAACCAACAGACGAUCGACAACAUUUCCAGUGCAGCCUACAGCUAUGAUGAUGAAUCCUUCAAGCAAGUCAGUGUCGAAGCAUUAGACUUCACAGACCGCUUAAUGACAAAGGAGCGUAAGCAUCGGAUGACUGCAGCUGAGGCACUGGCACAUCCUUGGCUCACCAAACCUGUAGAGGAGAUCAGUGCCAGAGCAAUCCCAACUGGCAGGCACAAGAGAUACUACCAGACAAUGGUGAGGAAAGAGUGGAACACUGUUGUCUCUGGUGCCCGUGUGGCUAGCGGGGGUUCCAUUAGGUCUCAGCGUGGAGUCUUUGUUGCUAAGGUGAAAAUUGCACCAUUUGAGCAUGGUCCUCUUGCAGGGCAGAUUGGCCACGCAGUGGUGAAUGAGGGUGACAACGUGAAGUUCAUUUGCAACAUUGACAACUAUGAUAGCACUACUGAAGUAACAUGGUACUGUGGUGUCAGGCAACUUGAGGCUAGUGACAAGUAUGAAAUUGAAUAUGAAGAUGGUCUGGCAGUAAUCACCAUCAAUAAGGUCACAAGAGCAGAUGAUGGCACGUACAGAUGCAAGGUUGUAAAUGAGUAUGGUGAGGACAGUGCCUACGCUGAGCUGUUUAUCAGCAGUGUUAGGUCUUACCGCAAUUUCUUCACUGCCCGUGUGGUUAAGAGAACAAAGCGCAGAGUAGAUACUGCCAGAAUGCUUCAGAAGCCACCAGAGUUUACACUUCCUCUGGUCAACCAUACAGCUUAUAUUGGUGAGGAUGUGCGCUUUGGUGUUACCAUUACUGUGCACCCUGAACCUCGUGUCAUCUGGCACAAAUCUGGACAAAAGCUUAUCCCUGGACAUGAUGACAGGAAAUACACUUUCAUUAGUGACAAGGGCUUGUACCAGCUGAUUAUCCACAAUGUGGAGACUGAAGAUGAUGCAGAGUACAGUGUUGUGGCCCGUAACAGGUAUGGGGAUGACAGCUGCAAGGCUCGUCUCACUGUUGUUCCUCGACCUAAACCAGCAGAUCUCACCCUGAGGCCCAUGUUUAAACGUGUGCUUGCAAAUAUCGAUUGUAAGGAGGGCCAGGACAUACGUUUUGAGAUCAGAGUAUCUGGUCGUCCAUCACUGAAAUGGGAGAAGGAUGGCACGCCUUUAGCUUUUGGACCAUCCAUCGAGGUUGUCCAUGAGGGCCUGGAUUACUACAUUCUUCAUGUGAAGGACACUCUUCCUGAGGAUUCUGGUGUGUACAGAGUUACUGCUACCAACUCUGCUGGAUCCGCCAGUUGCCAGGCCACACUGAAAGUGGAGCGCACCACUCAUGUAAAGAAGGAAUAUGAGCCCAGUGAAAAGGAGAAGCAAAAGAUUGCCAGAAAGGAAGAAUUAGACAAAAAAGUUAGGCUCUCUCAGAUUUUGGCUGGCACUGUUGUCACCCCUCUACCACCUGCAGCAGUAGAAGCUGUCAGGGAAGCCGCCACCAUGUUUAAACCUGCUGUUACAACUAAGAAGGGUGAGAAGACUGAAGCUGAGAUACAGAAAGAACAAGAGGAGAGGAAGAAGAGAGCAGAUGAGAAGAGACUGCGUAUGCCCUAUGUUGUCCCCACACCUCGUAUCGUUAACCCAGCUAUUCUUGAAGAAGAUGUAGAAAUAAAACACUUCAAACCACUUUCUGACAUGAAAUGGUAUAAGAAACUGCGGGAUCAGUAUGAAUUCCCUGAGCCAAUGGAGAAAAUCCCACAGAAAAGGAUGAAGCGUAUCCGUCUGUCCCGGUGGGAGCAGUUCUAUGAGGUACCAAUCAGGAUUAAGGACCAAUAUAAGCCAAAGUGGCGCAUUUCAUCUAUGACUCAGGAUGACUUGGAGACUGUGAGGCCAGCAAGGCAUCGCACUCCUUCUCCUGAGAUGGAGACCUACCGCAGAAUCAGGAGGAGGUCUCUAGGUGACCUGUCAGAUGAGGAGCUGCUGCUUCCUGUGAAUGAGUAUCUGUCCAUGAAGAGAACUGAGGAGGAGAGGCUUCGUCUGGAGGAAGAACUAGAGCUUGGCUACUCUGCUUCUCCACCUAGCCUUAGUCCAGUUCGCUUUGAGUUGUCUGCCCUGCGUCCCUCAUCUCCUAGAAGGGUCUACGGUGAAGAGGAAGAGGAAGAAGAAGUUCACAGAUAUGAUUCCUACAGAAUUCCAUCCAAAUAUGAGGCUGGCCCAAGUUUUGUUGAUCUCCGCCAGCGUCAUGACAAAACAACUUAUAAACCUCCAAGACAAAAGCAGAGGGUGUAUGAAGAAAGAGAGGACCAGGAGCUGCUGCGGCCACACACGACUGCUCAGAGAAUCACCUCAUACAAGAGUGAACUCAAACGAAUGGAGUUUGAGGAGAAGACACGAAUCUCAAAAAAGGAAAGCACUGUUGCUGUUUCAAGAAUCUCUGAAGUCACAGAAUCUGAGCACCUGACAGCUUUUACCUCAGAAUAUAUCCCUAAACCAAUCAAAAAGCUCCCAGAGCCCGUGAGGAAAAGAUCCCCUACCCCAGAAAAGGCUGUCAAGACAGAUGUGACACUCCCUAAGGUUGACUUCAUGUCCAGGUAUGAGGAGAGAAAGCAGGCUCUGAGAUCAGAGAGAAGAUCUGUAGAGAGAAAGGUUGAGGUGGUGACCCAAGCACCCUUCAGCCUUGACCAUCCCCCACGCAUUACUGUCAGGAUGCGAUCUCAUCGUGUACCCUAUUGGUCCAACACAAGAUUUACCCUGAAUAUCCAGGCCAAACCUGAACCUGAGGUCAAGUGGUUCCACAAUGGAAAAGAAAUCCAUGAGAGCAGCAAAUAUACCAUGACCAACAUCAGUGGAGUCCUGACUCUCCAGAUCAUCAACUGUAUGACUGAAGAUUCUGGCACUUACCGUGUGGUUUGCAAGAAUGCCAAAGGAGAGACUUCUGACUAUGCCACACUAGAUGUAGCAGAUGAAUACGCUGCCUUCUCUUCACUUCGCAAAGAUGAGGAGCCUCCAUCUGCCCAUCUGCCAGAGAUGACCAAAACAGAGAUAUAUCACGUCUCAUCCUCUAAAACAUUAGUAACGGAAGCUGUAACUGAGACUGUGAAGGAGACCACUACUGUUGUUGAGAAGCCAAAGGAGAAGCCCAGUGUCCCUGCCAAAAUUCUGACUAAGCCACAGUCCCUCACUUUAGAGGAGGGACACACUGCCAGAUUUGAGUGUGAUGUGGAUGGUGAACCAGCACCUUCUAUAAGCUGGCUGCGUGAAGGAGCAGUUGUUGCUCCCUCUGCCCGACACCACAUUGUGUCUACUCAGUACAACUCCUCCUUUGAGAUCUCCUCUGUUGAGAUUUCAGAUGAAGGCAGCUACACUCUCUUAGUCGAAAACGCUGGAGGCAAACAAGAAGCCCAUUUCACCCUGACCAUCCGGAAGUCUGAGUCAAAGGAGAAAGUGGUUGCCCCUCCCAGAGUCACUUCUCCAGAAGCUAAAUCCCCUCUUGCAAAGUCCCCUGAACCGGUCAAAUCUCCCCAGAGGGUGAAAUCCCCUGAGCCAGUCAAGUCACCACAGAGAGUGAAGUCUCCAGUCUCACCAAAAUCCCCAACACCAAAAUCUCCAACACCAAAGUCCCCAACCCCAAAAUCUCCUACUCCCAAAUCCCCAGUCACAUCUCAGAAGGAACAAACGAUUUCUCCAAUCAAGCCAAAGAGAGUGAUGUCACCACCUCUUGGAAAGAAGCCGUCCUUCUCUGUUGGGCUGAGUGACAUCACAGCGUACUCCGAUUCUGUUGUGAAGCUGUCAGUAAAGUUGACAGGAGAGCCCAAACCUACAAUCUCGUGGAUGAAGGAUGGAAAGGUUUUGUCUCAAGGUGGAAAGUAUGAAUUAUUUGAGGAUUCUGGCUCAGCUCAUCUCGAGAUCUGUGAAAUGGAGGCCUCUGAUAGUGGGGUGUACAAGUGCACUGCUACAAACAGCGCUGGAGCAGUUUCAACUACGUGUACUGUCAGUGUACAAGGCUCAAAGAGCUCCAAAACAAAAGCUGAAAUCUCUGAGGAAGUUCUAAAAAGAGAAAUGAUCCAUGAAGAAAUCUCAUCUUCUGUAAAGGAGGUGAAGACCUCCCACAGCCAGAUGUCGAUCACAGAGGGCCAGUCUCUAACACUGAGGGCGAGCGUCCCUGGUGCCUCUGACGUCAGAUGGAUCCUAAACGGGGUUGAACUGACCAACUCGGAGCAGUACAGAUAUGGAGUAUCUGGAAGUGACCACACCCUAACCAUCAGGACGGUGACCGAGCAUGAGCAGGGGAUCCUCACGUGUGAGGCGCAAACACAGCGAGGACUGGUCCGGUGUCAGUUUAACACCACGGUCACCACCAAGCGAUCAGACGCGCCUCAUUUUCUGGUGCAGCCCAGGUCCCAGAAUGUUAAUGAAGGACAAAAUGUGAAAUUCACGUGUGAAAUUGCAGGAGAGCCUUCUCCUGAAGUGGAGUGGUUGAAAGACAACAUGAUUAUAUUUGUCACAUCAAACUUGAAACUGAGCCGCUCUAAGAAUGUGUAUACUCUGGAGAUACGUGAAGCCACAGUUGCAGACAGUGGGAAAUACACAGUAAAGGCCAAAAAUCAGUUUGGACAGUGCUCUGCAACUGCGUCCCUCAACGUCCUCACUCUUGUUGAAGAACCGACAAAAAUUAUAAUCGCAGAACAAAGAGCUUCUACUGACACUGCAGCGAGCAUGCAGAAAAGAUUCAUGGCCUCCUCAGUUCACAUGGAAGCAGCUUCCAUGCAGGCCAGCAGUGUCAGCAGCAGCUCCCACACUGCUGCUGCCGGGUUUUCAUUUGAGAGCAUGUCUGCGACUAGCAUGUCAGCCACGAUGGCCGAGUCGGUGGUUUCCAUGAGCUCCAGGAGCACGAUGAUGGAAAUGUCUGCUCAUACGCAUGCCGAGUCCUCGUCCUCACUGAAGGCCCUCACCACGGGGAUUAAAAGAGGUACUCCACCAAAGGUCGAAGCUCUUCCAGAGGAUGUGUGCGCAGAGCCGGGGAAGUCUCUAACCGUAGUGGGGAUGUUCUCCGGAGACCCCGCACCCUCUGUCCAGUGGGUCCGCUCAGGUCGGACGCUCCCCAACGGGGAUGAGCGAUACCACGUGGAGAAUACCACCGACCUCUCCACCCUCGUGAUCUCUGCAGUGAAGGAGGCUGAUGCCGGAGCGUACACCCUCAGACUGUCCAACGAGCUCGGCUCCGACUCUGCAACCGUCAACAUUCGCAUUCGGUCCAUGUAAAAAGGAAGACAAAGUCAAUUCACGUCCCCCGUUUCCCUCAUCCAGAACCUCUUUAUUUAGUGACGCAGCACCAAUAAUCCUACUUGAUAAAGAUCUGGAUUUCUGUUCUUGUAAAUAUGAACUAUUUUUGACAUUAAUUUAUGCCAAACUAGACUAAAGUCUAAAGUUGUUAUAAAAUGUGCCAUAUUGGACAGUUAUGACUUAGGAUUUUUGACAGACGUUUCUGUGACAUGUACAUAAUGUAUAUAGCCGAAUUUAACGGUUAUGGGAAAUGUAUGCAUUGUUAUUUAUGACAAUAUAAUAUUAACUGAAACAAAAGAACAAAUGUUUGAACAGGAGAAAGUUUCCGCUGGAACGAAUACCCUGUGAAACCAAGAAACUAAAAUCUGUGCCUCAACGGUAAGUUGAAGUCUUUAAGAUUGCCUCGGCAGGUAGAGAGGUUCCCUGCUGACGUUAUAAACCAGAAACAGAAGGACAACGUUUUUUAUUUUAUUUUAUUGUUUUUUGGACGCGCUCCUGAGCGUGGGAUAUUACAGUUUCAUAUGAAUUGUACCAUGAGCGUAAGACCUCGAGUGCUGUUUUCAUUACCCUCGUGUAAGCAGCGCAAAACGGCCUUGCGCUCAGACCGACUGCGUCGUACCACCACAAUUUGAUGACCGGCUCCGAGUGUGAGCGGCCUGCACUCGGAGCGUUAAGAUCAUUUUAAUGAAGAGCGCUGCUUCUGGCGCAGGACGGCCGGCCUGGCUUUUGAAAACAGAACAUCUCCUGGCCAAAUAAGUGAAGAGAAAGUUCGAGCCGGCUCUUCUGUGCAGAAGCAGCGCCGUCUCUCGGAGGACAGUUAGCAACAUGCUUUGUGUGUUUGAGUGUUUGUAGCUUUUAGUCGUUUCACCUUGUCAGUAGUCAGGGUCUCCUUCGUUCGCCACAGGGACUUCAUGUCCCGUGAAGAGAAAAGCAGUUAAGUCUCGCCCUGCACUUUGAGUUCAUUGAUCUGUUGAUGUAGAAUUAUGUUUCCUCCUCCUUGAGAUUUGUGCAUUACUGAUUUAAUAAAGCAUGAUUUCAGCACUACA